AUGUCGACACAGGCCCCGACCUUCACGCAGCCGCUUCAGAGCGUGGUGGCACUAGAGGGUAGUGCUGCCACCUUCCGGGCGCAAGUGAGCGGUGCUCCGGUUCCCGAGGUGUCCUGGUUCCGCGAUGGCCAGGUUCUGUCGGCCGCCGCGUUGCCCGGCAUUCAGAUCUCGUUCAGCGACGGCCACGCUGUUCUGAGCAUCGACGCCGUCAAUGCAGCGCACAGCGGGAGGUUUUCGGUCCGGGCCACAAACGGAGCCGGACAAGCCACCAGCACCGCAGAACUCGCUGUUACAGCCGAGACAUCGCCUCCCAGUUUCCUUCAGAGACUUCAGAGCUCGACGGUGCGGCAGGGCAGCCAGGUGAGACUCAGUGUGAGAGUCACCGGCAUUCCAUCACCUGCGGUCAUGUUCUACCGGGAGGGAGCUGAGAUCCAGAGCUCGGCCGACUUCACCAUUGUCCGGGACGGAGACCAGUACAGUCUGCUGAUCGCUGAGGCCUUCCCGGAAGACUCCGGGACGUACUCUGUGACGGCCAGCAACAGUAGCGGUCGAGCCACAUCCUCCGCCGAGCUGCUGGUUCACGGCGAGGAAGUUGUCCCAGCUAAGAAAACCAAGACCCUCGUUUCCAGUUCACAGGUUUCCAGCUCACAGAUGAGUCGUCAGACCAGAGUGGAGCAGAGGACGGAGGCCAGUUUUCAGACCAUGGCUACCAUGGAGAUGCAGGUGGAGGGCGUGACAGAGCUCCUGGCCCACAAAACUGCACCCAGAGUGGCUCCCAAACCAACAUCCUUGUCGCCAACUCAGCCGUCAGCCAUCAGCAGGGCGACGGUGGAACGGCAGCAGUCACCCUCGCCUGUCAGACACGUCAAAGCGCCUACGUCUACGCCUGGCAGGGCCGUCAUGUCCCCAAUGGGCACGCACCAGUUGGGCGGCAGCUCUGACAUCCUUCCCCCCUGGAAGCAGGCGGGCUUCCUGAAUGAAGCAGGCUCCAGCAGCAGCGUGGCCCAGCUGGACCAGGACCAGCAGCUCAUCUAUGUGGUAGAAGAAGCCGUCGCAAUGCCCCACGGUGACAGGGCGGUUCCGCCGGCUUUGGUUUCUGCUUUGAAUAACACAAAUGUGACCGAAGGUGAGUCUGUGACGCUGGAGUGCCAGAUCAGCGGCCAGCCCGCCCCCAUAAUCAUGUGGUUCCGAGAGGACUACAAGAUCGAGAGCUCCACAGACUUCCAUAUCAGCUACCACGACGACGGGUGCGCCCGCUUGUUGAUCCGUGAAGCAUUCGCCGAGGACAGCGGACGCUUCACGUGCACCGCCACUAACGAGGCAGGAACCCUCAGCACCUCCUGUUACCUGCUCGUCCAGGUGACUGAAGACAUCGAGAGCCGAGAGGAGGUUGCUGAGGAAUCUGAAGAAAAACUAGUAACUGAAGAAGAGCCCAUGUCUCAGGUGAGCUUGGUUGAUUCUGAGACCUCCGCCGUUGCUCCUUUCUUCGUCAAGACUCCUGGCGUCCAGAAGCUGGUUGAGGGGGGAAGCGUUGCCUUUGCAUGCCAAGUUGGUGGAAGCCCCAAACCACACAUCAUCUGGAAGAAGAGCGGCAUUCCGCUCACCACCGGAUACAGAUACAAAGUUGCCUACCAGAAGGAGACCGGAGUGUGUCACCUGGUGAUUUCUAUGACUUUUGCUGACGACGCCGGAGAAUAUUCUGUUUUUGCCAGGAACCAGCUGGGAGAGGUGUCCGCCACCUCUAGCCUGCUGGAGGAAGAUGAAUAUGAAGCCUAUGUGAAGAAACAGGUGGUGACCUUGAAGACAGAAGUAAAAGCCCCAAUGCAGGAGCCCCUAGUCGGAGACACUGCACCUACCAUGACGAUAACGGAGAAGAUGACCACCACUCUUUUCUCUGGACAGGACUUCCACCUCUCGAUCAUGGAGCAGCGCAUCAUGCAGGAAAUUGAGCUGAGCAUCCUGAGGAUUAGUUACAGAGAACUGGUGGCGGAGGACGAGGAGCAGAUGGUGAGCGCUGCAGAAGACGAGGCCGUGCCACCUACCUUUGACACGCUGGUAAAGAACUAUCGAAUCGUGGAGGGAAUGGGCGUCACUUUCCACUGCAGGAUGGUUGGAGUGCCGCUGCCCAAGAUUGCUUGGUACAAAGACGGACAGCGGAUCCGAGCCGGCGGACGCUACCAGGUAGAGGUUCUUCUGGACGGACGUGCCAGUCUGCGACUGCCCGUGGUUCUGCCCGAGGAUGAGGCCGUUUACAGUGCCCUGGCCAGCAACAUGAAGGGAAAUGCCGUCAGCUCAGGGAAGCUCUACGUGGAACCUUCUGGAAGCGUGUCGCCUCAGAGAUACACACCGCAGCCAGCCGUGCAGAGGAUCUGGUCCACGUCUCCUCGCUCGCUGAGCCGCUCACCGGGCCCUUCUCUCAGUCGUUCUCCCAGUCAUUCUCCCGGACGUUCUCCCGCCCGAAGGCUCGACGACACAGAUGAGGCUCAGCUGGAGAGACUCUACAAGCCUGUCUUUGUCGUGAAGCCCGUCUCAUGUAAAUGCUCCGAGGGGCAAACUGCUAGAUUUGACCUGAAGGUGGUAGGCAGACCCAUGCCGGACACCUACUGGUUCCACAACGGACAACAAGUGGUCAGUGAUUACACUCACAAGAUUGUGAUUAAAGAGGACGGUACUCAGUCCCUGAUCAUCACCCCAGCCAUGCCACAUGACUCUGGCGAGUGGACAGUGGUAUCUCAGAACAGAGCUGGACGCUCAUCUAUCUCUGUCACGCUCACCGUAGAUGCCAAAGAAACCCUGGUACGUCCACAGUUCACAGAGAGGCUGAGGAACAUUAGCGUGAAACAAGGAACUCUGGUUGAACUGGCAGUGAGAGCCAUCGGAAAGCCAUUGCCAGACAUUGUCUGGCUCAAAAAUAGUGACAUUGUUACGCCUCACAAGCAUCCACAUAUCAAGAUUGAAGGAACCAGAGGAGAAGCAACAUUCCAGAUCCUGUCUGCUUCGGGUUCAGACAGUGCAUGGUACACAGCCACGGCCAUCAACAAAGCUGGCAGGGACACCACCCGCUGCAGAGUCAACGUGGAGAUGGACUAUGCUGAACCAGAGCCAGAGAGGAAGCUCAUUAUUCCCAAAGGAACUUACAAGGCCAAAGAGAUCGCCCCCCCAGAGCUGGAGCCCCUGCAUCUCCGCUAUGGCCAAGAGCAGUGGGAGGAAGGAGACCUUUAUGACAAAGAGAAGCAGCAGAAACCGCAAUUUAAGAAGAAGCUGACCUCCAUACGAAUGAAGAAAUUUGGUCCUGCUCACUUUGAGUGCAGACUGACCCCGAUUGGCGACCCCACCAUGGUGGUAGAGUGGCUCCAUGACGGCAAACCCCUGGAGGCCGCUAACCGGCUGCGCAUGGUCAAUGAAUUUGGAUACUGCAGUCUGGACUACGAGGUAGCGUACGCUCGAGACAGCGGCGUCAUCACCUGCAGAGCCACCAACAAGUUCGGAGUGGACCAGAACUCGGCCACCCUGAUCGUUAAGGAUGAGAAGGGUCUGGUUGAGGAGACCCAGCUGCCUGAGGGGAGGAUAGGAACGCACAGAAUUGAGGAAAUGGAGCGCAUGGCUCACGAGGGAGGACCCACUGGAGUGGGCGCUGAUGAGGAGACAGAAAAGACCAAACCCGAAAUUGUCCUUCUUCCCGAGCCGACUCGAGUGCUGGAAGGUGACAUUGCCCGAUUCCGCUGCAGAGUGACCGGUUACCCUCUGCCCAAGGUCAACUGGUACCUCAACGGACAACUGAUCCGCAAGAGCAAAAGAUACAGACUGCGUUACGAUGGGAUUUACUACCUGGAGAUUGUUGACAUCAAGUCUUACGAUUCAGGAGAGGUCAGAGUGGUUGCGGACAACAACCUAGGCUCUACUGAGCACACAGUUAAACUGGAGAUUCAGCAGAGGGAGGACUUCAGGACGCAUCUUCGUCGGGCUCCUGAGCCCAAAGCAGCUGAGGCUGCACCAGAACCUGGAAAAACUCCAUUUGAAGUGGUGAAGGUGGAGCAAGCCUCAGAAGACAGUCAGCUGAAAGAGGUCAUCAAGCUCAAGAAAGCCCAGAGGAUUGUCCAUGAAAAGGCUACCGAGGAGUCGGAGGAGUUGAGGAGCAAGUUCAAGCGCAGGACAGAAGAGGGCUAUUACGAGUCCAUCACAGCUGUGGAACUCAAGUCUCGUAAGAGAGACGAGUCCUAUGAGGAUCUGCUGAGGAAGACAAAGGAAGACCUACUUCAUCGAGCCAAGCAGAAGGAGGAGGAAAAGAAGAAAAAAGAGGAAGAGCAGCGCAAAAUCACUGCCAAAUCACUCAAACCGGAAAGGGUCAAGCUCUCAGCAAGCAUGGAAGCUCCCAAAAUCCUGGAGCGCAUAUCAAGUCAGACAGCGGCACGAGGGGACGAAGUCAAGUUCAGAGUCCGUGUUGUCGGCAGACCAGAACCUGAGUGCCAAUGGUUCAAAAAUGGUGUUCAACUGGAGAAGACUGAGCGGGUUUAUUGGUUCUGGCCUGAGGACCACGUGUGUGAGCUGUUGAUCAGAGACGUAACAGCUGAGGACUCGGCUAGCAUCAUGGUCAAAGCCGUCAACUGUGCCGGCGAGACCUCCAGUCAUGCUUUCCUCCUGGUGCAAGCAAAACAAGUAAUUAACUUCACACAAAAGUUGGAAGACAUCAAUGCCAAAGAAAAAGACACUAUGGCCACGUUUGAGUGUGAAACCAAUGAACCCUUCGUCAAGGUCAAAUGGUUGAAGAACGAUACCGAGAUCUUCUCUGGAGACAAGUUCAGGAUGCACUCUGACAGGAAAGUCCACUUCCUGUCUGUGCUCAUGCUGGAAAUAAAAGACAAUGCAGAAUAUUCCUGCGUGGCCGUAGACGACGACCUCAUCAGAACCAGUGCCAAGCUGAAUGUUGAAGGAGCUCCGCUGGAGAUCCUGAAAGCCCUUGAGAGCGCUGAUGUGCCGGAGAGCUACUCUGGAGAGUUUGAAUGUGAGCUUUCGCGAGAGGAUGCUGAGGGUGUGUGGUUUUUCGGAGACAAGCAGCUGUCUCCAAGCAGCAAGCACGUCAUCUCGUCGCGGCGCGGGCGUCAUAGCCUGUCCGUCAAGGACGUCAACAAAGGAGACCAGGGACAAUACUCCUUUGCAGUGGGCGACUUGAAGACACAUGCUUCCCUCAAGAUGAAAUUCCGACCGGUGACCCUGAUGCAGCCUCUCGCCGAUCUGACUGUCUGCGAGGGGGACAUUGCUCAAAUGGAGGUGAAGUUCUCUCAGGGGAAUGUCGAAGGUACCUGGAUGAAGGACGGACAAGCUGUAACUGUCUCGGACCGGGUGCACCUGGUUAUCGACAAACAAAUCCACAUACUCCUAAUUGAGGACACCAGGAAGGACGACUUUGGCGUUUACUCCUUUGAGGUUCCUACUCAGGGGAUCUCCACCACUGCAAAGCUGAAUAUUCGCACAAUCGGCAUCCUGAGCCCACUGAGGGACACGAGCGCAGUUGAAGGCACCAAGACCGUUCUGGAGGCCAAGAUCUCUGCUCAGGAUAUCAGCUCGGUCAAGUGGUGCCACAACGACAAACCGAUGACGCCCAGUGACCGGGUCCAGAUGGUGGCCAAGGGAGCCAAACAGCGCCUAGUCUUCAAUAGAACCUUCGCCUCAGACGAAGGACACUACAAGCUGGUGGUUGGCCGAGUCGACACCAGCUGCAGAUUGUCUGUACAGACCGUCCAAAUCCUGGUCCCGAUGAAGGACAAGAAGUGCGCCGAGUCGGAGAAUGUGACCUUUGAGGUGGAAGUACCUCACCCCGGCAUCGAUGCCUUCUGGACUUUCAAGGGGCAGCCGCUCAAAGCAGGAAGCAAAUACAAGAUGGACUCUAAGAACACGUUGCACACUCUGACGGUCCUAAAUGCUAUGAAGGACGAGGAGGGCGAGUACGCCUUUGCUGCCGGAGAGAAGACAUGCGCUGCAUUGCUCACUGUCUCAGGCGGCGCCAUCAGGAAGCCUCUUCAGGACACGGUGGUGGCCGACUCACAGACGGCCGAGCUGGUGUGCGAAGUCGCAAACCCUUCAGUGGUGGGCAAGUGGCUGAAAGACGGCCAGCCUAUGGACUUCAACGAGAACGUCCUGAAUCAGGUUAACGGCUCCGUCAGAAGCCUCGUCAUCGUCAUCACCACAGCCAGCGACGUCGGAGAGUACACUUACCAGAUCGCGCGCUCCAAGACCUCGGCCACUCUCAAGGUCGAAGCCGUAAAGGUGAGGAAGACACUGAAAAACUUGAAUGUGGUCCAGACACAAGACGCUGUGUUCAGCUUGGAGCUAACCCACCAGAAUGUGAGGGGAGCACAGUGGAUCAAGAACGGCGUUGAGCUCAAGCAAAGCAACAAAUACGAGAUCAGCGUCAGUGGCACUGUGCACACCUUGAAGAUCAACAACUGCACCCCACAGGAUGAGUCAGUUUAUUCUUUCAAGUUGGGGAAACUGUCGGCCAAUGCCAGGUUGAACGUUGAAACCAUCAAGAUCCUGAAGAAGCCCAAGGAUGUAACAUCGCUCCUUGGAGCCACAGCCGUUUUCGAGUUGGGCAUCUCGGAGGACGAUGUCCCUGUCAAGUGGCUGUUCAACAACACGGAGCUGAAGGCCGACGAGCACUACAGGAUGACCUCCGAGAAGAAGACGCACAAACUGGUGGUCCAGGAUGUGAACGGCAGAAAAGAGGGGGAGUACACGGCAGUGGUCGGUCAUCUAUGCUGCAGCGCUCGCCUCACCGUUGAGUCUCUUCGCGUGACUCGACCACUGAAGAGUGUGUCGGUGGCCGAGACCCAGACAGCCACCUUCGAAUGCGAAGUGUCUCACUUUAAUGUUCCAUCCACCUGGCUGAAAAACGGCGUAGAAAUCGAGAUGAGCGAGAAGUUCCGCAUCUUGGUGCAGGGCAAACUCCACCAGCUGAAGAUCUCGAACACCGUCAGGGAUGACUCUGCUGAGUACACCUUCGUGUGCGGGAAUGACCGCGUGUCUGCCACGCUCAUCAUCAACCCCAUCAUCAUCACGGCCAUGCUUCAGGACAUAAAGGCUAAGGAGAAAGACACGGUCACGUUUGAGGUGAACGUCAACUAUGAGGGAAUCUUCUACAAAUGGCUGAAGAACGGCGUGGAGAUCCGCUCCACCGACAGAUGCCAGUCUCGUUGUAAACAGCAAACGCACACGCUGAGCAUCAGGAACGUUCACUUCGGCGACAGCGCAGAAUACGGAUUCAUGACAGGACAGUCUAUCACCACUGCAAAGCUCUACGUAGAGGCUCGUGUUGUUGAAUUCAACAAACACUUGAAGGACCUGAAGAUCACAGAGAAGAAAAGAGCAACUUUUGAAUGUGAAGUUUCAGAAGCAAACAUCCAGGUGAUGUGGAUGAAGGACGGUCAGGAGCUGGAGACGUCUGACAGAUACAAGAUGACCUCAGAGAAGUUUGUGCACCGCUUAGUUGUGCCGUCCGUCCGUCUGUCUGACUCUGGAGAGUACACCGCUGUGGCCGGGUCCAGCAUGUCCAAGGGGAACCUCGCAGUCGAGGGGCGGGACAUCAAGAUCUCUGAGCCCACCAAUAAAAACAUAACUGUUGUUGAGAGACAAAGAGCGACUUUCGAGUUUGAAGUGAGUGAGGACGAUGUGGAAGGUCGCUGGCUGAGAAAUGGAAUGGAGAUCCACUUCUCAGGAGAUGAGCGCUUCAGCUACGUCACCAUCAGGAAACUCCACCGUCUCACGAUAGCCGAAACCUACAGGAGCGACACCGGGGAGUACGGCUUCAUCGCCGGAAAGAACAAAAGCACUGUUAACCUUCACGUGCGACUCCCCGAACCGCCUCAGGUGGUCUGCCCCAUGCAGGACCAGACGGUGACGUCGGGCAAAUUGGUUCGCUUCUCAGUGCGGGUGAACGGUCUGCCGCGGCCUCAGGUGAACUGGUAUCGGGGCUCUCAGGCUCUGUCCACCAGCUCCAUCUGCAAGUUCCUUCACGACGAAGAUGAGCACACACUGCUGCUCCUGGAAGUUUUCCCUGAGGAUGCCGCCUUCUACAGCUGCGAGGUCAAAAAUGACUUUGGAAAGGCGACAAGCUCCGCAUCGCUCAAUGUGGAAGCUCCUGAAGAAAGUGUGUCGCGGAUCUCUGCUCCUAUUCUGGUUUUUCCCACCAGAGACAUCUUGGUGACAUCGGGACAUUCCGCCCAGUUGGAGUGCACUGUCUCUGGGGAAGAUCUGCAGAUAUGUUGGUUCUGGAACGACAGAGAGAUCAGGCAAUCAGACGUCUUUAAGAUGUCUCGAUUUGGGGACAUCUGCCAGUUGAACAUUUCCAGAGUGGCAUUCGAGCACGAAGGAGAGUACUCGUGUGUUGCCAGAAACUCGGCCGGAAUGGUGAUGUGUGCGGGCAGUCUGAAUAUUGAUGAUGAACAAACCUUAGCUAGCAUGCCAAGCACUGUGGCUGAGGCUAAGCUACGUCAGAAGCUUGAGACUCAGACCCUUACUGAGUUUACUAAGUCCUACUCUGAGAGCUGCUCUGUGUCUUGGAGGACAGUGGAGGUUGAAAUGGAGAGCUCAGAACACAGCGUUCAAAUCCAAGCGCCCCAGAAGCCCAAACUGCUGAGAGAGCUGCGGGAUAUCUGGGUCAAAAGCGGCGAGAUGGCCGAGUUCACCUGCUUGUUUGAUGGGCAGCCGUUCAUCAGGGUGGUUUGGGAUCAUAACGGCCAGAAGCUGCUCAGGGACCGGACGAGAAGCUCUCAGAGUGAUGGACUUUUGUCCCUGGUUAUCCAGGGUGUGAGCCUGGCCGACCAGGGCGUGUACCGCUGCACCGCCACCAACCGACAUGGCCACAGCAGCUCCUCUGCCCACCUCACGGUGGAAGCUAAAGAGGCAAAUGUCAAAGGCAAGAGCGCCAUUGCAACAGAUUCCGUGCACGCGGCCUCACAGGCAGACAGGGAGAACACAAAAGAUUCUCCGGAUAUCCCAGACCAGGAAAUGAUGGUGGACAAGCCAGGAUCCUUGCCUCCGUAUUCACAGCUGUACUUCCUGGACAGCUUUCCCGACGCCCGUAUGUGCAGCCGCCCCGACUUCCUGAUCCAGAUCCCCCGAGAGCUGCUCAUGCAGAACCACAGCCCCUCGCUGUGUUGCGUUAUGAAGGGGCUUCCCACUCCGUUUUCCAUUUGGCUUUACAGCCACUUGAACAUUGUGGAUACCACGUCGUACUCCCGCAAACGUGAUGGCCCCCUGUGCUGUAUGACUGUUAAGAAUGUGGGACCCGGACAAGGGGGCUUUUUGUCUUGCAAAUCCUCAGCCGAGAAUUCUGAGUGCGGCUUGAUGACCAAAGUCACGGUGGAUGAGAGGGCACCUGUGAUCCACGUCCAGGAGGAAGCCUCAGCCUUCUCUAGCUCAACCAUCACAGUGCAAGAGGAAAUUUUGUGUGAUGUGAAGCUGCCAGACAAAAAACGAACACUUGAACUCCAGCCAGAGUCCAAAUUCUCCUCCAGCACUUUGGAGAAGAUGAAACAAAAGCCAGUUUUCCUCAGCAAACUUUCUCCUCCAGCAGCUGUGACUGUUGGAGAAAAGGCUUUCUUUAGUGUCAAAGUGUCUGGUUUUCCUGAACUCACUGUUCGGUGGUCCCACAAUGGGCAGACCAUCUGCGCGUCCUCUGUCUUCACAUGUGUUCGUAAGCGAGAUGAGUGCAUCCUGAUCAUUAACAGAGUUGAAGUGGCGUUAGAAGGAGAGUACUCCUGCACCGUCAGCAAUCGCUUUGGACAGGAAACGUGCACUUCCUAUCUGCACGUUCAGAUUAAGGAACCACCCAAGGCAGAGAGCCUUGAGAGAGAACUAGAGCCAAGGGGCAGCCCUCCUGUGUUUUCUAAAACUAUCGAGUCUGUUCAGCUGCGCAAGGGAGGUCACGCGUCUUUCAGGUACAUUGUGAGCGGGGAUCCUCGGCCAGAGGUGCGCUGGCUCAAAGGCCGCCUUCACAUUCAACCUAGCAGCUUGUCCAUCAUCGUGUACAGCCCAGAUGGAUCAGGCUUCCUCACUAUUAAGAGUGUUAAGCAGGAAGACGUAGCCGUUUAUACCUGUGAUGCUUCCAACCAGUUUGGUGAAGCCACUUGUAGUGCUCAGCUAUCAGUGUUUGGCGAAAAAGUUAAAGAUUAUUUGAUUAGCACAACAAAAGCUUUGACAGUGUCCAUGACUGAAGAAACUCCAGAAUCCAGAUUAUACCAGAAGAGUAGUCGGUCUGAUCAGAGGAUUUACACCAUAGGUACUGAGAACCGACAUGUUAUUCACAGCGAGGUGGGAACCCUCGGAGAGCCAGACAUCUGUGUGGCAAUCCCUCAUUGCGAGCGGGUCACCCACCAAGCAGCCGUACUACAGUCCCACAAGUUCCAUGAGCAUGUUUGUAUGGCUCCCAGUCAUCCGCUCUGUGCCUCUAUUAUUCCUGUGAAAACGCUCCAUGCAGCAGUUUUCUUACCAACAGUCCAAGAGAGGCAGAAGAUCACUGAGCAACACUCUGAACGCAUUCUCAGCCAUGAAGUCGUCAAGCUUGACUUUGCCAAAGAGCAGCGCUCAAAGCUUCAGUCAACCAUGACUGAGCAACUCCUGCCACUUAGCACAGUGAACGGCCAGACAAUGGCUGAGAACAUUCCACAAUAUGUUGAGAACUUGACUGAGCCCAGGCAGCUUGCUUGUGGCCAAUCAGUCAAGAGGGCUCUACCGUUCCUUGACAGAACUUUGUCCGUCUCUCAUGGACCAGAGCAAGAGAGAAGUUUCAAGGUCACUGAGGGGCUUAAGAUUCUGUACUCUGCUCAGUCAAUGGGGCAACUACCAAUCACAGAAAGACAUUGUGAGCGUCUACUAGUAGAAGCAGAUACCAAAGCUUUGUUAGCCGAAGAGCCGUGCCAGGCAUUGCUUGUGCCAGUAAAUGAAUCAAUGCAGCUUUUGAGCAAAGAGCAGUCAUUGGAAACGUACGUACCAGAAGAGAAGACCAUCUGUUCGGGAAAAGACAGAGUCUACCACUCAGCUAUCACCACUGAAGAGAAAUAUCUACUCCAGAGUGAUUGCUUUGGAUGGGUGGCAGGUAUAGCAUCCUCUCAGAGUCUGCAGCCUCUGCCACAGGGACAAAUACUUCUGAAUCUGCAGCUUAUCAGCAAUCAGGCUGUUUUACAGUCAGAAGGCAAAUUCAACAGUGAAAAGCAUUUGACAUUGCAGACAGAUAUGAGGGCCAGACCCACUUUGCUCCACACCGUAACUCAGGAAGAGCAGAGGCCUGUUGUUUGUGAGGCCAUCUCAGCAUUCUCAUCCAGGAUGGAUACGGAGUCUGUCAAGGCAAAUAAAGAGCUUCCACCAGCACAAUACCUCCAGUCCACUGAAUCCUUAUCAGUUCUGCUGAAAGAAUGCAUGCUUACCAUAAGCAAACCUACACAGCAGGUGGCGGUGCAAAAGCAGGAAAAAGCUCAAAGACACGCGGCACUCUCACAGGAGAAAAUGGAACUCACGGCUGACCUCCACAAAGAUCUGGAGGUGUCUCCAACAGGGACUCGGUUCCAAUCUGCUACAGAGCCCAAGCUUGCAAACAUCCUGGCUGUCUCCUCCCAGUCUGUGCAGUUGCCAAAAGAGACACUUUUGUCAACAGAAUUGAAACAGCAACGAGCAUUGGUUCAGAAAGAGGACUAUAUUGUACAUUCUGUGAAUGUUACAGACAUCCAGGCUCUGGAGGAGGGUCAUACCACUUGUCUUAAAACUGAAGAGCAAUUCCAGGCUGAAAUUAUGACUGAGCCCAAGGUUCCCAAAAAGCCUGUUUUUAUAGAAGAGAAGGCGGCUGCAACUGAGAGUUGCAUUGUCUUAGAAGCUACUGAGCAGGACUUUGCAAUCCCUAUCCAGGAAGGCCAAUCAGUGCGACAGUCUGUGUUGCUUCAGGAAAAACAUAUUCUUACUGGGGAGCGGUCGAGUGAGAUGCAAACAUGUCAAGGCUUAACUUUGAGUGUCUGCAGCCCACCUGAAAGGGUUCAAUUCGUCCCUGAGUGUCUAGAACCCCCAACUUUAAUGAAAGAACUUAACUUUGUCAUUCAGAUGCCCAAAGAGUCGCAUUUGAAUAUUCGCCAUCAGCUCAGAGAUGCUCUUCAGUCUUCUGUAGCCAGUCAGCAGCCAGUUUUGCUUGCUGAUGUCAUCAGCCAUUUGGAGGCCCUUAACAUUCAGGAGAUUCAUGUGCAAAAGGAGCCCAAAGGGGUUAUGCAUACAUACCUGAUUGCUUCCCCUGCUACUCUCAUUGAGCUCACGCUGGUUUUUCAGGGUGAAUUCCCUCAGAGAGCCGAGCUCAGAUCAGAACUCAAGCUUGCUCUUCAUGCUUUGGUCUUGCAGGAGCAGAUAAGUCUGGUGUCAGAGCGAGGGGGUUUCAUUCAGAUCAAUAAGCCUCAGAAAGUGCUGAUGUGCUCAGAACGGACUCAAGAGUGCUUCUCAUCAGUGGUGGACAUGGUGAUGGUGGAAGAGAGGGCUGCUGUGGUUCCUGCAGCUGUUUCUCAGUCUGCUGCCAUUGAGAUGGAAACUGUCUUUCAGAAAGCAAAUGUCCAGAGUCCGAGAAAAGUCCACGAGUCCAAACAUGAAACUCAAUCUGCUUCAGGGCCAGUCAGCCAGACUCCUCACUUGGAACAUGUUGACUUGUUUGUUCAUAAGGAGGCCAAGAAAGAAUGUCUUUCGGAGGCCAUCAUAAUCAGCAAGCCCUCAGGUAGUGUGGCAGGUUUUCCACUUAUCAUUGCUUCUUUGGAUGAGGUUUUUGCUGAGGAAAAGGACAAGGUGGUCCUGGCUUCCACUAUCAAGCACGCCACUAUUGUUAAUUGGUUUAUCAAUGGCCACUUGGUCAAGUCUGGCACAGAGUUCCUGUGUUCGAGAGAUCAGGACACAUACACACUGACUAUCAAGAGAGUUGUGAAGGAGAAGCAUCAAGGCGAGUAUGUCUGUGAGGCAGCGAAUGAAGCUGGGAAGACCACAACACAGACAAGACUCAAAGUUGUCUCAAGAGCUCUCCAAACAGCCAUGCCUGUGUUCAAGCACUGCAUGGUCCCUGUGGAGAUCAAUGCUGGCAACACUGCCAGGUUCGAGUGUGAAACCGGGGAUGCCAGCGAAGUCACUUUCAAGUGGUUCAAAGACGGAGGGCCCAUCAAAGAGGGAGACCGCUUCAGGAUUAUAAAUCGCGUCACUACUUCCUAUCUCGAGCUCUUGAGCGCCACCAAGGACGACGCUGGCGAGUACAGCUGCAAGGCGUCCAACAGGCACGGAAGUGACGAAUGCUCCACCACACUCAGCGUGACAGACAAACAGUUCCCUCCCACCUUUGUCACUAAACCCCACCCUCAGAGCGUUUGUGUUGGGAAGAGCACGAUGGUUGAGUGUAUAGUGUCAGGCUCUGCCCCUCUGAAUGUUGUGUGGUUCAAAGACCAGCAGAUCAUACCCAUCAUGCCUGCACACUACAAAACCUUCCACGACAGGAAUAAGAUCGGUCUUGACAUCGCUGCAGUUACGCCAGCUGAUCAGGGCCUUUACCUGUGCCAGGUGUCCAAUAAGGUCGGCACGGCUGAGUGCAGCCUGGAGCUGCAUGUAAUUGAUAAGCCCAAGUUUGUGAAGCUACUAAGCCAAGUGGCGGUCGUGGUUGCUGCCCCUCUGCACCUAGAGUGUCAGGUGGAUGAAGAUACAGGAGUAAGUGUGAGCUGGACCAGAGAUGGUAGAAGGGUACACCAGUCUCCUGACUGCAAACUGUCCUUUGAGAAUAGGACAGUUGCUCUUGACAUCCUAAAGACCACACUGAAAGAUUGUGGCUCUUAUGCAUGCAAUGUGGCAAAUGAAGCUGGUAGUGUGACCUGUGCCACCUCUGUCAAGGUUCAAGAGCCACCAGUCUUUGUAAAGAGGCUGGAAGCAGCCACGCUUUGGAGAAAAGGUGUGACGGCACGGCUGCAGUGCACCGUAAAAGGAUCCACUGAGCUUCACACCACAUGGUUCUUUAAUAACAGUGAGCUACUUGCUAGCAGCAGACACAAAAUGAGCCUGAAGGACAACGUGGCCACUCUUGUGAUUGGUAAUGUCACAUCAAGUGACAGUGGAAACUACACCUGUGAGCUUCUCAAUGAGUGUGGGUUUGAAAGCUGCAACUCCAAAGUCACGGUCAAAGAGCCGCCAUCUUUCAGAAGAGCGUUGCCGUCUGUACAGGUGGUAAGAGGUGCCAUUGCCGUACUGGACUGUGACAUUGACGGUUCUGCACCAUUUGAGGUGUCCUGGAAAAAGAAUAAGAAACACUUGAGCACAGAUAGGAAAUACAGAAUCAUGUCACAGGGCUCCUCGAGUUUUCUGGAGAUUAUCUCAUUUGAGAGCGCCGAAGCCGGAGAAUAUGAAUGUGUUGUGUCCAACGAGGUCGGCUCCGUAACUUCAAAGGCUGUAGCCACAUUAAAAGAGUCUCCGAUGUUCUCAAAGAGGAUUGAGAGUUCUGCAGCAGUGCUGGGCAACAGUGUUAAAAUGCAGGGAACAAUAAAAGGCUCCCCUCCCAUCACAGUCAAAUGGAUGAAAGAUUCUGAGUUGCUCAGAGAUGAAGAUCCAAAUGUGAAAACUUUAUUUGAGAACAACAUUGCCAGUCUUUUGUUCUCCCCUGUUCAAAUAAAGCACGGUGGCAAGUAUACUUGCCUGGUGGAGAACGAGGCGGGCCAGCAAACAUGUGAAGCCGUCCUAACCGUUCAAGAACCUGCAAGAAUCUCAGAGAAAACAGAGUUCAUCAGUGUGAUGUCAGGUGACUCGGCCACAAUGGAGUGCACCAUCUCUGGAAGCCCAGACUUGAAAGUCAAGUGGUUCAGGGACAGCAAGGAAAUGAUCAGUGGAUGCAAAUAUAAUAUGAGUGUAAAGGACAAUACUGCCAUCCUAAAGAUUCUGGCCACAGAAAAGAGUGACACCUCUCAGUACAAGAUGGAGGUGUCCAAUAAAGUUGGGAAAGACCAGUGCACAUGCUCAAUUUCCGUUAUCGACCGGCCAGUUGCCCCAUCCUUCACCAAAUCUCUAAAGAAAAUCAACGCAAACAUUGGCACAAGCCUCACUCUGGAGUGCAAAGUAGCUGGAUCGCAGCCAAUGGUGGUCUCUUGGUACAAAGACAACAAAGAACUCCACAAUGGUGAUAAUUAUAAGAUCGAGUGGAGUGACAACAAAGCCUCUGUGCUGAUCAACAAUGUGCGGAACAGCCAUGCCGGCAUUUACACUUGUCGGGCAUCAAAUGGCGCCGGCGAGAGAGAGACCAGCGGUACUUUGGCCAUUAAAGAGCCUCCAGUCUUCACAGAAGAACCGGAAGCUCGCGACUCGUUACCAGGAUCCAACGUUGUCUUCAAAGCAGCCUUCACAGGGUCAACUCCUCUGUUUGUUAAAUGGUUCAGAGAGGAGAAAGAGAUGUUUUCUGGGGGGAGAUAUUUUAUUAAGAGAGAACAUCUUUUGAGCUCUUUGGAGCUUCACUCAGUCAAACUCAUCGACUCUGCUAGGUACACGUGCCAAGUAUGCAACGAGGCCGGGAAGGUGGAUUGCACUGCAGUUCUCUUUGUCAAAGAUCCGCCAACAUUUGUAAUUAAGUUGGUGCCUUCGCAGCUGCUGAAAAACGGGCAACCUUUCAAGUUGUCUUGCAAAGUGCACGGCACGCCUGUUGUCAUAGUUUCAUGGUUUAAGGAUGGCAAGGACAUAAGUUCCAAUGACAGAUGCAAGAUGUCCUUUGAUGGUUCCAUAGCAACUUUGGAGAUUGACAAAUGUUCCUUAGAUGACAGUGGCGAAUACAUCUGCAUGGCAUCCAGUGAGGCCGGCAAAGAUGAGUGCAGCAGCUCAGUUAACAUAAAAGAUCCUCCCUCGAUUGUGACACCUUUGGAAUCGCUCGAAAUUGUUAAAGGAUCCAACAUAGUCAUGGAAGGAACCAUUUCAGGCUCUGCACCAUUUGAAAUAUGUUUCUUCCACAAUGAUAAGCCCAUAAGAAACAAUAAAAGACACAAGAUCUAUGUUGAGAAUGAGACAAUUUCCCUCCAAAUCUCAAAGUGUGAGGGUGGAGAUUCUGGCUUGUACCAGUGCACUGUGGCUAACGAUGUUGGCGAGACAUCCUGCUCCUGCCACAUUUCCCUGACUGAACCACCAUCUUUUGUUCACAAAGUUGAGGAUAUGUCAUGCUCAGCGCACUCAGAUGUUUUGAUGAGGUGCAGUGUGUCUGGAUCACUUCCCAUGACAGUGUCCUGGUUCAAGGACAAUCAGGAGCUCACAGAAAACCAGCAUGUCAGCAUGUACUUUGAAGACAAAUGCGCAGUGCUGACUCUGAAAAAUGUUGAUUUUCGUCACGGUGGAAAGUACAUCUGUCAGGUUCAGAAUGCAGCCAGUAGUAAAAGAUGCACUGCCAUCCUCAUAGUGUCAGAGCCACCAAGUAUUGUAGAACAUUCAAAGUCCAUUUGUGUGACACAAGGUGACACAGCCACGCUUGAAUGCCGAUUCUCAGGCACCGAGCCGCUCAAGGCUAGAUGGUUGAAGGCUGGAAAGAAGCUGAGCUCAGGUCCGAGAUACAAAGUACUGAGCACAGACUUCAGAUCUAUACUUAGGAUCUUGAAAACAGAGCAAAGCGACAGCGGUGACUACAUGUGUCAAGUAGAAAACAACACUGGCACAACAUUUUGUGAAGCCACAAUCACAGUCUUAGAUGAAAUUAUUAAGCCAACUUUCACAAGAAAACUGAAGGAGACAGAAGGCAUCACAGGUUCAUCCGCUCAUCUGGAAACGUUGGUAUUAGGCUCGUUGCCGAUGACCAUCCAGUGGUUCAAAGACAACAACAACAUCCAGACAGAUGAUAAAUGCAAGUGCUCCUUCUCUGAAAACGUUGCAUUGCUGGAAAUCAAUCUUCUGGAGAGCCAGGACAGCGGCAGCUACGGCUGCGUGGCCACCAAUGCAGCAGGAUCCACCAAGUGUUCUGCCAUCUUGGUUGUUCAAGAACCACCAAGUAUUAUUGAAAGGCCACAAUCUAUGAAUGUUUUGCCUGGGUCAAAGGUAAAGUUUCACGUCCGUGUGUCUGGCACACCACCCAUGAACACCAAAUGGUUUAAAAACACGACGGAGAUCCACCCCAGCGCUGACCAGUCUAUAAUCAGACACAAUGGCUCUACGUCUUUGGAGUUCGUGUCUGUGACACCCUCUGAUUCCGGACUUUAUAUCUGCAAAAUACACAACAACAUUGGUGCCACCUCCUGCCAGGCCACACUUUUUGUUCCAGAACCCCCAGUUCUUGCAGAGCCCGUUCACUUUGUGAAAAAGUUGAGGGACCUACACUUGGAGAAGAGCAAGCCUCUGAGUCUGGAAGUCACAUUUGCUGGAACGCCCAGAGUGAAUGUGAUCUGGAAGAAGGAUGGCAACCUCAUCUGGGCCUCCUACCAGUACAACAUCAUCACCACAUCCACCUCCUGCAUUCUUGAGGUUCUUAACUCUGACAAGCUAGAAGCAGCAGGACGAUACUCUUGCGAAAUCGACAACGGAGUCGGAAGUGAAAAAUGCGAUGCACAUGUGUCCAUUCUAGAGCGACCAUAUUUUGUCGAAAAGAUGGAGCCGGUUGAGGUAAUGCUGGGUGAUUCACUCACCCUCCAGUGCCGAAUUGGAGGAACUCCUGAAAUCUCUGCAGCUUGGUUUAAAGCUGACGGGAAACUGCGCCAGUCCACCAAUUGUCUGAUGGACUUCACCAAAGGUCUUGCCACAUUAAAACUGCUGCAAAUAACCAAAUUUGACCACGACAAGUUCAUCUGCAAGGCUGGGAACAUUGUGGGCUCAGCCUCCAGCAGCUGUAAUGUGACCGUGACAGAACGUGCACUUCCUCCGGGCUUCAUCAAGUGUCCGCCAGAGUCCAUGACGGAUUCGGUGGGUAAGACAGUCACCAUGGAGACUCGGCUUUCUGGCUCCCAGCCUCUGAAAGUCAUCUGGCACAAGGACAACAAAGAAAUCUGCCCCUCGGACAAAUACGAUGUCACCUUUGAGAACAACACAGCUGUUCUGUUUGUCCGAGACUCGGUCACGUCUGACUGCGGCGUGUACACCUGCAAGGCCUCCAACGAGGCAGGAAAAGCUUCCUGUCAGGUUUCUCUCACCAUUUCAGAAAGCGCAAAGCCUCCUAAAUUUGACGUCCCACUGCAGCCAGUGACACUGAGUGAAGGCGAUAAUCUGAUCCUCAAAUGUCAUGUUAGUGGCGCUCCUCCACUCACCAUCAACUGGAUGAAGGACAGGAGGGAGCUCAGGUCCAGCACAAGCACAAAGAUCACUUUUGUCAACAGUACACCCUGUCUGGAAAUCAGCCAGGUGACCAAAACCGCAGCAGGGGAUUAUCUUUGCAAGGCCAGCCACGCCACCGGGACGGACUUCUGCAAGGCUAAGGUCACCAUCAAAGAUAAAGAAUCUAAGGCCACUCCAGCCAUCUCUGCUAUUGUCCCCACCACCGCUGUCCCAGAACCUGUGAAACGUCGAGACAAUCUUUUCUUCAUCGAGGAACCAAAGAGUGUUUGUGUCACAGAGAAGGGCUUGGCCACCUUUAUCGCCAAGAUCGGAGGCGAACCCAUCCCCAGCGUGAAGUGGAUGAAGGGCAAGUGGAGGCAGCUCACGCCCGGCGGUCGCAUCUUCAUGGAGCACAAGGGCCAGGACGUCAAACUAGAGAUCAAGGAGGUGACCAAGUCAGACUCCGGCCAAUACCGCUGCGUGGCCUUGAACAAGCACGGCGAGAUUGAGUGCAGUGCCGAGAUGACAGUGACCAAAAAAAAGCAAGUGACGCAGGACAUCAGGAUCCAGCUGAAGAAGACCCCCUCUAAGCAGAAGAGUCCCAAAAAAGAAGAAGAGAUGAAUUUAGUAGAGUUGCUCCGAGGUCAAGAGCCCAAAGACUAUGAGAAGAUUCUGAGAGAUCACCAAAUCUACGACUACCGAGCCAUCCUCCAGGCGGUGGAGCUCCUGAAGCGGGAGAAUGAGAUGGAGGCUAGAAAAGUGGAAGCGGAACAUGGCAGCCCGGUUGAAGAAGAAGAUAUGGCCCGCCUCAUCCAGCAGCUGGAGGGACGCAUGGACACGGAGCCUGUAACUGUCAUGGAGGACAUCAGUGACCAGACCACGUCUGAAAACAAGAGCGCUACCUUUGACUGCCGGAUCAGGAUCAACUACCCGGAGAUCACGCUGACCUGGUACAAAGGAACCCAGAAAUUAGAGGACGGCAAAAAAUACAGCAUCAGCAGCGACGGUGAAUGCCACAGCCUGAAGAUCCACAACUGCCAGGCCAAAGACCAAGGCGACUACCGGGUGGUCUGUGGUCCUCACAUCUCCAACGCCAAACUCAGCAUCUCUGUUCCCAAAGUUCACAGAACACCAGAGGAGACUCCCUCUGCACCUGUAACUCGGCCACCCACUCGACUUAAAGAACCUGAUGCCAAGAACCUGGAGAUGAUGGCUGCUGCAUUGCUUCGACAAGAGGAACAGGUGGUCCCUGAACAGGUCGUCCCUGAAGAAUUUAAACGAUACAGAAAAGAAGAACCACAACCUGACCCAGAACCACAACCUGAAGCGGAACCAAAAACAGAAGUUGAACCAGAACCUGAACCAGAAAUUGAACUAGAACCUGAACCAGAAAUAGAAUUACAACCUAAGCCAGAACCUGAAGUGGUGGUGAUCACAAAGGUCACUGCAGAUCACUUUGUAUCCCAGCCAACAUCUGACUCUCGAGAGGCCCCAAAAGAGACCUUGGCUGAGUACAAAGUAAGACCACUGGAAAAGAAAGCUCAAGCUGAAGCAUCCAAGCUUGAGCCUUUCAAGAAAAUAAGGGAAGAGUCUAAAGUGCAAGUUAUCCCAGAAACAAGACAAUCUGAAGCCAUCACCGAGGAGUCCCCCAAAACACUGUUGUUUCCCCACAAUGAGCCACAAGAACUCAACAAUCUUCCAGAAAAAACAAAAACGAAAACGAUACGUGGGGAAGCCAAAAAGAUUCCAGACCAAUCCAGGAUGAUGCCUAAAAUCCCAAAGACUCUUCCAGAAAAAACAAAAACGAUUCUCGAAGAAGCCAAAAAGAUUGCAGAUCAACCCAGUAUGGUCACUGAAAUCCCAAAGAUUUCAGAAGCUAGCACAACAAAACAAAUGUCUCCUCAAGAACAAAUUAAAGCAGAGAAAAGGCCAGAGUUUGAGGAACGAGACCUUGCUCGUCUAGCUCAUCUGCAAGCAAAAGAUUCAAAAAGACAUCAGCAACAAGCUCGUCCUGAGGCUGAGCACAGAGCUGAGGAAGUGUCUUCAUUCAAGGAGACUCAAGUAGAAACGAUCUCUGCACUGGAUCACCAAGUCAGAACCUUUGACAAUCAGACGAAGGAAAAGGGGGAUGUUCCUGCCUGGUACCGGACUGAGCCCCUUGAGGAACUACAGUCCACAGAAAAAGCAGACAAACCUUUUGAGCACAAAGACACCUUCCGUCAUGUACAAGAUACAGACGGGACACCUCCACCAAAGACACGUGCAUCCUACAAAGAUCAGUUGCAAGUAAAUCAACUCAAGGAGGCUGAUGUUAAAACAGAAGCAUCAUUACACAAAGAAAUAACAGAACCGUGUCAGCAAGCUGAUUCUUUUGAAGCAAGAGGCUUUCCUCCCUCCAAAGAACUAAUGAAGUUACAGAGUCCUCUUCAAGAGACACAAACAGCAGCGACACAGAAGAUAAAGCGUAAAGUUACCUCAAAAACCAAAGAGAAGGAAGCCGAAGCCAAGGUCGUCAGCUUGAAGCAAGUUCCAGUAAAACCUGUGGUGCCUGAGAAACAAGUAGAAACUCAUCAGGCAGAAGUGAGCAGGCAUCUUGACCAAGAAGUCAAUGUUCAUUGUCUGCAUGACAGUGAGGGUCAGGAGCCAAUAACAAUUAGAGGGAGUAAACAUGUCUUCACUGCAGCAGAAGAAACAAGUCAACUUGAAGAGGUUGCAGUUGUUCACAAAAUGGAGAAGGAAAAAUGGAAAGAGACAAAAGUGCCAAGUGCAGAAAAAAAGAAAGCAACAAAUGUACCAGAGGAGCAGAUAGAAGCUGAUCCUGUUGAAGAGCAAGGCCUUCCUCCCUCCAAAGAACUGAUGAAAUAUCAGUCCGCUGUGUGUCUUGAAGACCUUGGACAUGUUGAGAAAUUAACUCCUCCAACAGGCAGAGCUCCUCUUCACAGAGAAAUGGUCCAGUAUUCAGCAGAAGUCACUCCCUCUCAAAAUUCUCGAGUGCAUGAAGCUCUGAAGGAUCAGGCUGUGUCCGUAAGCAAUGUUCCUUCAGAAGAAGCAUUACCCCUUCAACAAGACACUUCCUCCAAAGAACUACCACAGAAAGUUCUUCCCUCUGAGAUUCCUCUUUCUUCUACACCAAAACCAUCUGCCAACUGUGUUGAAAUGCAUUGUCCUGACCAAGUGAGAAGUGAGCCUUCAUCAGGAGGAGAAGCUCACAGGAAGCGUACACAAAUGAAGGAAGAACAGAUGCUUCGUGAAGCAUCUCCUCCGGAAGAGAAACCAUCUGUGGCCACAUCUUCACCUUAUGCCAAGAAGGUCUCACCACCUUCAGUGUCUCCUCCAGAGAAGAAAACACGGAACAUCUCAACUCCCUCAACUCUAGCGGACAAAGUGACUCCUCUUGCAGUAUCUCCUCCAGAUGAGAAGAAAGUGUCUGCUACUACACCAAAGCCGCGAGCUGAAGUCAUUCCUUCUCCAGAGGAGAAACCUUCUCCACCAGCCAAACCAAAGGCAAAAGCAUCUCCUGUCCUGAAGCACGUCUGUCCACCUGGAGACAAGGAACCAGUUAAGGCUCCUGGACCAACUAAAGCACCAGCUGUAAAGAAACUUAAGAGUCCGCUUCAAGAGAUAAAAACAGCAGUGACACAGAAGAUGAAGUAUAAAGUUACCUCAACAACCAAAGAGAAGGAGGCCAAAGCCAAGGUUGUCAGCUUAAAGCAAGUUGCAGUAAAACCAGCGGUUCCUGAAAAAAAAGUUGAAACGCAUCAGUCACAAGUGAGCAGGCAUCUUGACCAAGAACUCAACGUACGCGGUCUUCACGACAGAGAGGAUUGUGAGUUAAUAACAAUCAGAAGAAGUGAAUGUGUCUUUACUGCAGGAGAAGAAACAAGUCCAAUUGAACUUUGUCAAGAACAUGUAGAGUUUGCAGUUUUUCAUAAAACCGAGAAAGAAAAACAGAAAGAGAAAAAUGUGUUAAGCACGGAUAAGAAGAACAUAACUAAAAUGCCAGACGAGCAAAUAGAAUCUGAUCCUGUUGAAGCGACAGGCCCUCCUCCCACGAAAGAACUGAUGAAUUCCCAGAGUCUUCUUCAAGAGACAAAAACAGCAGCGACACAGAAGAUAAAGCGUAAAGUUACCUCAGAAACCAAAGAGAAGGAAGCCAAAGCCAGGGUCGUCAGCUUGCAACAAGUGCCAAUAAAACCUGUACAGCCUGAGAAACAAGUAGAAACUCAUCAGGCAGAAGUGAGCAGCCAUCUUGACCAAGGGCUCAAUGUUCACAGUCUUCACGACAGAAAGGAUCAGAAUUUACUAACAAUCAGAAGGAGUGGACGUAUUUUUACUGCAGGAGAAGAGACAAGUCAACUUAAGCUUUGCAAAGAACAUGAAGAGGUUGCAGUUGCCCAUAAAAUGGAGAAAGAAAAAGGUAAAGAGACAAAAGUGCCCACCAUGGAUAAGAAGAAAGUAACUAAAGUGCCAGACGAGCAGAUAGAAUCUAAAAAAAAUACAAAAGAAGAAACUCAAAAUAUCAAACAAGUAGUUGGUCCCAGCAAGCCAAAAGACGAGCCCACUCACAAAGAUGAAGAUGACACCAAAGUUACUAAAACUGAUGAUGGUGAGCGCAGAGAGUCAACAGUCAGGACAAGUGAACAGGUUUUCAUUUUGUUUCAAGAAACUUCAGAAACCACAAUGACAGCUGGAAAAGUACUGGAUGGACAGGCCAAAGUGGAGGGGCCUGAGCCUGAUGUGUCCACAAACACAAAAGAGAAAGAGGAGCUAGGGACAGGAACGGUGAAACAUUUUAAAGAGGAGGAAGCUGAACAGCCAAAAGAAAAGACUUCAAGAAGACACAGUCUUGUCAAGACCGAUCAACUCAUCACCCAUAAAAAAGCCACAAAGGUUGAAGGGACAACUACCACACGUCCACAUUCUGCUUCAUCAGAUGAAAACAAGGUGCAGCUCAAACUGAAGCCUGGACUCAAAAUUGAAGAAAAAGUGUCGGAAGAAGAGAAAAAGCAUCUGGACGCAAAAAUCCUGAGUCACAUUCCUGGAGACAAAACCUUCAAAAAUCUAAAGCAAAACCAACAAAAACGUACAACAACCUACCGACAGAACCAGGAUCCAGAUGGUGUAGCCAAGAAAUUCAGUCCUCAAGUAAAGAAAGAUGAACACAAAAUCCCACACAGACAAACAGAUACAUUCAACAUUAGUGCCAAACCCAAGAGUUCUCCAUCACCUGGACCUAGGACAGAAAAGGUUGAAGGUGUGCAGGCCUUCAAGCCGAAGGAGCCGCUGAAAAAGGUUGAACGAAAGGAAAACUUGUCACCUACGGCCGAUAAGUUUGUAGUUCCAGAAGUUCUGAAGGAACCUUGCCCGGAGGAGGCCUCUCGAAAGGACAAACUUGACAAUGUGAGGUGUCCCCUUGUGAAGGAGAUUUCUCCAAGUGCUGUGCAGGUGAAGAAAGUUCCCACCCAGCUAGAGGAGGAGGUGUUUGAGGAUGAGGCAGAAGAAGGUGAGGACGUGGCUGAUGAGGAGAUCUGGACCUGGGAGCUGGUCCCCUCAGAGGACUGGCAAAAUGAAGGGAUGGAUGGGGCACGGGAAACUCCAGCCCCUCCUGAUAGCAAACAAGAUGGCAAACCAGCGGAGGAACCUCCCAAAGGAAGGGGACGAGGAUUUGGGGUGAGACUAACGCCCUCUCCUGGUGAUGGAGGUCGGGGUCGGGGCUUGAGGCCCGGAGGAAAAGGCCCCUCGCCUCCAGAGGAACCUUUUGGAGGAUUCAAACUCAAAGCUGUCCCGCUGAAGUUCAUCAAGAAGCUGGAGGAUAUCGUGCUACAGGAGGCCGAGUCCAUUGGCUCUUCAGCUGUGUUCGAGUGCCAGGUGUCGCCGUCCACCGCCAUCACAUCGUGGAUGAAGGAUGGGGGAAACCUGCGUGAGGGCCCCAAGUACAAGUUAACCUCAGACGGCAAAGAUCGCAAGAUGAUGGUCAAAGACGUUCAGUUGUCAGACACCGGCGAGUACACCUGUGUCGCCAGGAAUGCGGGCAAAGAAAUCACCUGCACUGCUAAACUCAUUGUUGAAGAGCUGCCCGUGAGGUGGAUCAAAGAGUUGGAACCGGAGACGUCGUGUAAUAAGGGUCAGCCCAUGUACCUGACCUGUGAGCUCAACAAGGAGAGGGAUGUCAUUUGGAAGCGGGACGGUGUCAAACUGAAGAAAAAGGCCGGAAAGUUGGCCAUCAAUAUCAUCGGCUUGCAGCACGCUCUCACCAUCCAGAACGCCGCCGAAGAAGACAGCGGCGUCUACUCGUGCGAGGUGGACGCACCGGACGGCAUCAAGACCAGCACCAACGUCAAAGUGACCGAGAUGAUCAAAGACUGGUUGAUGAAGCCUCUGAGGGACCAGCAUGUGAAACCCAGAUCCAGUGCUACCUUCAGAUGUCAGCUCUUCAAGGACACGCCCAACUGGAAGUGGCUCAAAGGAGAAACCGAGCUCAUGCCUUCCGACAAGGUCGAGAUCAACAAAGAUGGGGUCAGCAUGGUGCUCACCAUCAACAACUGCCAGCCUGAAGACGUGUCGGAAUAUACCUUUGCCGUGGAGGACCGUAAAUACGUGGCCAAACUGACUCUGGGAGAGCGUGAGGCCGAAAUCUUGAAGCCGCUGGCCAGCGUGGAGGUGGUGGAAAAGGAAGAAGCCAACUUUGACACAGAAAUCUCAGAGGAUGAUGUUGUCGGGGAGUGGAAACUUCAGGGACAGGUGCUGAGCAGAUCUCCGACAUGUGACAUUAAAGCUGAUGGGAAUAAACGUUUCCUGAGUUUAAAGAACGUCCAGCUGGACCAGGCGGGUGAAGUGUCCUACCAAGCUUUAAAUGCCAUAACCAGCGCCAUGCUGACCGUCAAAGAAAUCGAAAUGGGCUUUGUGGAGCCUUUGAAGGAUAUUUCGGUGCCUGAAAAGAAACAAGCUAAGUUUGAAUGCAUUGUCACCAAGGAGGUGUCCAAGGUGAUGUGGUUCAGGGGGUCGGAAAUUGUGACCUCGAGCCCCAAAUAUGAGAUAAUUGACGACGGAAACAAACACAUGCUGAUCAUAAACAGCUGUGAGUUUGACGAUGAGUCUGAGUACACCAUCGGGGUUUUGGCUCAGAAAUCCACGGCUCGGCUCUCUGUAGAAGGCAUGAGGCUUAAGUUUGUCAGGCCACUGGAGGACCAGACGGUCAAAGAAGGUAAAACAGCUCGCUUUGAGCUCGAGCUGACUCAUGACGACGUACCGGUGGUCUGGUACAGAAACGAAGUCAAGCUCCACGUGAGCCGAACGGUGAUCGCACAUGUGGAAGGAAAGAAACACGCUCUAGAGAUGAGGCUGUUGACGCUCGACGAUACCUGCCAGAUUAAGGCAGAGGCUAAAGGAAUAAGCUCGCUGGCAAAACUGACAGUCAUUGAGGGCGAUGCUGUGUUUGUGGUCAAACUCCAAGACUACACAGCCACCGAGAAAGACCAAGCCUCUCUGGACUGUGAGCUCAACAAGGACGUCCCAGUUGUUUGGUAUCACGAAGAAAAGGAGAUAAUCGCCUCCAAGAAGGUGCUGAUGAAGUCCGAGGCUACUCGGAGGUCUUUGAUCUUGAGGAAGGUGGAGCAGAGCAGUAAAGGAAAGUACACCUGUGACUGUGUAACCGACAAGACGGUAGCCAACCUCACCAUCGAAGCUCGCGACAUCAAGCUGGUUCGGCCCAUUUAUGGCGUGGAGCUUUUUAACGGAGAAACGGCUCGUUUUGAGGUGGAAAUUUCUGAGGACGACGUCCACAGCCUGUGGACACUGAACGGAGAAGUCCUGACCGCUUCCUCUGAUGUGGACAUCAUCGAAGAGGGAGGCAAGCACACACUGAUCCUGUACAACUGUAAAGUUUCCAUGAGUGGCGAGGUGGUCUACGCCGCCACCAAUGCCCAAUGUGCUGCCAACCUGAAGGUCAAAGAACUUCCUCUCAGCUUCCUGACACCGCUGAGUGACGUGCAGGUGUAUGAGAAGGAUGCCGCCAGAUUCGAGCUGGAAGUUUCCAGAGCCCCCAAGUCUUUCCGCUGGCUGAAGGGUUCGCAGGAGCUGCAGAGCGACGACAAGUGCGAGAUGAUCCAGGACGGGAACACGUACGUCUUGCUGAUCCGCUCGGCCACCUACGAAGACGAGGCCAAGUACGUGUUUGAGGCCGAAGACAAGAGGACCACCGGCAAGAUGGUCAUUCAAGGAAUCCGCCUGGAGUUCAUCAAAGCCAUCAAGGACGUGACGGUGAAGGAGCGUGAAACGGCAGAGUUCAGCGUGGAACUCUCCCACCAAAACAUCCCGGUGGUUUGGUACAAGAACGACGUGCGGCUUCACCCCAGCAAAGUGGUCCACAUGACGGACCACGGGGCGUUCCACACGUUGGGCUUCAAGGAGGUCGCCAUUGACGACACGUCCAUGAUCAAGGUGGAGGCCGCGGACAAGAGUGUCAGCGCUAUGCUUACCGUGAUCGAGGGCGACCUGUACUUCACCACCAAGUUGCAAAACUACACGGCGGUAGAGAAGGAUGAAGUGAAGCUGGUGUGCGAACUGAGCAAGCCGGUGGCGGAAGUCAAAUGGUUCAAGGAUGGGAAGGAGCUCACACCCUCCAAGAACAUCAGCAUCAACGCGGAUGGCAAAACGCGAAUCCUGAUGUUCCGCAAGGUCGAGAAGAGCAACAUCGGAGAAUACGCGUGUGACUGCGGCUCCGACAAAACUAGCGCCAAUCUCAAAGUUGAAGAGCGUGACAUCAAGGUGUUGCGUCCACUGUACAGUGUGGAGGUCACUGAGAAUGAGAUGGCCAAGUUUGAGGCGGAGAUUUCCGAGGAGGACGUCCACGGAAACUGGAAGUUGAAGGGAGAAGCUUUGCACCAGUCGGCCGAUGUGGAGAUCAAGGAGGAGGGACCCAAACAUCUUCUCAUCCUCUACAAUGUACGCAUGGACAUGGCGGGAGGGGUGGACUUCUCGGCAGCCAAUGCCAAAUCAAACGCUCAGCUCCGAGUCAAAGCUCGAGCCAUCAGCCUGCUGCAGCCGCUGAAGGACGUGACGGUGACGGCCGGAGAGACGGCCACCUUCCAGUGCAAGCUGUCUUAUGAAGGCAUCAUCGUAGACUGGUUCCUGGCUGGGAACAAGAUGGAGGCCGGCGAGCGGGUGAAGACUCAAGCGGAUGGCCAAAUUUACACUCUGACAGUUCGGGACGUGAAGCUGUCGGAGGCAGGCCAUGUCAGAUUGACAGCCAAGGACUUCCAGACUCAGGCUCAGCUCAUUGUCAGAGAACCUGCGGUGGAGUUCACCAAGCCUUUGGAGGACCAGACAGUGGAGGAUGAGGCCACUGCUACACUAGAGUGCGAAGUCUCCAGAGAGAAUGCAGACGUCCAAUGGUUCAAGGAGGGACAAGAGAUCCGCAAGACCAAGAAAUACGACAUGAUCGCCGAUGGUCGAAAGAGGAUGCUGGUGAUCCACGACUGCAACCCGGAUGACAUCAAGACAUACACGUGUGACGCCAAGGACUUUAAGACUUCCUGCUUCCUUGACGUCACUCCGCCUCACGUGGAGUUCGUCAACCCUCUGCAAGAUGUUGAGGUCAGAGAGAAGGACUCAGCCAAGUUUGAAUGCGCAGUAUCCCGCGAGUCCGCCAAGGUUCGCUGGUUCAAGGAUGGUGGUGAGAUACGAAAAGGAAAGAAGUACGAGAUCAUGGCCAAAGGUGUUCAGAGGAUCCUGAUCAUCCACAAAUCUGUGAUGGAUGAUGAGGCAGAAUAUGAAUGUGACGCCAGGACAUCUAAGAGCGCUGGCAUGCUGACCGUCAUUGAGGAGGCUGCCAGGUUCACCAAGAACCUGUCCAACGUGGAGGGCACAGAGACAGACAGCAUUAAGAUGAUCUGUGAGGUGUCCAAGGCCGGGGCAGAGGUGACCUGGUACCAAGGAGACAGAGAGCUGCCGGAGGGCGGCCGCUACGAUCAGAUCGUGGAUGGACGUAAGAGGAUCCUGAUCAUCCAAGACUUGAAGAUGGAGGAUGCCGGCGAAUACAACUGCAGACUGAGCCCCAGUGUCAAGACAGCUGCUGUCCUAAAACUGAAUGAACUUGCAGCUGAGUUCAUCGCCAGACCGCAGAACCAGGAAGUUGUGGAAGGGGAGAAUGCCGAGUUCGCCUGCUCAGUCUCCAAAGAAACCUAUGAGGUGAAAUGGUUCCGAGGGGAGAAGGAGGUCGAAAGUGGGGACAAAUACAAAAUUGUCAGUGAAGGAAAGAGACGAGCUCUUGUUGUGAAAAACUGUGAGCUGAAGGAUGACGGAGGUUAUGUGGUCCUCAUCGGCAGCGUUCGAGCCUCCGCUGAUCUCUUUGUGAUUGAAAAACUGAGGAUCAUCACAGCCAUCAAAGACACUGAGGUUAAAGAGGGAAAUGAGAUUGUCUUCAACUGUGAGACGAACGUGGAGGGAGCGAAGGCCAAGUGGUUGAAGAACCAGGAGACCAUAUUUGAGAGCAGCAAAUACAUGGUAACUCAGAGGGACAAUGUCUUCUCCCUGAGGAUUCGGGAAGCCUGCAACGCUGACGAGGCUGAAUACACCAUCGGCCUGACCAAUCACAGAGGAGAGCAGGCCAAGUGCUCAGCCCACGCAAAGGUCACAGAGGAGAAGGUUAAGUUCCUGGUGCCCAUCGAGGACAUUGAAUCUCAGGAAAAGAAGACCAUCAGUUUUGUGUGCAAGGUGAACCGACCCCAGGUGACCGUGAGGUGGCUAAAGGCUGGCCAGGAGGUGAUGCUCAACAAACACGUGGUCUACAGAAGCGAAGGCCUCAACCACACACUGACCAUCAAGGACUGCAUCAUGGAGGAUGAGGGCGAGUAUAGCGCUGAGGUCGGAGAAGACAAAUGUGCUGCUGAAUUGAUCAUAAGUGAGGCGCCAACAGACUUCACCGCACAGCUCAAAGACCAGAUAGUCACUGAGUUUGAGGAUGCCGAGUUCACCUGCAAGUUGUCCAAAGAGAAGGCCACCGUCAAGUGGUACAGAAAUGGCCGGGAGAUCCGAGAAGGGCCGAGAUAUCGCAUGGAGAGAGAAAGUAAGACAUGCAGACUAGUCGUCAAGGGCUGCAGACCGGAUGACGAAUGUGAAUACUCUUGUGGCGUGGAAGAGAGGAGGACCAGAGCAAGACUAUUUGUUGAAGAAACCCCAGUGGAGAUCAUCAGACCGCCUCACGACACUUUGGAGCCUCCUGCCUCGGACGUGGUGUUCGAGGUGGAGCUCAACAAGGACAGAGUAGAGGUGAAGUGGAUGAGAAACAACAUGAUAAUUGUCCAGGGAGACAAAUACCAGAUGAUCAGCGAGGGUAAAGUUCACAGACUGCAGGUGUGUGAGAUCAGACCUCGAGACCAGGGCGAGUACAGGAUUGUUGCCAAAGACAAAGAUGCUCGAGCUAAGCUGGAGCUGGCGACUCCUCCAAAGAUUAAAACCACAGACCAGAACCUGAUAACAGAUGCUGGCAAGCCCUUCAUCAUUACAGUCCCCUAUGACGCCUACCCUCGGGCGGACACAGAGUGGUUUUUCAACAGCGGGAGUCUACCUGUCCAGAACAUCGACACCUCAGUCGACAAGACAGUCUACCGCCUUAAAAUCCCCAGCAAAGAUGACCAGGGAAAGUACAAGGUGGUCAUCAAGAACAAGCAUGGAGAGGGAGAGGCCUUCAUUAACCUGGAAGUGAUUGAUGUGCCUGGACCUGUCAAGCACCUGAAGGUGACCGACACUGUUGACGGUGAGGUCAGUUUGGCUUGGGAGGAGCCUGAGAGUGACGGUGGGAGCAAAAUCAUAUCAUAUAUGGUGGAGAGGCGCGAUGUGAAGCGUAAAGCGUGGACAGUGGCAACAAACCGCGCUGAUGCGCCUGAGUAUUGUGUUAGUGGCCUCCAAAAGGACUCCUGUUACCUGUUCAGAGUCUGUGCCACAAAUCGUGUUGGGAGUGGGCCCCACGUUGUCACUGACAAUGCUGUUCAGGCCAAGAAUAAAUUUGAUGUCCCGGAUGCUCCGGAGAAUGUAGCUGUCGCUGUGGUGAAUAGAUUUGGUACCACUAUCAUUUGGGAGCCUCCUAAGUUUGAUGGUGGCUCAGAGAUCACUGGCUACGUGAUCGAGCUCCGUGACAGGACCUCGGUAAAGUGGGAUGCAUCCAUGUUCUGUGGAGCCAGCGAGCACUCGGCUAGUCUUAAUGACGUGGUAGAGAACAAGGAGUACAUCUUCAGAGUGCGAGCUGAGAACAAGGCCGGCAUCGGAAAACCCAGCGCUGCCACCAAACCUGUCAAGAUUAUGGAUCCCAUUGAGAGACCAAGCCCACCCCUCAACCUGAACUUCAAUGACCAAACCAAGGAAGAUGUCAUGCUCACCUGGGAGACACCUGCCAGCAAUGGUGGCAGCAUGAUCACCGGCUACAUCAUUGAGAAGUGCGAGGACAGCACAAACAAGUGGCUUCGCUGCAAUGCUAGACUGUGUCCGGACCUCUCCUACCAGGUGUCUGGACUGAAACAUGGUUCUAAGUACUUUUACAGAGUUUGCGCUGAGAAUGCUGCUGGUAUUUCUGAUCCGGCCGAGAAACUCGGCCCACUGCUCGCUGACGAUCCUCACGUUGGUCCAUCCUUCGACCUCAGUGCCUUCAGGGAUGGCUUGGAAGUCAUUGUCCCUCAGCCUCUCACCAUCAGAGUUCCCUUCACUGGAUACCCGACCCCUGUUCCCAAAUGGAACUUUGAAAAGAAGGAGCUGACGUCAGCAGACGAGCGUGUCUCUAUGGUUACAAAGCCCUCGUACACUAGCCUAACAGUAAUGCCAAGUGUCCGUCCAGACAAAGGAACCUACACUUUGCAGCUGGAAAAUGACAUGUCCUCUGUCUCUGGAGAGAUUGAUGUCAACGUUAUCGCAUGCCCCAGCGCUCCAAAAGAUUUCAAGGUGGCCGAGGUGACCAGACACCAUGCCCACCUGAUGUGGGAGGCUCCUGAGCACGAUGGAGGAAGUCCUGUUACACACUACCAGAUCGAGAAGAGAGAAGUGUCUCGUAAGACUUGGGCCAAGGUGGCCUCAGGAGUCCUGGACCUUGAGCAUACGGUGACGGAUGUGAUCGAAGGGAAGGAAUAUCUGUUCAGCGUUACUGCCUGCAAUAAAUGUGGACAAGGAGAGCCGGCUUACAUUGACGAGCCUGUCAAUGUCUCUUCUCCUGCCACUGUACCCAAUCCUCCCGAGAACCUGAAGUGGCGUGACAAGAGCGGCAAGGGCAUUUUCCUGUCCUGGGAGCCUCCAAAGUAUGAUGGUGGCUCCCAGAUCAAAGGUUAUGUGGUGGAUAAGUGUCAACGUGGAACUGACAAGUGGGAACCCUGCUCUGAUCCUGUUCAAGAGCUGAAGUUUCAGGUGACUGGUCUGAUUGAGGGACAGUGGUAUGCCUACAGAGUCCGAGCUGUCAACAAGUUAGGAGCUAGUCGACCCUGCAGGGCUACUGACGAGAUCCAGGCUGUCGAUGCUAAAGAACCUCCAGAGAUACAGCUGGAUGUGAAGCUGUUAGCUGGGCUCACUGCCAGAGCUGGCAGCAAAAUUGAACUCCCUGCCGAUGUCAAAGGAAAGCCAGAUCCCCGCGUCAAGUGGACCAAGGCUGACCUGGUCCUGCGUGCCAAUGACCGCGUUGUCAUCGACACACAGCCAGGGCACUCCAAGUUGUCCAUUGCCAACACAACCAGAGGCGACAGCGCUACCUACAUCAUUGAAGCCGUCAACACCUGCGGACGUGCGACUGCUACCGUUGAUGUCAAUAUUCUCGACAAACCUGGCCCGCCCGCUGCCUUUGACAUCUCUGAAAUCACCAACGAGUCUUGCCUCUUGGCCUGGAACCCUCCAAGGGAUGACGGUGGCUCACCUGUUACCAACUACAUUGUGGAGAGUCGCAAGAUUGACAAAGAGGAGUGGACAAAGCUGUCAGCUACAGUUAAAAACACCACCUUCAAGGCCUGCAAGGUCACUGCUCAUAUGGAGUACGUCUUCAGGAUCAGUGCUGAAAACCAGUAUGGUGUCGGAGAACCUGCUGAGCAUGCGCCAAUAAUUGCAAAGUAUUCAUUUGAUACUCCAGGCCCUCCAACCAGAGUCACUUGCUCUGACAUUGCCAAGGAUGCCGUGACUCUCAACUGGCUUGAAUCAGACGAGGACGGUGGCAGUCCCAUUACCGGUUAUUGGGUUGAGAAGUUUGAUCCCGACAGUGAUAAAUGGAAAAGAUGCAACAAACUGCCCAUCAAGGACACCACCUUCAGGGUGAAAGGACUACCUACGAAGAAGAAGUACCGGUUUAGGAUUCUGGCUGAAAAUCUGGCUGGAACUGGAAAACCAAGCACAGAAACGGACUUAGUUCUUAUCAAAGACCCCAUUGAUCCUCCAUGGGCUCCUGGAAAACCUGUGAUCCGUGACAUUGGCAAGACCUCUGCUCUGCUAGCGUGGACAAGGCCCGAGCAUGAUGGUAGAGCUAAGCUAGAAGGCUACAUCAUUGAGUUCCAGAAAGCCGGAAGUGAUGAGUGGAUCCGCAUUGCGGAGGACAUUCCCCAGACUGAACAUCAGCUGCAUGGCUUGAUGGAGAAGCAGGAGUACACCUUCCGGGUCAAAGCUGUCAACAAGGCUGGUGAGAGCGAACCCAGCGAGCCUGGUGACCCCGUGGUCUGCAAGGAAAGACUCUACCCCCCAUCUGCACCUCAGUGGCUGGAUGUGGCCAACAUCACCAAGAUCAACGCUGAUCUCAAAUGGCAGGCGCCCAGCAGUGACGGAGGCUCACCCAUCACCAACUAUGUGGUGGAGAAGAGGGAUGUGCGGCGGAAGGCUUGGCAGACUGUCGACACCACCGUCAAGGAGCUCAAAUACACAGUGGCACCGCUCAAUGAAGGCUCGCUGUAUGUGUUCCGUGUGGCUGCAGAAAAUGCAGUAGGCUUGGGCGAGUUCUGCGAGCUGGAGGAUGCUGUGCUUGCCAAAGACACAUUCACUACUCCUGGACCUCCUUAUGCGCUGACCAUAGUGGAGGUCACCAAGAGACAUGUGGAGUUGAAAUGGGAAGCUCCGAAGAGUCACGGUGGAAGACCCAUCACCAAGUAUGUGAUAGAGAAGAAGGACAAACUGGGAACUCGUUGGUUGAAGUGCUGCAAGACUCCAGACAAACAAACUCAGUUCAAGGUGACUGAUGUGGACGAGGGCUCAGAGGUGCAGUUCCAAGUGCGGGCGGAGAACGAGGCUGGAGUUGGAGAACCCAGCGAACCCACUGAGAUCCUUACCAUCGAGGAUCCAACCAGUGCACCAUCUCCUCCCUUGGAGGUGACCGUCCCGGAUAGCAGCAGGGAGCACAUCAAUGUCUCGUGGAAGCCGCCAGCCAAGGAUGGCGGUUCCCCAAUUACCGGCUACCACGUGGAGGUGGCCGAGGCUCGUCCAGAGCUGAAGUGGCUCAGGGUCAACAAUAGACCCAUCAAAGACCUUAAGUUUAAUAUUGAUGACGGGAUCAAACCAGAGAAGAAGUAUGUUAUCAGGGUUCGUGCUGUUAACGCCAUCGGCGUAAGCAAUCCCUCUGAGAUGUCUGACAAGGUCUUUACCAAGGAUCCAGACUGUGCCCCAGCCAUGGAUAUGGACACACAGGAUGUGGUGGUGAUCGAGGGAGAGAAGCUGCACCUGAAAGUUCCAUACAAGGGCAUUCCGACGCCACAGAUGGUGUGGCAGAAGGACACGGUGGAAUGCAAGAAAGACGAGCGGCUCUCCACGACAGUGGAGAUGAACAGUGCUCACCUGGAGCUGCUCAGAUGCACACAUUCUGAUGCCGGCGUCUAUGCCAUCACCCUCAAAAACAGCCUGGGGACCGCCAGUGGAAGCAUCAAUGUCAAAGUUAUCGGGCUCCCUGGUCAGUGUAAAGACAUCCGAUCCAGUGAUGCCACAAAGAACUCCUGCAAGAUCAGCUGGGAAGCACCCACGAAUGAUGGCGGCACACCGGUUGUUAGUUAUACGCUGGAGCGUCGCGAGGCCUCCAAGAAGACCUACAUGCCUGUCAUGUCAGGAGAGAAUGUUCUAGACUGCAUGGUCAAAGAUCUGUAUGUUAACUGUGAGUACUACUUCCGGGUCAAGGCUGUCAACAAGGUGGGCGCUGGAGUAUAUCUGGAGUUGCGAAACCCUGUCAUCACAGAGGAGCUCAAGCAGAAACCAGAUCCACCGAUCCUAGUGGAGGCCCAAGAGCCAACAUCCAAAUCCAUCACCAUCACUUGGAAAGCUCCCGAUUACGAUGGUGGCUGCCCCAUUGAAGGCUACAUCGUGGAGAAGAUUGAGAAGGAUGGCGACCGCUAUGAGAGGGUUACCCCAAGCUUGGUCCCUGGUCUCUCAUAUGUGGUGACAGGUCUAAAGGAGGAAAUGGAAUAUCAGUUCAGGGUCCGAGCCGAGAACGCCGCUGGAAUCAGUGAACCGUCUCGAAGCACGCAACCCAUCAGGGCUGUUGACCCCGUUGAAAAACCUACGGUCACCCUGCAUGCCUAUGUGCAGUCUGGUUUGUGCAUUAAGAAGGGUGAAGAGAUUCGCAUCGAUGCGAACAUCUCAGGCUCGCCUUACCCCAAAGUCACCUGGAUGAGGAACAAUGAAGAUGUCACCAAAGAGCCCACCAAGAAGGUAGUACCACUGGUUAAGAAGAAGAAGACCAAGGCUGAGCUUUUCGAACCCAAGGAAGAGUUUGUGACGCCACUGCGUGAGCGCCUCGGUUUGGACCAGACAAGGAAGGGUCACUCCGCACUGAUGAUCCGAGAGGCGAUCAGAGCAGACCACGGCUACUUCACCAUCCAGGUGGAGAACACUCACGGCAUUGCCACCGCCUCCUGUGUCGUCAACGUCCUUGACAAACCCGGUCCGCCUAUCAACUUUACCUUUGAUGACAUCAGGAACACCUCAGUGGUGUGCAACUGGGAGUCUCCUGAAGAUGAUGGCGGCAGUGAGAUUCUGAACUAUAUCCUGGAGAAAAAAGAUAACAAGAAAGAUGACAUUGGCUGGAUCACCAUUACCUCCACCUUGAAGGGUACCAGCUUCCCCGUCACCAAGCUGAUCGAAGGGAAGGAGUACAUCUUCAGAGUUACUGCCGAGAACAAAUUUGGAUGCGGACCGCCAUUCAUCUCUGAAGCACUGGUGGCCAAGAACCAGUUUGAUUCUCCUGAUGCACCCAACACCCCGAGAGUUCACGAAGUGACGGCAAGCUCUGCACACAUCUCUUGGCAUGAGCCAAAGGACAACGGCAGUCCCAUUCUGGGCUACUGGAUUGAGAGGAAGGAAGUGAACAGCAAACAUUGGACUCGUGUCAACCGCGUUCUCCUCAACUCUCUAGAGGUGAAAGCUUGCGGGCUGAUGGAAGGACUAACAUACAUCUUCAGGGUGUGUGCCGAGAACCUGGCGGGGCCCGGACCUUUCAGUGAGCCCACGGAUCGCAUUGUUGCUAUGGAUGCCAUCCUGCCUCCUGGUCCCCCAACACCAUGGAUCGUGGACACCGGGAAAGACUCGGUCAUCGUGGCGUGGAAGCCGCCUUUGUACAACGGAGGAGGGGACAUCCUGGGCUACCAUGUUGAGAAGGUGGUGGCCGGGGAGAAGAACUGGACUCGCAGCACAGAGUUUCGGUGCAAGGAGCUGACUUACAGCGUCACAGGUCUGACUGAAGGAACCGAUUACUACAUUAGAAUCAUUGCCGUCAAUGAUGCAGGUCCAGGAGCUCCCGGAGUCACAGAACCCGUUACUGUUAGGGAGCCUCAAGAACCUCCCGCUGUUGACUUUGACAUCUCUGUGAAGAACGGCGUGAUCAUCAUGGCCGGCGAGUCGCUGAAGCUUCCUGCCAUGGUGAUUGGCCGGCCACAGCCUGAGGUCAAGUGGGCCAAAGAUGAUGCUGACAUUGAUAAGGAGAGAAUGAUUGUGGAGACGGAUGGCAAGAACAGCAGUCUCUUCAUCAAGAAGGCAGUAAGGGCAGAUCAUGGCAAGUACCAGAUUUCAGGCACCAACAGCAGCGGGACUAAGGCUGCUGAAACCAAAGUGGAUGUCAUGGACGUCCCCGGGCCUGUCACUGACUUGAAGACUGUGACAGUGACCAAGAAGAACAUCACCCUUACCUGGUCUGAUCCGCUGGACAACGGUGGCAGUGACAUAAUUGGCUAUGAGGUCCAAAGAAAGGAUGCCAAGAUGAAGCUCUUCCGCCAACCCAUUGAGGUGGCGUCCUGCAAGUGUGGUGUCCAGGGACUGCUGGCAGGCGAGGAGUACGAUUUUAGGGUCAUUGCCCGAAAUAAGUAUGGAGAUGGAACUCCAGCGGACCUUGGGCCCAUUCUAGCUGAAGAUGCCAAAGGUACACCGUCUGCUCCUGAGAAGCUGCACUACACUGACAGAAGCAAGAACACCGUCACGCUGGCCUGGCAGCCACCACGCAGUGACGGUGGCAGCCCCAUCAUCGGUUACUACGUGGAGAAGAUGCGAUCUGACAGCAGCGAGUUUGAAGUGGCUAACCGCAAGAUCUUUAGAAAGUGCUGUGGUACAAUUGAGAACUUGUCAGAGAACCAGGAAUACGAGUUCCGAGUCAAAGCUGUGAGUGAAGUCGGGGAUGGAGUUCCGUCCAAACCCAUCACAGCCAAGAUUCAGGAUGAUGAAAUUCCACCAAUUAUUACAAUUCUAAAGUACUUCAAGAGUAAUGCGAUCAUUGUGAAGAAAGGCUCUGCCAUUGACAUUCCAGCUGAGGUAACAGGACUUCCUCUUCCGACAAUCACGUGGAUGAAGGACAAUGAGGUGAUGGACAAAUGUGACAAAGAGAAGAUUACAUUGGAAACUGAGGAGGUCAAUCGCACGACACUGAGGACAACGAUUUCCAUGCCAGAAACCAUCAGACAGGACAAAGGCAAUUACAAACUUCUAGCCGAAAACAGCUAUGGCAAAUCUCAGCACGUCAUCUGCGUGGAAAUCCUUGACCACCCUCUUCCCCCAAGGAACAUCGUGGUCUCUGACAUCAAGGUGGACUCGUGCUACUUGACCUGGGAUGCCCCAGAAGACAACGGAGGCAGUGAGAUCACCAACUAUGUGGUUGAACGCAGGGAUGCCAGCAAGAAGAAAUCGGACUUUGAGGCAGUGACCUCCAACCUCAUUGAUCGUCGAUAUGGGGUCUACAAACUGAAUUUAAAUGGUAACUACCAAUUCAGAAUCAGGGCGGAGAACAAAUAUGGUGUCAGUGAUGGCUGUGACUCAGAGAAAGUAGAACUGAAGGAUCCAUUUGGCCUCCCUGGACCGCCACGCAACCCCAAGAUCAUUGCUGCCACAUCAAACACAAUGACUCUGACCUGGGAUCCUCCGCUAGACAACGGCGGCUCUACCAUUCAAGGUUACUGGCUAGAGAAGAGGGAACGUGGAGCUGUGUACUGGGGGCGCGUUAAUCGGUGCCCAGUCACCAAACCAGCAGUGAAGGCUCUGCAGUACACUGUACUCAAGCUCAUCGAAGGAACAGAAUACCAAUUUAGGGUGGCGGCAAGCAAUGCUGCAGGGGUGGGGCCACCCAGCGAGUCCACAGACUGCCGCUUUGCUGUGGAUCCAUGCAGUCCUCCUACUGCGCCUGGAUCCCCUGAGGUCAAAGACAAGACCAAGAACAGCGUCACACUCAGGUGGAGUCCCCCAGACAGGGAUGGUGGAAGCCCUGUCAAGGGUUACAUCAUUGAGGUCCAUGAGGAAGGGUCCCCUGAUUGGAGAAGGGUGAAUCCUGCUGACAAACUCCACCCAUCCACUGAGAUAAUCAUCCCUGACCUUAAAGAGGGCAAGAAGUGCAAGUUCAGGAUCUAUGCUGUGAAUGCUGCAGGCAAUUCUGAGCCUGCCAAGACUGCUGACAUCCAGGUUCAGGACAUCCUAGUUGAGCCGACAGUGUCUCUGGAUGUGAGCGCGCAUGACCUGCUGAAUUGCAGGGCUGGAACCACCAUCAAGAUCCUCGCCACCAUCACCGGGCGCCCAGUGCCUAAAGUCACCUGGACUUUCGAAGGAAAAGCUGAGACUGAGAAGAAAAAUGAACUUCACACACUUCCCAUUGACUCAGAGAUUCACUCCACCGACUCGACCUCCCUGGUCAUCAUUCCUGAGAGCAAAAUGAACCAUGGUGGCCGCUACAUCAUCAAUGCAGAGAGCCCCGCCGGACACAAAGUAGUCAAAGUGCGAGUCAACGUUCUCGACCUUCCAGGACCUCCUCGAGACCUGAAAGUGAGCGAUAUGACCAGAGGUACUUGCCGACUCACCUGGAAACCUCCAGAGAGUGAUGGAGGAGAGAGGGUGAAGAGCUACUUCAUUGAGAAGAAGACUGUGGUGGGCAAAGCCUGGACCAAGGUGAAUCCAUCCUGUGCUGCGCAGUCUCUGGUGGUUCCAGACUUGAUUGAAGGUGAAGAUUACCUGUUCCGCAUCCGUGCCGAGAAUCGAUUUGGUUUGGGGCCAUAUGUGGAAACCACUGAGGGAACCGUAGCCAGAGAUCCCAUCCAUCCUCCAGAUCCUCCAACCAGGCUUAAGAUCGAGGGUGUGAGGAAGGGCACAGUGACCCUCACAUGGAAGGCUCCCAAAAAUGAUGGUGGAUCACCUGUCACUCACUAUAGUGUUGACCUGCUCUGCUGGGAUGUCAGCGGCACGCAGAAAGAGUCCUGGAGGAGGUGUAACAGGAGAGACAUUGAUAUCACAUGCUUUAAGGUGGAGGACCUGACUGAGGGAGAUGAGUAUGAGUUCAGAGUGGUUGCUUACAACCAGGCUGGACCCAGCCGACCAUCUUCCACUGCUGGGCCCAUUCUCAUUCAGGAGCAGACCUGCGCUCCUUCCAUUGAACUGAAGGAGUUCAUGGAAGCCGAGCAAGGCAGUGACGUCAGCAUUGUGGCCAGGAUACGUGGUUGCCCAUUCCCCACGCUCACUUGGUACAAGGCCCCACCCCACAAGUCGGACAAUAAGGUGGAGGUCUGCUACGAUGAGCACAUCAACAAGAUGGUGUCAGACGACAGCUGCACGCUAUUGAUCCAGCAGGGCAAACGUCCUGACACUGGCCUUUACACGCUUGUGGCCUCCAACAGCCUGGGCAAAGCAUCCAAGGAGAUGAGGCUCAAUGUGCUUGGUCGUCCUGGUCCUCCCUCUGCUCCCAUUAAGUUUGAGGAGAUCGGGGCCGAGAGGAUCACUCUCUCCUGGCUGCCACCAAAGGAUGACGGAGGCUCCAAAGUUACCAAUUAUGUAAUCUGGAGGCGAGUGGCGAACAGGAAGACCUGGGUCCCUGUAACCAGCGAACCCAAAGAACGCGUCUGGACAGUGGAAAACCUGAUGGAGGGCCAUGUGUAUGUUUUCCGCAUUAUGGCCCAGAACAAGUAUGGAGUCGGCGAACCGCUAGACAGUGAUCCAGAGGCGGCCAGAAACCUCUACACUGUCCCUGGCCAAUGUGAGAAACCAACUGUGUCCAGCAUCACCCUGGACUCCAUGACUGUGAAUUGGGAGGAGCCAGAGGACGAUGGUGGCAGCCCAAUCACUGGUUACUGGUUGGAGCGCAAGGAGACCACAGGGAAACGCUGGGCACGUGUCACCCGUGACCCUAUCCGUCCCAUGGGCCUGGGUGAAUCACUUCCAGUAAGUGGCCUCAUUGAGGGUUCUGAGUAUCUUUUCAGAGUUACAGCCAUCAACGCUGCAGGACCUGGACUCCCCAGUUCCCCGACUGAUCCCAUCUUUGCCAGAGACCCCAUCUCCCCACCCUCUCCUCCAACACCAAAGGUUUCUGAUUGGACAAAGUCCACCGUGGAUCUUCAGUGGAUCCCCCCAUUGAAGGAUGGUGGCUCCAAAAUUAUCGGUUACUGGGUGGAGUAUAAGGAGGAGGGCACUGAAGCCUGGCUCAAGGCCAAGGACACUGAAAUCCGUGGCACCCGCUUUGUGAUUGCUGGUCUUAAGACUGGCGGUCAGUACAGAAUAAGGGUCAUGGCUUUCAACCUUGCUGGUAUUAGUGAACCAGGCGAAGUGCCUGAGGUGUUGGAGCUCAACGACAGAAUCGUUGCCCCUGAGGUUGAUUUGGAUGCCUCAGUGAAGGAAAGGAUGGUGGUCCACGCCGGAGGGGUGAUCCGGAUCAUCUGUUAUGUGUCAGGUCAGCCAUCACCACAAGUCACCUGGAGCAGGGAUGCAGCGGCACUUCCCCCUGAGGCCAAGGUGGAGACAACAGCCAUCAGCUCAUCUUUGGUCAUCAAAGCAUGUACCAGAAGGCAUCUCGGCAUCUACACGCUGACUGCCAAGAAUGCUGCAGGGGAGAAGAAGAAAAAUGUCACCGUGGAAGUGCUGGAUGUUCCUGGGCCUGUUGGCAUCCCCAUGACUGCUGAGAACUUGAGCAAUGAUUGCUGCAAGAUCAACUGGUACUUUCCAGAGAACGACGGCGGUUCUCCCAUCAGCAACUACGUGAUUGAGAAACGCGAAGCAGAGCGACAGGCUUGGACCUCGCUCUCAUUCACCGCCAGCAGACAAAACGCUGUAGCGACUGGCCUCACCUCGGGCAAGGCUUACUUCUUCAGAGUUGCCGCUGAGAACGCCAUUGGCAUUGGACCCUUCAUGGAGACAGCAGCUGAGCUCAUCAUCAAGGAACCGUUGAGUGUGCCCAACCGACCCGAGGAGCUUGAGGUGACCAAGGUCACCAAAGAUUUGAUCAACGUUACAUGGAAAGCACCCAAGUUUGACGGUGGCUCUGAGAUCAUAAUGUACAUCCUGGAGGCUCGGAUGAUUGGCAAAGACAAGUUCAAUCGAUUGACCAAGGAGAAGCUGAUGGAGAGGAAGUACACUUUUGACGGUCUAAGGGAGGGCGACACCUACGAGUUCCGGGUUAUUGCUGUUAACGAGGUCGGGCCAAGUAAACCGUCAUUCUGCUCCAAACCAGUCACCUGCAAGGAUGAACUUGAGCCGCCGACUAUUGAGCUGGACUUCCGCGACAAGCUCAUAGUCCGUGUCAAUGAGAGCUUCCUGCUGCAGGGUCGCUACACUGGCAAGCCUUCCCCGUCCAUUGUGUGGUACCAAGAUGACGAGGAGCUGAAGGCUGACAAGCACAUUAUGUUCAAGAACACGCUGACCACAAUGUCGCUAGGUGUGAUGAAGGCGCAGCGCCACCACAGUGGACGAUAUGUGGUGGUGGUGGAGAACAGCACCGGGUCCAGGAAGGGAGUCUGCAAUGUCACAGUUGUCGACCGUCCAUCUCCUCCUGUGGGUCCGGUUGUCUUUGAGGAGGUGCACCGUGAGUACAUGGUGAUCUGUUGGAAACCUCCUCUGGACAGUGGCGGCGUUGAAAUCUCCAACUACAUCAUUGAGAAGAGAGACAGAAAUAGAGACAUGUGGACCACUGUCACUUCAGCAAACACCAAGACCACAUGCAAGAUCCCCAAACUGACAGAGGGCAGGGAGUACAUCAUUCGGAUCUCCGCUGAGAACAUGUACGGUAUUAGCGAGCCACUGGACUCUGAGGAGAUGAGAGCCAAAGAUCUUUUCAGAGUUCCUGAAGCCCCUGAGAUGCCAACUGUCAGGGAGGUGUACGCUACCAACUUGCUGGUGCUCUGGAACCGGCCCCGUGAUGGAGGAAAACCCAUCACCAACUACAUCCUGGAGAAGAAAGAGCCCUCUGCCAAGAGGUGGUCAAGGGCCGCGAGAGAACCCUUGUACCCUGCCACUCAGUAUAGAGUCCAGGACCUGGUGGAGGGCUGUGAAUAUGAGUUCCGUGUGAUGGCUGAAAAUGAGCUGGGAACCGGAGACCCGAGUGUCCCCUCAAAGCCCAUUCUUUCCAAAGAUCCCAUCGUGCGACCCAGUCCUCCAGUGACCCCUGAGGCCUACGACAAGACAAAAGACUCUGUCAGUCUCAAGUGGCAGAUGCCUCGCCAUGACGGAAAAGGACGGAUAUUCGGCUAUCUUGUGGAGUACCAGAAGCCGGGUUCGAUAGAGUGGAUUCAGGCUAAUGAGCGUCCAGAGCAGUGCCCUGACCUAUACUAUGUAGUGACAGGCCUAAGUGAUGGCCAAGAGUACGCUUUCAGGAUCUACACUGUUAACGCCGCAGGCAAAUCUGACCCAGCCUAUGUCAAACAGACCAUCAAGGUCCAUGACAGACUGGAGGUGCCAGAAUUGCUGCUGGAUGCCAACAUGGCACGGGACCAUCUGGCCAUGCUGGGCACCGACAUCACCUUGAGUGCCACGAUCAAGGGUGUGCCCACACCUACCGUCAGCUGGAAGAAAAAUUAUGGCGAAAUGCCAGCUCACAUCACUGUCGCUGUUACGUCCACUGGCAGCAAAGUCUUAAUCCCCAAGUGUGUCCGUCCUGACUCUGGCAAUUACACUCUCACAGUGGAAAAUGCUGCUGGGAAGAAAACGGCCACAGUUGCCGUUCUGGUUCUGAACAAACCAACACCUCCGCGAGACUUGGUGGUCUCUGAGGUGACCAGCGAGUCUGCCUACGUAACGUGGAAAGCCCCGGAGGACAAUGGUGGCGCCGUUAUCUCCCAUUAUGUUGUGGAGAAGAAGGAUGUGGCUGCUGAGCAGUGGGUCCCCGUCUCUGCAGCCAAUAAGAAGCGGAGUUUGAUGGCCAUGUAUCUGAUGGAGGGAAUCCAGUACCUGUUCAGAGUGGCCGCAGAAAACCAGUUUGGCAGGAGUGACUACGUUAUAACAAAGACGCCCAUCAAGGCUGUUGAUCCUCUCUAUCCACCUGGCCCCCCAAAGAAUCUACACCACAAUGAUGCAGACAAGACAGAGGUGUGGUUAGAGUGGGAGUGGCCUGAUCGUACCGGAGGAAGUGAAAUCACCGGCUUCAUUAUUGAGUACCAGGAAGAGAAUCAGGUGGACUGGGUUCCCUUUAAGACUGUCAGCAGUAAUCAUGCACAUGUCAAUGGUCUGGAGGAAGGCAAGACCUACCGCUUCCGAGCAAUGGCUCAGAAUGCUAUUGGUGUGAGUCGUCCUGACACCAGCGUCCCUGUUACCUGUCAGGAAAAGACAUUGCCACCCACUAUUGAAGUUGAUGUGAAGCUUAUUGAGGGUAUUGCUGUUAAGGCAUGUAGCACGAUUGUCCUGCCUGCCAAGAUGAAGGGGAUCCCUAUCCCCACUGCCAAGUGGAUGACAGAUGGCAAGGAAAUUGCAUCAGAAGGUCACUAUAACAUUGAAUCAACAGGAGCCACCACUACCCUCACCAUACCAGAGUGCAAGAGAGAAGACACUGGGGAGUACAUCCUCACUGUGUACAACCCUGUAGGCAGCAAGACUGUCGCUCUACAUGUCACUGUGCUCGAUCUUCCGGGUGCACCCAUUGGACCCAUCAACAUCUUAGAAGUAACCCCUGAUCAUAUGAUGAUACAAUGGAGGCCACCCAAGGACGACGGUGGUACACCCAUCACAAACUAUGUGGUUGAAAAGAAGGAUGUGAAGAAGCCAUGGGAGCCAUGGUCAGUUGUGAGCUCCAGCGGUAUCAGCACCAAAGCCAAGGUGUCACGCCUGGAGAAGGGUCGUGAGUACAUUGUACGUAUUCGCGCAGAGAACAAGAUAGGAAUUGGUGCUGGGCUUGAAAGUCCUCCAACUAUUGCCAAGAACAUGUUCAACCCUCCCGGUCCACCAGGCCUCCCAGUGUGCUCUGAUAUUACAGAGAAUGCUGUGACAGUGGAAUGGUCCCUGCCUGACUACGAUGGAGGUAGUCCUAUCAGUGGCUAUGUGAUUGAACGCCGAGAGAUGACAGGGAAGUGGAUCCGUGUCAACAAAACCCCCGUGUUGGACCUCAGAUACAGAGUUUCAGGUCUAUUUGAAGGCAACAACUAUGAGUUCAGAGUGUUUGCUGAGAACAUUGCUGGUGUUAGCGAACCAUCCCUCACCUCUGAUCCAAUCAAGGCCACCCGGCCCAUCACCAAGCCAGGACCUCCUGGAAAUCCUAAACUAAAGGACUGGAGCAAGUCUUAUGCGGAUAUCUGCUGGGUCAAACCGACAAGAGAUGGUGGCAGUCCUAUCCUGGGGUAUGUAGUAGAGAUUCAAAAGUCAGGAUCCGCUCAGUGGGACAGGAUCAACAAGCAAGUGAUCAACAUGUGUGCCUACAGAGUACAAGGUCUCAUAGAAGGUAUGGAAUACAGGGUCCGUAUCAGAGCCACAAACAAGGUUGGAGAGAGUGAACCCAGGGAGCUGAGCGAGAUCAUCUUGGCAAAGGAUAUUCUCGUUCCUCCAGUGGUUGUUGUUGAUGUAUCAUGCCGCGACUCUCUGACUGUAAGGGUAGGCCAGAUAAUCAGUUUGAUCACCAGAGUUAAGGGCAGACCUGACCCAGAGAUCACAUGGACCAAGGAUGCCAGAGCCUUGUCUCGAGACAAGCGCACUCAGCUGAAUAACCACUAUCCUCUGUGUGAAUUAGUCAUCAAUGAUGCAGUCAGGUCCGACUAUGGCAAAUACUCAAUUGUUGCGAAGAACAGCAGUGGACAGUCACAAGCCACUAUUAUUGUCAAUGUCUUGGACACACCCGGAGCUUGCCAGAAUAUAAAGGUGGCUUACGUGACCAGGAACUCUUGCAUGGUGACUUGGGAGAACCCAGAGGACAAUGGAGGCACAGAGAUCACCCAGUACAUUAUUGAGUGUCGUCAACCAAGCCAGAGAGGAUGGACAGUCGUUUCCAAUGACUGUACAAAGCGACUGAUGAAGGCCCCUCUCUCGGAGGGUUGUGAGUACUUUUUCCGAGUUAGUGCUGAAAACAAGAUCGGUGUUGGACCGCCAAUCGAGACCAAGACAGCGGUGCUGGCAGUUGACCCCAUCGAGAAACCUGGUGAACCAAUCGACUUCCAUAUAUCGGAGAUUGGCAAGACCUUCUGCUUCCUCAAGUGGAAGAAGCCUGACUACGAUGGAGGCAGUCGUAACCUGGGUUACCACGUGGAGAAGAAGCCAAAAGAGGCUGAGGAGUGGGAGAGACUUCAUAAGGGUGCAAUCAAAGAGACUUACUUUAUGGCUGACAGGUGCAUUGAAAACCAGGUCUACCAGUUCAGAGUUCAGACGAAAAAUGACGGGGGUGAAAGCAAAUGGGUGACCACAGCUGAAGUCCUGGUUAAGGAGCAGCUUGUAGAACCAGAGAUCAAGAUAAAACUGGAUGGAACCCUUGUGGUAAAGGCAGGGGACUCAAUUCCCAUUGAGGCAAUGGUCAAGGGCAAACCCCAGCCUGAUGUCAAAUGGACUAAAGAUGAUAGUAUUGAAGAGAUCAAAAAGAGUCCCAGGCUUCAGAUCGAAACCGGUGCUGACUUCUCAAAGCUACUUCUGACUUCUGCUGGGCGUACGGACAGUGGCAAAUAUGUUGUCAGUGCCUCCAACAGUGCAGGAACAUGCUCCGCACAUGCCAAGGUCAAUGUAUUAGAUAGACCUGGCCCGGUUAGUAAUCUCAAGGUGUCUGGCGUCACUAUAGACAGGUGCCAUUUGGCCUGGAAAAUCCCAGAGGACGAUGGAGGCUGUGAGAUCUACAACUACAUCAUCGAGAAAUGUGACACCAAGAGGGGUGUGUGGGCUGUCCAUUCAAAUGCCGUCAUAACCAACAAGGCCAUUGUGACUCGUCUUAUUGAGGGAAAUGAAUAUAUCUUCAGAGUUCGUGCAGAGAAUAAGAUGGGUCCUGGCCCUGCAGUGGAGAGUGAGGCCAUUGUAGCUGCCACAAAGUUUAAUGUCCCAGGAGCACCUGAAGCACCAGAGGUCACUAAAACCUCAAAGGAGGAGAUGAGUGUGCAGUGGUCAGAGCCUGAAACAGAUGGUGGAAAACCAAUCACUGGUUACCUUUUGGAAAAGAAGGAGGAGCAUGCUGUAAGGUGGUCCACCAUUAACAAAGAGGCAAUGCCAACAACUCACUUCAACGUAACAGGAUUACUAUCACUGCAUGAAUACCAGUACAGAGUGAAAGCUGUCAAUGAAAUUGGUGUCGGCAGUGCAAGCAAACCCUCGCGUGCGUUCACAGCUAAGGAUGCAAUUGAGCCUCCUGCACCACCCACCAAUAUAAAGGUCCUGGACAGCACCAAGUCCUCUGUAACUCUAGGCUGGACCAAGCCUGUAUCUGAUGGCGGAGCACCCAUCAUCGGCUAUGUUGUUGAGAUGAGGGUGAAGGGAAGUGGCAAGAAAGGAGAUGAUAGUUGGAAACGCUGCAACGUGGCUGCUCAGCUUGUCUUUUGUGAGUUCACCGUCACAAGUCUGGAUGAGAUACUUAUGUAUGACUUUAGAGUGUCAGCUCAGAACCAGGUGGGCAUGAGCCUGCCCUGUAACCUGGAGACAGCUGUGAAUCCCAAGGAGAUACUUGAGGCACCAGAGAUCGACUUGGAUGCCAACUUGAAACAGGGACUAACAGUGAGAGCUGGUUGUCCCAUCAGACUGUGUGCUACCAUAAGAGGUAGACCACCUCCAAAAGUCAUUUGGAGGAGGAUGGGCAUUGAUAAUGUAGUCAGGAAGGGUCAUGUCGACAUCAUCGACACCAUGACCUUCUUGGUCAUUCCUGACAGCACCCGCAAUGACUCUGGCAAAUACUGCCUGACUGUUCAGAGUCCUGCUGGAGAAAAGGCUGUGUUUGUCAACGUUAAGGUCCUCGAUACCCCAGGACCUGUGAUGAAUCUAGAAGCCACUGACAUCAAACAGACAUCAGCAAUGCUGUCUUGGAGCCCUCCAGAGGUUGAUGGUGGCAGUGCGAUCACUAACUAUAUCAUUGAAAAGCGUGAAAUUGAUCGCAAGACGUGGGCAACAGUCAAGGCAGAAGUUGAGAAAGACAAGAUACCCUUCAAGGUCAGCGGUCUCAUGCCAGGCACAGAGUACUACUUCAGAGUGACUGCUGUCAAUGAGUAUGGCUCAGGAGUUCCCAGGGUGUCCCCCACUUCGUACCUAGCCUCUGAUCCUGUCAGCAAACCUGAUCCUUGCGAGAAGAUGGAAAUUCUGGAGAUCACAAAGAACAGUGCCACAGUUGGUUGGGUGAAACCUGCGAGGGAUGGCGGGGCCAAGAUUGAUGGUUAUGUGAUUGAGUACAUUGAGGUUAAACCUCCUCCACAACCUCCAGCACCGGUGGAGAUCCCAGAAGAAGGGAAAGCUGCUCCACCAAUUCCAUCACCUCCAGUAGUGCAGGAGGAUGCUGAGGAGCCUAAGGAGGUGUGGAAUGCCUACACCACCAUUAAGGGCUUGAGCAUCAGCAUCAGUGGCCUGAAAGAGGGCAAGAGGUACAGGUUCAGAGUGGCUGCCAAGAACAUCAUGGGUUUGAGCUUGUUCACAGAGACCAGGGAGCUGAUCGAGAUCAAGGAACAGAUGUUGGAGCCAAAGAUUGUAAUGCCAGACAUGGUCAGUGAAAGAGCUGGAGCCAAACUCAGGGUAGAGGCUGUCAUUUGUGGAAAACCUUCUCCAACCUGCAAGUGGAUGUCUGGCGAUGUACCACUGGUUUCUUCAAGCCGUCUGGCGGUGCACCAGUCUGGCAAUUUGUGUGUCUUGAUCAUAAAGGAUGUCUCAAGGACAGACAGUGGCAACUACAGCCUUGUGGCUGAAAACAGCUCUGCAAAGGUGGUCCACGCUCUGAAGAUCAUCAUCAGAGAUAUUCCCGGACCUCCUGGCAGUCCUGUGGAGAUCAGUGACAUUGACUCAGAUGCCUGCUCUCUGUCCUGGAGCCAACCACUGGAGGACGGAGGCAGCAAAAUCACAAAUUACAUAGUGGAGAAAUGCGAUGUCAGUAGAGGUGACUGGGUGAACGCUGUUUCCUCCUGCCAGAAGACAAGCUGCAGGCUGGGCAAACUCAUUCCCGGGAAGGAGUAUGUGUUCCGCAUCCGUGCUGAGAACCGCUACGGCGUGUCGGACCCCAUCCAGUCUGACAGGAUGAUUGCAAAGUUCCCCUUUGAUGUUCCCAGUGAACCUCUUAAUUGUCAUAUCAACAAGACUAACAAGGAUUGCAUGUUUGUGGCAUGGGACAAGCCAGAGAGAGACGGUGGCAGCCCCAUCACAGGUUACUACAUCGAACGUAAAGAAAGAAAUAGCCUACUUUGGGUGAAGGCCAACGACACUGUUGUACGCACCACCGAGUACCCCUGUGCCGGCCUGAUUGAGGGUCUGGAGUACACCUUUAGAGUGUCUGCCAUUAACCGGGCUGGGCAGGGCAAGCCGAGCAAGAAGACUGACUUUGUAACUGCGAGAACACCCAUUGAUACACCUGGGAAACCAGAAGUCCUGGAUAUGACCAGGAACUCCGUAACUCUUGUUUGGGCCCGGCCCAAGAACGAUGGUGGCAGCAAGAUCAUCGGCUACUAUGUAGAGGCUAUGCGGGUGCCCGGAGACAUAUGGGUGCGCUGUAACACUGUUUGCCAGAAUGUCCCAAGGGAAGAGUACACUGUGACUGGCCUGGAGCGAGACCUGAAGUACCAGUUCAGAGUCAUUGCCAAAACAGCUGUCAACAUUAGCAAACCCUCAGAGCCCACAGACCCAAUCUUGGUCUGUGCUGAGAACGUGCCUCCAAUGGUAGAACUUAACGCCAGGAUGCAGAAGGGUUUAAAGGUAAAGGCCGGAACACCAAUUCUCCUAGAGGCUGAGGUGUUUGGUAAACCAAUGCCGAGAGUCACGUGGAAGAGAGGUGAUGAGAGCCUGAGGUCAAGUGAAGGCCAGGUCAUCACCCAACAGAGACACCAGUUCCAACUGGAGAUGACCUCAGUCACCAAGGAGCACACUGGAGUCUACACUAUCCUUGCAGAAAAUGCCAGUGGCUCCAAGACCGCUGUCAUUCAUGUCACCAUUUUGGAUGUGCCUGGUCCACCUGCCAGUUCCAAAUAUGUUGAAGUGUUUGCCAACAAAAUAAAGUUGUCCUGGAAGCCACCACUGAAGGAUGGUGGCGCUCCCAUUACUAACUAUAUUUUGGACAAGCGUGAGACCAGCCGGGCCAACUGGGCUCAGGUCUCCUCAAAGAUCAAAGGUGAAAAUCUUGAAUUAACUGUGGAGAAGCUGAUUGAGGGUCAUGAAUACCAGUUCCGUAUCCGUGCUGAGAACACGUGGGGAGUCGGAGACAGUCUCAUUACUGCCCCUGUCAUCGCCAAGAACCCAUUCACUUGCCCUGGCCCGUGUGAGGCCCCAGUGAUCACCAAUGUCACCAAGGAUGCUAUGACAGUGAGCUGGAAGGAGCCUACUGACGAUGGAAAGUCAAUCAUUCUGGGUUACAUGUUGGAGAAGAAGGAAACUAUGGAGAUGAACUGGACCAAGAUGAACAGAAAGCCCUUAAUGGAAAGGACUUUUAAUGUCUUAGGCCUUACUGAGGGAGUCGAAUAUGAAUUCAGAGUGAUUGCUGUUAAUGUGGCCGGACUUGGAAAACCCAGCGAGCCUUCUGAUGCCACCACUGCACAAAAUCCCAUCACUCCUCCUGGCCCGGUGCUGAACCCGUGUGUGACAGACACCACCAACAGCACCCUCAGCCUCAGCUGGAAUGCCCCGGCCAACAAUGGCGGAAGCCCAAUCUUAGGAUACCUGUUGGAGUGCAGGAGGACAGACACAGCAGACUGGAUCCGCUGCAAUGUUCCGAGAAACUUGCAGGAUACCAGCUACACCAUAGAAAACCUCAUACACAAGGCUGAGUACCAGUGCCGUGUCACCGCUGUCAACAAGGUUGGCUUCAGUGAACCAGUUGAAGUGCCUGGCAAGCACAUUGCAAAGGACAUCUUAGUACCUCCAGAGGCGGAGCUGAGUGCUCUGCUGAAGGAGGGCCUGGAGCUGCGAGCUGGUGCCACCAUGAAGCUUCAUGCCACAAUCAAGGGUAAACCCCCGCCCAAGAUAACCUGGGCAAAGAUGAACACCAACAUCAAGGACCGCCAAGGCAUUGUCAUUAAGUCGACAAAAACCGACACCACUGUGAUAGGGGAGAAUGUCAACAGAUAUGAUGCAGGCAAAUACAUUCUCAACCUAGAGAGUGUGGCUGGCAUAAAGAUGUACACCAUCAUCGUCAAGGUCCUUGACACUCCUGGGCCACCAAUUAACCUGGUGGUUAAAGAGACCACGAAGGAGAGCACCUCCAUCUACUGGGAUGCUCCUCUCCUGGACGGUGGCUAUGAAGUCACCCACUAUGUUGUGGAGAAGCGUGACACUGAGAGGAAGGCCUGGUCUACAGUCUCUAACAAUUGUACCAAGACAUCUUUGAAGGUGUUAGACCUGAAUGCUGGACGUUCCUACUGCUUUAGAGUGUCAGCCGUCAAUCAGCUCGGCGUUGGAGAGUUCUGCGAGACCUCUGACUCAGUCAGAGCAUCUGAGGAGCCCGGUCCUGUAAUGGACUUUAAAACUUUGCUGGUUACCAAGGACUCUUGUACUCUCAGCUGGAAGAAACCUCUAACUGAUGGUGGCAGCCGCAUUAUCUGCUAUGUACUUGAGGUCCUCAAUGGCAACGAGAAGUGCAAGGAGUUAAUGAGGUCUAAGAACAUGCAGUACAGCGCUAAAGAUCUGGUAGAGGGCAGAGAGUACAAAUACAGUGUUAAAGCUGUGAAUGACACUGGGGAAGGUGCUGCCAAGGAGCUGAUAGUAGUUGCCAAGGACCAACUCAUUCAUCCCACCUGUGACUUGAGGGAGCUUCCCGACAUGUGUUACAUUGCCAAAGAGGGCAGUACGGUGCGUCUGAAAAUUCCAAUCAUCGGAAAACCAACGCCCAAGGUGUCCUGGAAGAAGGGGGAGGACGAAGACUUGACAGACACUGGACGUGUUUGUGCAGAAUGCUCUGCAGUCAACACCACUCUUCUGAUCAGAGAUUGCCAGAGAAGUGAUGCCUCCAAGUAUACCAUCACCCUGAGGAAUAGUGCUGGCAGCAAAGAGUCCACCAUUUUCAUCAGGGUGGUGGGUAAGCCUGGCAUCCCUGUAGGACCUAUCAAGUUCAAGGAUGUAACUGCAGAUGGUGCCACACUAAAGUGGGCAGCACCAAAAGACGACGGUGGCUCAGACAUCACAAACUACAUUCUAGAGAAGAGGGACUCUAUCACCAACAUGUGGGUGACUGUCUCUUCUACGGUGGACAGAAACACCAUGAGGGUAACUGGUCUCCACGAGGGCACGGAAUAUAUUUUCAGGGUCUGUGCUGAGAAUAAGUAUGGUGUUGGAGAGGGACUCAAGUCGGAGCCUGUCAUUGCAAAACAUCCAUUCAACGUUCCCGACGCUCCUCCUCCACCUCAGGUCAUGAGUAUGCGCCAUGACUCUGCUUACCUUGCUUGGUCAGAUCCCAGGAAGACCGGAGGGUCUCCCAUCACAGGGUAUCACGUUGAGUUCAAGGAGAGGAAUAGUAUGUUGUGGAAGAGGUCAAGCCCGACCGCCUUGAGAAUGAAGGAACACAAGGUGACAGGGCUGACUGAAGGCCUUGAGUACGAGUUCAGGGUAAUGGCGAUUAACUUGGCUGGUAUUGGUAGACCAAGUCUUCCCACUGAUCCACAAGUUGCCCUUGAUCCAAUUGAUGCUCCAGGCAAACCGGAUGUAAUUAGCAUCACCAGAAGCACCGUGACUCUCCAGUGGGCUGAGCCACAGUUUGACGGUGGGCACAGGCUGACUGGCUACAUAGUUGAGAGACGUGAUCUUCCCUCUAAGAUCUGGGUGAAGACCAACAGUGUGAAUGUUGUGGAACCCGCAUACACUGUAACUGAUCUCCAGGAGGGCUGCAAAUAUGAGUUCAGAAUACGGGCGAAGAAUGCAGCCGGUGCCCUUAGUCCACCGUCUGACCAGACAGAUACUAUUAUCUGUGUGGAUGAUUAUGCUUCACCAACCAUUAUCAUCGAUGCUCAGGUGAUGGAGGCCGGUGUGACCGUCAGAGCUGGGGAAACUAUAGUGGUGACUGCCACAAGUAUUCUUGGCAAGCCUGCCCCAACCUCUUACUGGUCUAAGGGAGGAAAGUACUUGAAGUCCUCAGAUAUAAUUAAUAUUGAGACCACUUCAACAUCCUCUACUCUGUCAAUAAAAUACGCGACCAGGAAGGACUCUGGGGAUUACAUUAUCACAGCAAGCAACCCCUUCGGCGUGAAGGAGGAACUAGUUAAGGUGAAGGUUCUGGAUGUUCCUGCGGCUCCUGGUCCCAUUGAAUGCAGCAGUGUCUCAUCCGAAAAGGUCACCUUGACCUGGACAGCUUCUCCAGCAGAUGGAGGGUCUCCUAUCAAGUACUACACCCUAGAGAAGAGAGAGACCAGUCGCCUUCUCUGGACAAUUCUGGAAGAGAAGGUCUUCAACUGUCAUUAUGUGGCCUCCAAACUCAUCCAGGACAACGAGUAUAUCUUUAGAGUCUCUGCUGUGAACCAGUAUGGCAGCAGUGAGCCGGCUCACUCUCCACCUGUCAAAAUGGUUGAUAGAUUUGGUCCUCCUGGUCCACCAUCAAAACCAGAAGUUGAAAAAGUGGAUCGGCAGUCAGCUACAGUAAUGUGGAGAAGACCAACUGAAGAUGGUGGAAGUGAUAUCAUUGGUUACUGUGUUGAGAAGAAGGAAAAAAAGGCCACAAGGUGGAUCAGGGCCUCCAAGAAAUCAGUUGCAGAGCUCAGCUAUGAAGUCACUGGACUGACUGAAGGCUUGCAAUAUGAGUUCCGUAUUCUUGCUGAGAACAGAGCUGGCUUUGGAGACCCAAGUGAACCGUCUAUGCCAGUCAUAACGGUCAUUGCUACCUAUGUUCCUGGACCUCCUGUAAAUCCAAGGGUUACAGACACUACCAAGAGAACUGCCACUCUUAACUGGGGAAAACCACUAGAUAAUGGUGGGCUUGAUGUCGUUGGUUAUGUGAUUGAGCACAGAAAAGAAGGAACAGAGGAGUGGCUUAAGGACACGUCAUCUCCGCUGAGAAUCACAGAGUUUGUCGUUCCUGGGCUGGAAAACACGGGCAAAUACCACUUCAGAAUUAGUGCAGUAAAUGCCAAGGGCACAGGUGAACCUGCUGAAACUGAGGAACUGGCUGAGAUAGUGGAGCGUGCAGCUGAGCCUGAUUUAGAAUUGGAUGUUGAGUUGAGGAGAACUCUUGUUGUCAGGGCUGGUUGUUCCAUUCGCCUUUUUGUACCCAUCAAAGGACGCCCUACACCUACAGUCACCUGGACCAAGGAGGGUGGUCCUGUGCCUCGUGCCGUCAUUGACAGUACAGAGUCAUUUACAAUGUUGAUCAUUCCCGAAAGUGCAAGGAUUGAUGCAGGUAAAUAUGCGCUUACCCUCGAAAACACAGCGGGAAAGAAGACUGCCAGUAUUCAUGUGAAAGUUCUGGAUUCACCCGGGCCUCCUCUCAACCUGAAACCAGUCCAAAUAGAUAAAGAAUCAAUUGUCCUUCAGUGGGAGAUGCCUCUCAUUGAUGGUGGUGCCAAGAUCACAAAUUAUAUUAUUGAGAAGAGAGAAUCAACACGCAAGGCUUUUGCCACCAUUGUUACAAACUGUCCAACAACUUCAGUCAAGAUCAAUGACCUGGGCGAAGGCUGCGAGUACUACUUCAGAGUGUCCGCUGAGAAUGAGUUUGGUGUUGGUGAAGCAGUUGAAACUCCUGAUCCUAUUCGUGCCUCCCAGGCACCAAGUCCCCCAGAAAGCAUAAUCGCGACUGACAUUACCAAGAACUCUGUGAGCCUGGCUUGGACCAAACCCAAGCAUGAUGGUGGAAGCAGGCUGACGGGAUAUGUCCUUGAAGCCCAGAAGAGAGGAAAUGAUCAGUGGGCCCAUGUAACAACUCUCAAGAAUAUGGACUUCACUGUGAAGAAUCUCAAUGAGAAUGAAGAAUACACAUUCCAUGUGAUGGCAGUUAACUACUCGGGAAGAAGUGUUCCACGCGAGAGCAAGCCCAUCGUUGUCAAGGAUUCAACCUCUCUGCCUGAGUUUGAUCUGCGUGGCAUAUGUCAGUCGACUGUUAUUGCUAAAGCUGGAGACGACAUCAAGGUUGAAAUUCCUGUAAUGGGGCGCCCGAGGCCAGUGGUCACCUGGCAGAAGGAUGGAACUGCCUUGAAGCUCACCCAGAGGACUAACGUGGAGAGGACUCCUGUGACUGUUAUCCUCACCAUCAAUGAAUGCACCAGAGCAGACAGUGGCUUGUACACCAUAACAGGAAAGAACAUUGUUGGUUCUGUGGUCGACAACAUCAUUGUCAAAGUGCAUGAUGUUCCGGGGCCACCCAAGGGGCCGAUUACAAUUACUGAAAUCUCUCGUACCUACUGUAUUUUUGAAUGGGACACGCCAGAGAAUGAUGGGGGUGUUCCAAUUAACAACUAUGUAGUUGAGAUCAGAGACACCACCACCCAGACUUGGACAGAGCUAACUUCCACGGCCAUUUGUACCAUGUUUAAAGCCACGCGUUUAACGACUGGUUCAGAGUACCAGUUCAGAGUUAAGGCAAAGAACCGAUAUGGUGUAGGACCUUCCAUAACCUCAGAGUCAGUAGUGGCUGCCUAUCCAUUCAAAGUUCCCGGACCACCUGGUACACCCCAUGUGGUGGCAUUCACCAAGGACUCCAUAACAAUUGGUUGGAAUGAACCUGUGUCUGAUGGUGGGAAUGAAGUCAUUGGAUACCAUGUUGAAAGAAAAGAACGAAGCAGCAUCAUGUGGCAAAAAAUCAGCAAAGGUCUUGUGAAAGGAAACGUACUGAAAUCUACCGGGCUUGAAGAUGGAGCUGCCUAUGAGUUCCGCGUUAUGGCAGAAAACAUGGCUGGAAUUGGCAAGCCCAGCAAAGCUUCCGAAGCAAUAAUGGCCUUGGACCCUGUGGAUCCCCCAGGUCAGCCUGUGCCUAAUUUUACGACUAAAAAUGCUAUCACCAUUAUGUGGACCAAACCAGAGUAUGAUGGAGGAUUUAAAAUUACUGGCUACACCGUGGAGAAGAGGGAACUUCCCGCCGGUCGCUGGAUCAGAGCUAACUUCACUAACAUAAUAGAGACAACAUUCACCGUCAGUGGAUUGACUCAAGAUGCCUCUUAUGAGUUCCGUGUCAUGGCGAGAAACUCAGCAGGAGCAGUGAGUGCACCAUCUGACCCCUCGGACCCCAUUACAUGCAAGGAUAACAUCAUUGAGCCACGUAUCAUGGUGGACGCCAUCUUUAAGGAUGUGCUUCUGCUGAAGGCAGGGGAGUCCUUCAAGCUUAACGCUGAUAUUGCUGGUCAACCAACCCCGUCCAUGGUUUGGACCAAGAAUGAAAAAGAGGUUGAGAACACAUUGAAACUGGACAUUAAGUUCACUGAACUGACAACAACACUGAGCAACAAAGACUCCAUCAGAUCAGACGGAGGAGAAUUUGUUUUGACUUCCACUAAUGUUGGUGGCUUUUCCAAGCACAUCUUUAGAGUGAAAGUACUGGACAGACCUGGCCCACCAGUUGGCCCUCUCACGGUGUCAAAUGUCACAGCUGACAAUUGUUUACUGACAUGGGUACCGCCGCUAGAUGAUGGCGGUGCCAAAAUUGAAGGGUACAUUGUUGAGAAGCGGGAAUCAAGCAGACUUGUUUGGACCAAUGUGGCUUCAGACCUGCAGGUUACUGAAUACAAGGUGACGAAGCUACUGAAAGGAAAUGAGUACAUCUUCAGAGUUAUGGCGGUGAAUAAAUAUGGCCACGGCGAGCCUCUUGAUUCUGAGCCCAUUGUUGCCAACAAUCCAUACAACGUUCCCGAUGUGCCUGAGAAUCCUGAGGUCACCGCUGUCAGCAAAGAUUCUAUGGUCAUUAUGUGGCUGGUGCCAAAGAGCGAUGGUGGAACACCAAUCACAAACUACAACAUUGAAAGGAAAGACAGGGUAGGCCUCCGCUGGGUCAAGUGCAACAAGAGGAAGGUCAGAGAUUUGCAAUUCAAGGCAACAGGUCUUGUUGUUGGACAUGAAUAUGAAUUUAGGAUCAUUGCAGAGAAUGCUGCCGGUCUCAGUGCACCAAGCCUCUCCAGUCCCUUCUACAAGGCCAGUGACGCAUUGUACAAACCAGGGCCUCCGUGCAACCCCAGAAUCCUGGACACGACCAAGUCAUCUAUUACUGUAGCCUGGAACAAACCAGCCUAUGACGGUGGCUCUGACAUCACUGGUUACAUUAUUGAAAGCUGCAUUCCAUCUGACAAGGAAGAGGAGGAGUGGACAAUUGUGACCCCCAAGGAAGGACUACUUGCCACUUCAUUCACCAUUAUCAAUCUGACGGAGGGUCAGGAGUAUAAAAUCAACAUCUCUGCUGUUAAUGGCGAAGGAAUUGGCGAACCUGCAUCUGUACCUGGCAACCCCAAGGCUGAAGACAGACUCUUCCCCCCAGAGCUUGAUGUGGAUGCAGAGCUCUGCAAGGUGGUCACCCUCCGAGCUUGCUGCACACUUAGACUGUUUAUUCCCUUCAGAGGCAGACCCACUCCUCAAGCUAAGUGGACCAAAGAGGACGGUGAACCUGUUGAGAGGGCCACUAUUGACACCACAACAUCAUACACAUCACUUGUCAUUGGAAAUGUCAACAGAUUUGACACUGGAAAGUAUAACCUCAUAGUUGAGAACAGCUCUGGCUCUAAGACAGUCACAGUCCAAGUCAGGGUACUCGAUACGCCAAGUGCUCCACAGAAGCUGAAAAUAACUAAUGUAACAAAUCAAUCUGUCAGUCUAACUUGGGAUCCACCAGCAAACAAUGGGGGAGUUAAGAUUAAGAACUACAUUGUUGAAAAGCGCGAGUCCACAAGAAAGGCUUAUGCCACAGUCAGCGCCACGUGCCAUCACACCACCUUUACUGUUGAGCAGCUCCUAGAAGGAUGCAACUAUUACUUUAGAGUUUUGGCAGAGAACGAAUAUGGCAUUGGUCUGCCCAUUGAGACCAGUGAAUCAGUUAAGGUGUCUGAGAAACCUCAACCUCCUGGCAAAAUCAGUCUGAAGGACGUUACUAAGAAUAGUGUCACACUCUCGUGGGAAAAGCCAGAGCAUGAUGGUGGAAGCAGAGUUGGCUGUUAUGUUGUCGAGGUCCAACCUAAAGGUGUAGAUAAGUGGACACAGGCUGUGAUCGUGAAAGAAACAGAAGCUACCGUUGGUGGCCUGAACGCCGGUGAUGAAUAUAUGUUCCGUGUGGCAGCAAGAAAUGAGAAGGGAACAAGUGACCCUCGUCAAAUUGGCGUGCCUGUCAUUGUGAAAGAUCUUGUUGUUUCACCAGCUGUCAAAAUGUUGUUCAACACAUUUAGUGUGUUGGCAGGUAAAGACCUGACAGUCGAGGUUCCGUAUGUCGCCCGUCCCAAAGCAGCCGUCUCCUGGCUCAAAGAUGGGCAGCCACUUAAGAGAACAACCAGAGUAAACUUUGGUGCAACACAAACAGUGUUGAACCUCAGCAUAAAAGAGGCUUCCAAAGAUGAUUUUGGACAAUAUCGCGUUACAGUUAGGAACACAGCAGGAGAGGCAACAGCAGACAUCAGCAUUGUUGUGCUGGACAAACCCGGUCAGCCAGGUGGUCCAGUUAAGGUUGAGGAGGUCACUUCUGACAGCGUGACCAUUUCCUGGAGCCCACCAGAGUACGACGGCGGGUGCACAAUCAAAAACUACAUUGUGGAAAAGAGAGACACGUCCACAACGAAUUGGAUGGUUGUGUCUCCAAACCUUGCAAGGACAAAAGUUAAAGCAGGCAGAUUGAAAACUGGCUCAGAAUAUCAGUUUCGAAUCACAGCAGAAAACAGAUAUGGGAAAGGUCCAGUUCUUCAGUCAGAGUCUAUUGUAGCUCAAUAUCCAUACAAGCUUCCAGGACCACCAGGAACACCCUCCAUUGCAACGUGCACAAAGGACAGCAUGGUGGUGGCAUGGAAUGAGCCUGUAAAUGAUGGAGGUAGCGCUAUCGUAGGCUAUCAUCUGGAGCGCAAGGAAAGAACCAGUAUCCUCUGGGUCAAACUGAACAAAUCGCUUAUUACAGACCAAACCUUCAAGACCACAGGGCUAGAACCAGGAAUGGAAUACGAGUACAGAAUUUAUGCUCAAAACAUUGUGGGCAUAGGCAAAGUCAGCAAAGUGUCAGAAGGUCACGUCGCCAGAGAUCCUUGUGACCCUCCAGGUACACCAGAGGCAACCAGGAUUACGAGGGAUUCAGUUCACAUCGCUUGGACAAAGCCCGAGUAUGAUGGCGGUGCCAAGAUUACAGGCUACAUGGUGGAAAAGAAGGAGCUACCUGAAGGUCGCUGGUUGAAGGCUAACUUCACUAAUGUCAUAGAGACAGAAUAUGCUGCAACUGGACUCGUGCAGGAUAAGCAGUACGAGUUCCGUGUUACUGCUAGAAAUGCCGCUGGCGUUUUUAGUCUCCCCUCUUACAGCACCGGCCCCAUCACUGCCAGGGAUGAGAUUGAGCCCCCUCGUAUCAGUAUUGACCCCAAGUACACACAGACCAUUAUGGUAAAAGCGGGAGAUAAUUUUAAGAUUGAUGCAGAUGUCCACGGCAAACCAUUGCCCUCUAUCACCUGGUUGAAAGGAGAGCAGGAAAUGCGAAACACAAUCCACAGAGAGAUUAAGAACACAGAAACCCAUGCCUGUGCCACUAUAAAGGAAGCUAAACUUUCCGAUGGAGGCGCAUAUACUCUGCUGCUGAAAAAUCCAGGAGGAGAAAAGGCUGUACAAGUGAAUGUGGUCAUUUUGGAUAAACCGGGAGAACCACAAGGACCGCUGACUGUAACAGGUAUAACAAAAGACCAAUGCUGUCUUGCAUGGAGAGCACCGCGACAAGAUGGCGGUAGCAAAAUAUCUCACUAUGUCGUGGAAAGGAGAGAAACCAGUAGAUUAAUCUGGACUGUUGUGGAUCCAAAAGUGCCGAACACCUGCCACAAGGUUACAAAGCUCCUGGAAGGCAAUGAGUACAUCUUCAGAGUCCAUGCUGUAAAUGAGUUUGGUAAUAGUGCACCACUUGAGUCUGAGCCAGUGAUUAUUAAAGAUCCAUACAUAGCCCCUGGAUCGCCCAAAGGCUUAGAGAUUUUAAAUGUGAAAAAGGAUUCAAUGGUGCUCAAAUGGGAGGCUCCAACUGAGGACGGAGGCAGUCCUAUCACAACAUAUAUAAUUGAAAAGCAUGACAAAGAAGGUGUACGGUGGACUCGAUGCAACAGGCAAACUGUGUUAGAUUUGACUUUCAAGGUCACAGGACUCCUGGAGAGACACAAUUAUGAAUUCAGGGUUGCAGCAGAGAAUUCUGUGGGUGUUGGCGAGCCCAGUUCUCCAACAGUAUACUACAAAGCCCUCGAUCCUGUCUUCAGGCCUGGCCCUCCACAGAAUCCCAGAGUUACAGACACAACCAAAUUGUCAUUAUUCCUGUCAUGGAUCAAGCCCAUCUGUGAUGGUGGCUCAGAGAUCCAGGGAUACAUCAUUGAGUGCUGCAGUACCACAGAGCAAGUCUCAGCUGGUGCGGCACUGAUUGAAGCCUCGGCUGCUGAGGUGCCAGCCACAGAUGCACCUGCAGAGGAUUGGAUCAUGUGCACGCCACCGACAGGUGUCAAGAAGACCAAAUUUGAGGUUAUAAACCUGAAAGAAAAUCAGGCUUAUAAAUUGAGAGUGUGUGCCAUCAACAAGGUUGGGGUUGGCGAGCACACUGAUGUUGCUGGAGCAGUUAUUGCCCAGGACAGAGCAGAGGAACCGGACCUUGACAUUGACCCAGAACUGAGAAAGAUUGUGACAAUUAAGGCUGGACUUUCGCUUAGACUCUUUAUUCCAAUCAAGGGAAGACCCAUUCCAAGCAUCAAAUGGGACAAAGAUGAUUCUGCACUUAAGGAGAAGGCUCAAGUUGAAGUGACCAGCAGUUACACAGCGCUUGUGAUUGACCAGAUGAGCAGAGUAGAUAGUGGGAAAUACACCAUCACUGCAGAGAAUUCUAGUGGAACCAAAUCUGCAUUUGUUGUCGUCCGUGUUCUCGACACACCAAGCGCUCCUGUAAAUCUGACAGUGAAGGAAAUUACAAACCAAUUAGUGACACUUGCUUGGGAAGCACCCAUUUUAGACGGUGGAUCCAAAAUAAAAAACUAUAUCGUGGAAAAGAGAGAGAGUACACGUAGAACGUAUGCUGCCGUGGUAACUAAUUGCCAUGCUCUUUCGUGGAAGAUUGAGCCACUCCAGGAGGGCUGCAGUUAUUACUUCAGAGUCCUUGCUGAGAAUGCACAUGGUAUUGGUCUGCCUUCAGUAACUGUUGACCCGCUUAAGGUCUCAGAGGUGCCGCAGGCUCCCAGGAGCUUGACUGUGACAGAUCAAACAAAUACAAGCAUCUCUUUGGCCUGGGAAAGUCCAGAAUAUGAUGGCGGUAGCAGAGUCGUCCAUUACUUGCUUGAGAUACAGCUUAAGGGCCAAGAGAAGUGGUCUGGUGUUAACACAUACAAAACAAUGGAGACAACCGUUUCCAAUCUGAACCCAGGGGAGGACUACCUGUUCCGAGUUACAGCAAUCAAUGACAAGGGGAAAAGUGACCCGAGAGUCCUUUCUGGGCACGUCAUGACCAAGAACUUGGUGUUUGAGCCUGAUGUUCGACCUACUUUUAGCAGCUACAGUGUCCAUGUUGGUAAAGAUCUAAAAAUUGAAGUGCCAAUCUUUGGACGCCCAAAACCAACAAUAGCAUGGACCAAAGAUGGAGCACCUCUGAAGUUCACUACCAGAGUGAACAUUAAAAACACCCAGACUUAUACAAGUCUGAGCAUUAAGGAGGCAGCAGGUGAUGACGGAGGCAUGUACAGCAUUAAUGCAGCUAACUCUGCUGGAAAGAAAGAAGUCACAGUUGAAAUCAUAGUACUUGACAAGCCUGGACCCCCGUCUGGCCCUGUGAAAUUUGAUGAAAUCACAACGCAGAGUGUGACUAUUUCAUGGGAUCCACCAAAACACAAUGGUGGGUGCCAGAUUUCAAACUACAUUGUGCAGAAAAGAGAUACUGUAACAACAACAUGGGAAAAUGUCAGUAAUAACUGUGCCAGAACCACAAUCAAAGUGCCCAGACUGAAGACUGGAGCCGAGUACCAGUUCAGGAUCAUUGCCCAGAACCGGUACGGGAAGAGUCACGGCCUAGAUUCAUCUGCUGUUGUUGCUCAGUACCCAUACAGGGAACCUGGCCCACCAGGCACGCCAUUCAUCUCUUCACUCUCAAGAGAUCACCAGAUUGUGGAUUGGCACGAGCCCAUCUCGGACGGAGGCAGUCCGGUCCUCGGCUACCAUCUCGAAAGAAAAGAGAGGAAUAGUAUUCUCUGGGUCAAAAUAAACAAGACACUCCUGCAUGAGACUAAUUGCAAGAGCCACCCCUUAGAGGAAGGUAUUGAGUAUGAAUACCGGGUGUACGCUGAAAAUAUUGUAGGCAUCGGACGGUGCAGCAAGGUUUCAGAGGGUUGCGUGGCCAGAGACCCAUGUGAUCCUCCUGGUACACCAGAAGCUAUCCACGUGACCAAAGAUACCAUUGUUAUCCAGUGGACGAAACCAGAGUAUGAUGGCGGUAGUAAUAUAACCGGCUACCUUGUGGAGAGGCGUGACUUGCCAGAAGGCCGUUGGGUAAGGGCAAACUUCACUAAUGUGAUUGAGACCCAGUUCACUGCCACUGGCCUAACGGAAAAUUCCCAAUACGACUUUAGAGUCAUUGCCAAAAAUGCUGUUGGCACCAUUAGCAAGCAAUCGUACAACAGUGGACCAAUCACUGCGAGCGACAGGAUUGAAGUGCCGAAAUUCUCUAUUGACCCUGCAUUCACCAAGACCAUUGUUAUCAACGCUGGAGAGAUGUUCAAGCUGGACGCAGACGUUCGUGGCAAACCACUGCCAGCAAUGCAGUGGUUCAAGGAUGAAGUUCCAAUCGAAAAUACACUCAGGCUUAACAUAAAAAAUACAGAAACUCAUGCACUGAUAGUCAUUAAGGACUCUGUGAGAAUUGACAGUGGAAUGUACACGCUCCAUUUAACAAACGAGGCAGGCUCUGAAACUGUGCCAUUCAAAGUGUUGGUCUUGGACCGACCGAGCCCCUGUGAGGGACCCCUUCACGUAGCUGGGGUAGCUGAGGAUAGAUGCUCAUUGGUGUGGCGUGCUCCUUUACAGGAUGGAGGAAGUCCCAUCACGCAUUACAUCAUCGAAAGAAGAGAGACCAGCCGUUUAGCUUGGACUGUUGUUUCUUCCAGCUGCACCACCACAUGCUACAAAGUCACUAACUUGUUGGAGGGCAAUGAGUACAUGUUCCGUGUGAUGGCGGUCAACAGUUAUGGUACCAGCAGCCCACUGGAGUCUGGUGGAGUAAUCAUGAAGACUCCUUUUGUACUUCCUGGUCCGCCUCACAUUGAGGAUGUAGCCAACAUUACUCAUGAGAGCAUGACUGUCACUUGGACUGCCCCAGAGUUUGAUGGUGGUAGUGAAAUUUUAAAUUAUGUUGUUGAAAAGAAGGAUAGAGCGGGAAUUAAAUGGACUCGAUGCAACAGACAGAAAGUCACUGACCUUUCCUUCAGAGUAAGUGGCCUAACCACCUGCCAUGAGUAUGAGUUCAGAGUGGCUGCUGAGAAUGUUGUCGGCCUGGGAGAGUCCAGUCUACCGAGCUCUCACUACAAGGCCUGCGAUCCUAAGUACAAACCUGGGUCGCCGGCAUAUCUCAACGUUGUUGACUCCACACAGAGCUCGAUCACAGUGUUGUGGGGCAAGCCAUUGUCUGACGGUGGUAGCCCCAUUCAAGGAUACAUUGUUGAAGUCUGCAAGGCUGAGGAAGAAGAAUGGACCAUGGUUACUCCCCCCACUGGCUUGCGUGUUACCAAAUAUGAGAUUCCCAAAUUAACAGAAGGUCAGGAAUAUAAGAUUCAGGUGUGUGCUCUGAACAAACUUGGAGUUGGUGAGCCAGCCAUCCUCUCGGGAAUCGCUAAGCCAGAAGAACGGCUUGAGCCACCACAGAUCCACUUGGAUUCUGAGCUGAGGAAGGGAAUAUCUGUGAAGGCAGGUGGAUCUGUUCGGAUCCGUAUUCCAUUCAAGGGCAGACCAACCCCUGAGAUUAAGUGGUUUAAAGAUGGGAAGGAGCUAACUGAAAAGGCAUUGGUUGAAAAGAGUCCCAUCUUCACACAGUUGUCUAUAGACUCCUGUGACAGAUGUGAUUCAGGAAAAUACAGUCUAACCUUGACCAACAGCAGUGGGUCUGUGUCCGAGUUUGUUAGUGUUAAAGUCCUUGAUACACCGGGAGCCCCGCAAAGCCUUGUAGUGAAAGAUGUUAGGAAGGACUCAGUCACUCUUGUUUGGGAUGCACCACUGAUCGAUGGUGGUUCUAAAAUUAAGAACUAUGUAGUUGACAAGCGUGAAUCAACGAGGAAGGCUUACGCAAAUGUCUCGACCAAAUGCACAAAGACGACAUUCAAGGUUGAGAACCUGAUUGAGGGGGCUAUGUACUACUUCAGAGUCAUGGCUGAGAAUGAAUAUGGCAUUGGCCAGGCGAUUGAAACAAAGACAGGUUCAAAAGCUUCCGAGGUACCACUUCCUGUUGGAAACAUCUACCUCGUCGAUGUCACCAAAGGCAGUGUGUCACUAGCCUGGGAAAAACCUGAGCAUGACGGCGGCAGCAGGAUUUGUGGCUACCUCAUUGAGAUGCAGCCUAAGGGUACAGAUAAGUGGGGUGUCGCCUCAAAUGCAAAGACAUGCGAAGGCACAGUCACAGGCCUCACAAGUGGUACGGAAUAUCUCUUCCGUAUUAUUGCUUAUAAUGAGAAGGGAAAGAGCGAGCCAAAGGCACUUGUGACACCCAUUGUUGCUAGUGACAUGACCUUGGAUCCAACCAUUAAGAUGCAGUUCAACACUUACAGUGUGUUAGCGGGAAAGGAUCUGACCUUGACAUUCCCCGUACUUGGCAGGCCCAAACCUAGAGUCACCUGGGUAAAGGAUGGUCAGCCCCUGAAGGUGACCUCCAGAGUCAACGUGGUGAACACGCUUGCAACAACCGGGAUUCAGAUCACUGAAGCGAGCAAGGAGGACUUUGGAAAGUACUCCAUUACAGCAAACAAUACUGCGGGCACAUUUACUGAUAACAUGGAUAUCAUUAUUCUUGAUAAGCCAGGUCCACCAAGUGGUCCACUUAAAGUUGUUGAGGUGAGUAGCACUUUUGUCCACCUCUCAUGGGAACCUCCAGAGUACAAGGGCGGAUGCCAGGUGAAACAUUAUAUUGUAGAAAAGCGAGCGACCACAGGCAAUACAUGGCAGUCAGUCACCACACAGCUAGCUAGGACAGCUUUCAAAGUGACCAAGCUGAAGACUGGUGCGGAAUACCAGUUCAGAGUCAUUGCUGAAAACAGAUAUGGAAAAGGCGCUCCUCUAGACUCCAAGACUAUCGUUGUGCAGUAUCCAUACAAGCCACCAGGCCCCCCUGGAACCCCGUAUGUUAAAUCUGCAACUAAAGAGAUGAUGAUCAUUGAAUGGAAUGAGCCAGUCAACGACGGUGGAAGUGUUGUUAUUGGAUACCAUCUAGAGAGCAAAGAGAGGAGGAGUAUCCUGUGGAACAAACUGAACAAGACUCUGAUCGGCGAUACUCUGUUUAAGAUCUGUAAUCUAGAAGAAGGAAUUGGAUACGAGUUCAGAGUGUAUGCUGAAAAUAUUGUUGGCAUCGGCAGAUGCAGUAAAGUCUCUGAGUCCUUUGUCGCUCGUGAUCCAUGUGACCCGCCUGGUGCUCCAGAGGCUGUAACCAUUUCUAAAAACCUCAUCAAGAUUAGUUGGACCAAGCCUCAGUAUGAUGGCGGCAGCAAAGUCAAUGGCUAUAUUGUUGAGAAGAAAGAGCUUGCCUCUCCCGAUGGGCGCUGGGUCAGAGAAAACUUCACGAAUAUAAUGGAGACUGAAUAUAACAUCAGCGGUCUGACAGAAAAUGAGCAAUAUGAAUUCAGGGUUAUUGCUAGGAAUGCAGCUGCCGUCUUCAGCGAGCCCUCUGACAGCUCUGGCCCUAUUACUGCUACUGAUGAAAUUGAGCCACCAAGGGCCUCAAUGGACCCCAAGUACAAGGAUGUUAUUGUUGUCAAUGCUGGAGAACAUUUAACUCUUGAUGCUGACAUCCACGGAAAACCAAUUCCUGACGUGGUCUGGUUCAAGGAGGGAAAAGAAAUGGACAAAGCUCUGCGCAUUGAAGUGAAAAAUACUCAAAAAUGUGCUGCCAUGACUAUUAAGGAUGUGACCAAAUUGGACAGUGGCCACUAUGAACUUAUGCUCAAAAAUCUGGGUGGUACAAAAAGCUUCCCAAUCACAGUCAAAGUCCUUGACAAACCGGGUAAACCCACUGGACCCUUGAAGGUAACAGGAAUCAUGGCUGACCAUUGUACCCUUGCCUGGUCUGAGCCAACCCUGGACGGAGGUGCUAAUAUCACUCAUUAUAUCCUGGAGAAGAGAGAGACCAGCAGCUUAUCCUGGACAGUGGCUGCAGCCAAUAUCCAGACUCUGUAUUACAAACUAACAAACCUGCUCACAGAGAAUGAAUACAUUUUACGUGUCAGGGCUGUUAACAAAUACGGUAUAGGUGAUUAUCUUGAGAGUGAGCCCAUCAUUGCACGCAAUCCAUACAAGCCUCCUAGUCCUCCUGGGACACCAGAUGCAAGUCAGAUCACGAAGGAUUCCAUGGUUUUGUCAUGGACAGCCCCAGAACAGACUGGUGGAGCUGAUAUUGCGGGCUAUCACCUUGAAAAACGUGACAAAGACAGUGUCAGGUGGACAAAGUGCAACAGACAAAAACUGACAGAUACUCACUUCAAAGUGACAGGAUUGAUGACGAAUCACUUUUACGAGUUCCGUGUUGCGGCUAACAAUGAGGCUGGAGUGGGAGACCUCAGUGAACUGUCCCUAUUUUACAGAGCCUGUGAUGCCACAAAACCCCCAGGACCCCCACACCAUCCCAAGGUGACAGACUACACAAAGUCCUCCAUCUCUCUUUCCUGGGGCAAACCCGACUUUGAUGGCGGUGCCUAUAUCAAGGGCUACAUAGUUGAAAUACGGGAGUAUACACAAGUACCAGAAUCAACAGAGGAGGUAGAAGUUGCCCCGGCAGUAGACGCACCGGUCGAAAAAGAGUGGACCAUAUGCACCCCACCCUCUGGCAUUCAGGCCACUAAAUUCACUGUCCCGGACUUAAAACAAGCUAAAGAAUACCAAUUCCGUGUCUGUGCCAUCAAUUCAGAGGGAGUGGGUGAGGCUGCUUAUGUUCACGGCACGGUGGUUGCUCUGGACAGGGUCGAAGCACCAGAGAUUGAGCUUGACGCUGAUCUCAGAAAGGUGGUGUCUGUACGUGCUGGUGGUACAUUGCGUCUGUUUGUCACCAUUAGAGGAAGGCCCGAACCUGCUGUAAAAUGGGAAAAAAUCGAUGGUACUCUCCCAGAUCAUGCUUUGAUUGACACCACAAGCUCAUACACCAUGGUUGUAAUUGACAAUGUUAACCGCUGGGACAGUGGAAAAUACUCACUCACCUUGGAGAACAGCAGUGGUUCAAAGUCGGCCAUUGUCGCCGUGAGAAUUUUGGAUACACCAGGUGCACCGCAAAACUUCUCUGUGAAGGAGGUCAAAAAAGAUUCAGUGACGCUUGUCUGGGAUACACCACUCACCGACGGUGGGUCUAAAGUCACCAACUACAUUGUGGAGAAGAGAGAGUCUGUCCGGAAGGCCUACACUACUGUAACAAGCAACUGCACAGCCAAAACAGUUAAGAUUGAAGAGUUGCCUGAGGGUAGCAUUUUCUACUUUAGAGUUUGUGCUGUUAAUGAGUACGGUCAAGGACAAAUGGUUGAAACCAAAGAAAUUAAAGUAUCUGAGGUACCCCUGCCACCAAGCAAUGUAACCAUUGUUCAUGUGACUAAAACCAGCAUUUCACUCUCAUGGGACAAACCUGCACACGAUGGUGGAAGUAAAGUCAUCUGCUACAAUGUGGAAUUCAAGCCCAAGAUUGGUGAAAAAUGGGGUACAGCUUGCACAGUCAAGGUGCCAGAGGCAACUAUUCAUAACCUGACUCCCAACGAAACCUAUCUAUUUAGAGUUGUUGCAAUCAACGAGAAGGGAAAGAGUGAGCCGAAGGAGCUUGGUUUGCCUGUCGUUGCAAAGGAUGUGGCAAUUGCGCCAUCUGUCAACUUAUUAUUCACAACAUACAGCGUGAAGGCUGGAGAUGACUUGACCGUUGAGGUUCCAGUGAGAGGCAGACCUAAGCCUGUCAUCUCAUGGAAGAGGGAUGGUCUUCCUGUGAAGCAAACUUCUUCAGUUACAAUUGUAAACACAGCAACCUCAUCCAAGAUUAUCAUUAAACAGGCUGCCAGGGAGCAUGUUGGAAAGUAUGAGAUCACCCUGGCCAACACUGCAGGAACAGCAACGUCCCAUCUAGGUAUAGUUGUCCUGGAUAAACCGAGUCCCCCGACAAGCGUUAAGGUGGAUGCUGUGACCUCUGAAAGCAUCACACUUUCCUGGUCUCCACCAGACUACGAUGGCGGCUGCUCCAUCAGUAACUAUAUCGUUGAGAAGAGAGAUACCAAUACACAAGAGUGGCAAAUGGUUGCAAGCAAUGUGGCCAGAACCUCUUACAAGGCUGGCCGCCUGACGCAUGGGGCAGAAUACCAAUUCCGCAUCUAUGCUGUCAACCGUUAUGGGAAGAGCGCACAUUUGGAUUCUCCUGCAAUUACAGCUCAGUACAACUUUAAGCAACCCGGACCUCCUUCCACACCUGCAGUAAAGAUUGCUACCAAGUCUUACAUGGUGGUGACCUGGAACGAGCCUGUCAAUGAUGGGGGAAGUCCUGUUCUUGGCUAUCACCUAGAGCGGAAGGAGCGUGCUAGCAUUCUCUGGACUAAGAGUAACAGAGGACUGAUCAAGGACUCUGAAUACAAAGUCAGUGGAAUAGAAGAGGGUAUGAUGUAUGAAUAUCGUGUCUAUGCUGAAAAUAUUGCUGGUAUCGGUAAAUGCAGCAAGGCCUCUGAAGCUGUAGUGGCAAGAGAUCCAUGUGAUCCUCCAGGAACCCCCGUUGUCACUGCUAUUAGCAGAACAUCUGUGUCGUUGUCUUGGGACAAACCAGAGUAUGAUGGUGGUGCCAAUGUAUCUGGCUACAUCAUUGAAUGUAGAGAUCUUCCAGAAGGACGCUGGACAAGGUGCAACUUCACUAAUGUGCCCGAGACUCACUAUCAUGUGACGGGCCUUACAGAGAACAGCCAAUAUGACUUCCAUGUCAUUGCUAAGAAUGCAGCGGGAUUGUUCAGUGAACCCUCCGACAACACUGGCCCAAUCACUGUCAAGGAUGAUGUAGAGCUGCCACGCAUCAUGAUGGAUGUAAAAUACAGAGAGACAAUAUUUGUUAAAGCAGGAGAAACUAUGAAGAUGCAUGCUGACAUUGCAGGCCGCCCUGCACCCGUCAUUGCGUGGAGCAAAGAUGGCAACGAGAUUGUGCUUAGAGCAAGAAUCCAGAUUCUUUCAACAGAUAGCAGUACCUCAGUGAUUGUGAAAGACUGUAUCAGAAGAGAUUCUGGUCAAUAUGUACUCACUCUUCAGAACAUUGCUGGUACAGUUCGCAUGCCAAUAAAUUGUGUAAUUCUGGAUAAAUCAGGUCCCCCUGCAGGACCUCUGCAGAUUACAGAUCUCACAGCUGAGGAAUGCACUUUGUCAUGGGGUCCACCUCAGGAGCCUGGCGGUGCCGAGAUCACACACUAUGUUGUUGAGAAGCGCGACACCAGCUGCUUGGCCUGGACACUAGUGAAGGGCGAUGUCACCAAAACGUACUUCAUUGUCACAGGGCUGCUGAAGGGCAAUGAAUAUAUCUUCAGGGUUUUGGCUAUUAACAAACAUGGAAGUGGUGAGGCUUUGGAAAGUGAUGCUGUCAAGAUCACCGAUCCAUACACUUUUUCCACAGCACCGCUUAACGUUGAUGUCACUGAUAUUACUGGAGAUUCAAUGACCCUUACGUGGUGCAAACCGAUGAGUGACGGAGGCAGUCCAAUCACUGGCUAUGUAUUAGAGCGUCGGGAGAAGACAGGCAUGCACUGGAUCCGUGUCAAUAGAGAUCAAGUCACUGAAUGCACCACAGUAGCAACCAAACUACGCAAGGGUUGUGAGUAUGACUUCAGGGUCUAUGCUGAAAAUGCCGCUGGUCUGAGCCCUCCAAGUGAAACCUCUGCCUUAUUUAGAGCAGUCGAUCCUCUGGCAGUUCCUAUUCCACCAUCCAAGCCAAAGAUCGUGAAUUCAACCAAGGAAAGUGUGUCCAUUGGAUGGAAAACACCUACUGAUAAUGGAGGUGCUCCUAUCCUUGGAUACAGUGUAGAAUACAGGGACUACAUUCACAAACCAAAACCGGUGUUAGCGGAUGAUGAGGAGGAAUAUGAAGAAGAGGAAGUAGAGUCACCCGAAGAACUGCAGAGAUGGGUGGAGGCCAUUGCACUUACCAAAAGCUUGGAGUUCACAAUUACUGGACUAAAACCUGACAUGGAAUAUGAAUUCUGUGUCAAAGCAAUGAACAAAGUUGGAAGCAGUGGGCGCAGCUGCUAUUCUGAUGCAGCUGCGGCAGUGGAAAGAACUGUAGAGCCAGCAUUCAAUGUGGACAUCGAGAUGCGCAAAGUCCUUGUGGUUCAGCACGGCACAGCGUUUACCCUCAAGGUUCCAUUCAAAGGUAAACCUGUUCCCUCAGUGGAAUGGGCCAAAGAAGGCAGAGAUCUAAAGGUGAGAGGAACAAUUGAUUCAACAAACUCCAGCACUUCACUGACCAUUGAAAAGUCAACAAGAAAUGACUCAGGAGAAUACUGCGUCAGUAUUGAAUCAUCUUUAGGAAAAGCAACAUUACCCAUAGUUGUCAAGGUGCUUGACUCUCCCGGACCCCCAGUCAAUGUCAAAGUUUCAGCAGUAACCAGGGACUCAGCAACCCUCACUUGGGAAGCCCCUGAGAAUGAUGGUGGAGAAGCAGUGAAGGCCUACCAUGUUGAAAAGCGCGAGGCCAGUAAAAAGGCCUGGGUUUCUGUGACAACUAACUGCCAUGCAUUGACGUACAAAGUGGAAGACCUGCUUGAAGGAGCCAUCUAUUACUUUAGAGUUAUCGGAGAGAAUGAAUAUGGCGUGGGCGUACCACAAGAGGCUAAGGCUGGCACGAAGAUUACAGAGGUGCCAAGCGUCCCCAUGAAACUCGGAGUUGCAAAUGUCACCAAAGACAGCGUUACAAUUGCCUGGACACGACCCGAGUAUGACGGUGGUAGCAGAGUGAAGGGUUACCUCAUUGAUGCUCUGGAGAAGGGACAGACCAAAUGGGUCAAGUGUGCCACAGUGAGGACCAUGAGCCACACCAUAAAAAGCCUUCGGGAAGGCACAGAGUACUUCUUCAGAGUGCGAGCUGAGAACCAUGCUGGACUAAGUGAACCAAAAGAGAUGAUUGUACCAGUUAUCGUCAAGGAACUUCACGAGGCUCCAGAGUUUGAUCUGAAGAAUUACCCCAAGAAUGCUGUUUAUGUAAGAGCUGGAUCCAACCUUACCUUUGACAUUCCACUGACUGGCAAGCCAAUGCCUAAAGUGACUCUGUCCAAGAACAAUGUUGUCAUCAAGGGAUCCAAAAGACUAUUGACCGAACUCACUCCUGACAGCUUAACAUUCACCCUGAAUGAAAGCAUGACAAGUGAUGCUGGAAAAUACGAAGUAACUGCCUCGAACCCUGGUGGUGCCACCAAGAUCUUCAUGAACUUCAUUGUACUAGAUAAACCUGGAUCCCCUGUUGGACCUGUAGAGAUAGGAGAGGUUGGAGAGACUACAGCGUACCUGAAAUGGACUCCUCCAGAGUAUGAUGGUGGCAGUCCUGUUACCAAUUAUGUCGUCCUGAAACGGGAAACUAGCACACCUACCUGGACAGAGAUGUCAACUAACAUUGCAAGAAGCGAAUUCAAGGCGACGAAGCUGACCAAGGGGGAGGAAUAUCAGUUCAGAAUUAAGGCUCAGAACCGCUAUGGUGUCAGCGACCACAUUGACAGCAAGCCAGUAAUGAUCAAGCUUCCAUUCACCUUCCCUGGACCUCCAUCCACACCUUGGGUUAGUUUCGUAUGUAGAGAUAACCUGACUGUCUGCUGGAACGAACCGGUCAACGAUGGCGGGAAUCCCGUGAUCGGAUAUCAUCUUGAGAUGAAGGAAAGGAGCAGUAUCCUCUGGCAAAAGAUUAAUAAAACAGCAGUACCAGGAAACCAGUUGCGGGUCACCAACAUCUGCCCAGGUCUCAUCUAUGAGUUCAAGGUGGCAGCUGAAAAUGCUGCCGGUAUCGGAAAGAUGAGCAAGAUAUCUGAAGAGGUGCUGGCUAUUGACGCAUGUGAGCCUCCUGCAAAUGUCCAUGUCACUGAAGUCACAAAGAACUCAGUCAGCCUGUCCUGGCAGAGGCCACCGUAUGAUGGCGGCAGUAAGAUCACCGGCUACAGUCUGGAGAGAAGGGAAGCAGCCAUUGGCAGAUGGGUGAAGGCUAACUUCACAAAUAUCCUUGAGAUGGACUUCACAGUGUCUGGCCUGAACCACAAUGAGUCUUAUGAGUUCAGGGUGUAUGCAAAAAAUGCUCUUGGCUCUGUCAGCAACCCUUCUCUUAUUGCCGGCCCAGUCACUUGUAUUGAUGCGUGUGGUGCUCCAGCCCUCGACGUCCCUCCAGAGUAUUUGGAUGUGGUUCAAUACAAAGCCGGAACUUCAGUUAAAAUCAGAGUCGGAAUCAUCGCCAAACCUCAGCCAAGCAUCGAGUGGCUGAAGAAUGGGAAGGAGCUUGUGGCUUCUGAUUCCUUGUGUGUGGAAAGCACAACCGACUCAUCGGCCAUCGUGAUCAAGGAUGCGACCCGCCAACACACUGGCUCGUAUGGGAUCAAGAUCAAGAAUAUCUUGGGCUCAGCAACUGCCACGAUCGCGGUUGAAAUCCUUGACAAACCUGGAUCCCCAGCUGGCAGCAUUAAUUUUACCCUCAUUACAGCAGACAGAAUCACCUUCCGCUGGGAACCUGUAUGUGAGGCUGAUCAUGGAGGUUCCAAGGUGACACACUACAUUGUCGAGAGGCGUGAAACCAGCAGAGUGGUCUGGUCCACAAUCUCAGAGAGGCAUGAGCAGACGUACAUCUCUGUCGGCAAACUGGUGCGAGGAAAUGAAUAUGUGUUCCGCGUCAUGGCUGUUAACAAGUAUGGCAUGGGAGUACCACUGGAGUCUGAGGCUGUUGUUGCAAAGAAUGCUUUUGUAACUCCGGGACAGCCACAUACUCCUGAGGUGAACGUCAUCACCAAGACUACUAUGGUGGUAGAAUGGGAACGUCCAGGUGUGGACGGGGGUAGCACAGUUACUGGCUACUACCUGGAGAGACGUGACAAGAAGAGUUUGCGUUGGAUCAGAGUUUACAAGGAUCCUAUUCCUGACAACAAACAGACUGUCUACCACCUAACUGAAGGAAAUGAUUACCAGUAUCGUGUCUGUGCCAUUAACAAGGCUGGAGAAGGACCCUUCUCAGAUGUAUCUGACUUCUAUAAGGCUUCAGAUCCAAUUGAUCCACCAGAUGAGCCUUGCAAGCUGAAGGUGAUGGAUUCCACCAAGACCUCUAUCACACUGGGAUGGUCUAAGCCAGAGUGGGAUGGAGGCAGUGAGGUGACCAGCUACAUGGUGGAGAAACUUAAUGAGGGAGAGGAACAUUGGGCAAUGGUUACUUCAAAGGGAGAGGUCAAGAUGACCGAAUACACUGUACAUGACUUAAAGCCAGAUGUUAACUACUUCUUCCGAGUUUCUGCUGUCAACUGCGCAGGCCGUGGGGAACCCCUGCAGAUGACUGAGCCUGUACAGGCUAAAGAUAUCCUGGAGGAAGCCCAGAUUGACUCGGAUGUGGCUACAAGAACUCACUACAUAGUGAAGGCUGGCAAGGACGUGGAGCUCUCUGUUCCUCUGAAGGGCCGACCAUCUCCCUGUGCUUCCUGGAGCAAAGGAGAUGUAUGCAUUGACAACAACCCCUCUUAUGAAUUCCACCACUCAGAUGCAACCACAGUGCUCGUUAUGCGUGACGUAAACAAGCUCCACACUGGAAAAUAUACAGUCAAGAUUGAGAACGGUGUGGGAGAGCCCAAGACAUUAACCUUGUCUGUGAAGGUCCAGGACUCUCCAGGUCAGUGCAGGAACCUGACACUGAAAGAAGUAACCAGUGGAAAAGUAACUCUUUGCUGGGAGACCCCGCUCCUCGAUGGCGGUGCUGAAAUCACCAACUACAUUGUUGAGAAGAGGGACUCUUCAAAGAGAUCGUACUCUACAGUAACAAGCAAAUGCACUGACACAAUCUACAGAAUUGAAGAUCUCUCUGAAAAGACAUCGUACUUCUUCCGUGUUCUCGCAGAGAAUGAGAACGGUGUUGGUGAACCAUGCGAAACUCUCGAACCAGUGAAGGCUACACAGACCCCUGGAACAGUCAAAGACGUUUCGAUGAAGGAUUCCUCCAGGACCUCUGUCACUCUGCAGUGGCUAAAGCCUGAAUAUGAUGGCGGGAGCAUCAUCUCCGACUACAUCAUUGAAAAGAAAGCCUCAGAUGAGGAAUGGACACUGGGAGGAAUGAGCCGAUACUGUGAGUUUGAAGUAGAAAAACUAAAGGAGCACUCUGACAUGUUCUUCAGAGUUGCUGCUCGAAAUGAGAAGGGUCAGGGUGAUUUUGUGAAGAUAGGGCCAAUCAAAGUAAUCGACUACGUUAUUACACCUGAAGCAAGCCUUGCAGACUACCCAGAUGGAAGAAUCUGUGUUCGCUUAGGUCACAAUGUCCACAUUGAGCUCCCAUACAGAGGUAAACCUAAACCAUCGGUCUUGUGGCUGAAGGAUAACCUUCCCCUGAAGGAAAGCGAUCAAAUACGCUUCAAGAAGACAGACAACAAAGCCACACUAAUGAUAAAGAAUGUGAAGAAAGAGAAUGAUGGUAAAUUCACACUCACUCUUGACAACAAAAUCAACAGAAAGUCCUUCCAUAUCCACGUCAUUACGCUCGGACCCCCAUCAAAGCCCCUUGGACCCAUCCACCUUGAUGAAGUAAGAGCAGAAAGCAUCAUGAUCUCCUGGGAUGAGCCCAACGAUGACGGUGGUGGAGAAAUCAACUGCUACACUGUAGAGAAGCGCGACACCUCUCAGCCUGACUGGAAGAUGGCUUGUUCCAGUGUGGAGGGAAGUCAGUUCAAAGUGCCUAACCUGAUCAAGGGUGUCCAAUAUCAGUUCCGGGUGUGUGCUGAGAACAGGUAUGGUGUCAGUGAACCCCUGGUCUCACAGAUGGUAAUUGCCAAGCACCAGUUCAGGCCCCCAGGUCCACCAGGCAAGCCUGUUGUGUAUAACAUCACCAACGAUGGCAUGACUAUCCAGUGGGAGAAGCCUAUCUAUGACGGUGGUACCCCCAUCCAGGGAUUCCAUGUGGAGAAGAGGGAAAAGAACAGCAUCAUGUGGCAGAAGGUGAACAUGGCGCUCAUCAAAGAAACCGAUUACAGGAUCCUGGGUCUCAUUGAAGGCCUUGAGUACUCGUUCAGAGUGUAUGCACAGAAUGACGCUGGCUGUAGCCGAAUGAGUGAUGAGAGCAAGCCCACCAUGGCUGUCAGUCCUGUUGAUCCUCCUGGCCAGCCUGACUACACUGACGUGACAAGUGACUCAAUCACGCUAAAAUGGGACGCGCCCAAACGUGAUGGAGGUAGCAAGAUUACUGGCUACAACAUUGAGAAACGACAGGGACAAGGUCGUUGGUUCAAGGCCAACUUGACUGAUGUUCAUGACUGCCAGUACACUGUGACUGGUUUGACAAUGAAUGAGCGUUAUGAGUUCAGGGUGAUCGCCAGAAAUGCCAUUGGUGUCAUCAGCCCUCCGUCCAACUCAUCUGGUUUGAUUGUGGUCAGAAGCGAGAAUGCUGCUCCUCACAUUGAAUUUGGCCCAGAGUAUUUUGAGGGUUUGACUGUCAAAGCGGGUGACAACAUCAAGGUGAAGGUGGCCAUCACUGGACGGCCUGUUCCUAAGGUGGUCUGGUACAGAGACGGUGUGGAAAUCACCAAAAAGAUGCUGGAUAUUAUCACUGUUGCAGGAUACAGCACUCUUUUCAUUAGAGAUGCUGACCGUACUCACCGUGGUCUCUACACCGUUGAAGCGACCAAUGGAUCUGGCAUCAAAAAGGAGGAUCUCCUGGUUCAAGUCCAAGACACACCUGGAGAUCCAGUAGGAGCCAUCACGUUUAGCAACAUCUCAGAAGGCAGAUGUACUCUGUCCUGGAAUCCGCCAGAGAAUGAUGGCUGCUCAGAAAUUUCACAUUAUAUCAUUGAGAAACGUGAAACAUCCAAGAUCUCUUGGGCGUUAGUGUCUGAAAACUGUCGUGAGUGCACUUUCAGUGCAACCAAACUCAUUAAGAUCAAUGAGUACCAGUUCAGGGUCUCGGCUGUCAACAAGUUUGGUGUUGGGAGACCGUUGGAAUCCUGCCCUAUUAUUGCGCAGCUGCAAUACACUACCCCUGAUUCUCCAGGCACUCCAGAUGCCACUGAGAUCACAGGGGAAAACAUAACUUUGGCCUGGACUCCUCCAACAUCUGAUGGUGGAAACCCCAUUCAUUACUAUAUUCUGGAAAAACGAGAGAAGAAGACUGUCCGGUUCUACAAGGUGCUUUCAAAGAAACCCAUCACUGAAUGUGCUCACAAGGUUCUUAAUCUCACAGAGGAUAUGGAAUAUGAAUUCCGGGUCAUGGCUGUGAAUGAUGCUGGUAUUGGAGCUCCGAGCAAUAUCUCCCUACCCAUAAAAGCUGUUGAGCCUAAGGAUAUCCCCUGUGCCCCAUCUGUGGUCUGUGUGUCAGACUCAACUAAUACCUCUAUUAGUCUGGAAUGGACCAAGCCUGCAGAUGACGGGGGUUCUGAUAUUCUGGGCUACAUCGUCGAGAUGGUUAAGAGCGAUGAACCUGACUGGAAUAGAGUAAAUAAAGACCUAGUGGCAAAAACUGAGUAUACAGUGACUGGUCUACAUACUGGGGUUGAAUACAAGUUCCGUGUUGCAGCCGUAAAUCAAGUCGGAAGAGGCGAAGACAUGCCAACUCUAGAACCGGCUCAGGCCAUUGACAGACUCACACCACCACAGGUGGAUAUUGAUGCCACCUUCAAGCAAAUGCAUAUUGUCAAAGCUGGAGGUUCAGUGAAACUAAGUGUCCAAUUCAGGGGGAAGCCCGUCCCCGUUGCCACUUGGCUGAAAGAAGAAGGAGAACUAAGUGUGAUGUCAGAGGUCACAACUGCAGAGGGCAGCAGUACUCUACUUAUUGAAAAUUGCUCUCGAAAUGAUUCGGGCAAAUACACUGUUAACCUACAGAACAGCAGUGGUAGCAAGGCCAUUACUUUCACUGUGAAAGUCAUGGACACUCCUGGAGCUCCUCAGGCUUUAGCCUUCCAAGAGGUGUCCAGAGGCUCAGUCACACUUGCAUGGGAGCCCCCGCUUAAUGAUGGUGGCGCACGAAUCCACCACUAUAUUAUCGAGAGACGAGAGGCAACCCGUCGCACCUGGCAGCAGUCUGGGGGCAAAUGCACUCAGAAUAUAAUCAAGAUCCAGGACCUCCUUGAGGGAGUGCCAUACUUCUUCAGGGUCUCUGCAGAGAACCAGUAUGGUGUCGGUGAGGUGUUUGAGAUAACGGAGCCUGUUAUUGCUACUGCCGAGCCAGCACCGCCAAAGAGAAUGGACAUUGUAGACACAACAGACAGCUCGGUUUCAUUGAGCUGGCUGAAGCCAGAGCAUGAUGGUGGAAGCCGUAUCCAGUGUUAUGUCAUUGAGGCUAGGCCCAAAGGUACAGGCAAAUGGGUCGUGGUUGGGAAUACCAAGAACCUCUCCUACGUGGUCGAAAAACUCAAUAAGGGAGAUGAGUAUCACUUCCGUGUGAAAGCCAAGAACGAAUCCGGCCUCAGUAGACCCAGAGAAAUUCCGGCCCCCGUGUUGGUCAAAGAGCCUCAUAUUGAACCGGCAGCUGAUCUCAGUGAGAUCACAAACCAGCUGAUCACAUGCAGAUCUGGCAGCAUCUUCACAAUUGAUGUUCCCAUUAGUGGGAGACCUGCUCCCAAGGUAGCCUGGAGGCUGGAGGAGAUGAGACUGAAAAACACUGAACGAGUUUCCAUUAAAGUAACUAAAGACAGAGCAAGCAUAUCAGUCAAGGAUGCCAUGAGGGGUGAUGGUGGGAAAUACUACCUGACCCUGGAGAAUGUCGCCGGAACCAAGACAUUCACUAUCAACAUAAAUGUUACAGGUAGACCCAAUCCUCCAAAGGGGCCUGUUGAAAUCUCCAAUAUCACCUCAGAAUCUUGUGUUGUUAACUGGGAUGUGCCGGAGGACGAUGGUGGCACUAACAUUACCAACUACAUUGUGGAGAAGCGUGAAUCUGGCUCCAGUUUAUGGCAGCUGAUCAACUCCAGUGUGAAACACACAUCUCUUCAUGUGAGUCAUCUGACCAAGUACAUGCAGUACACCUUCAGGGUCUCUGCCGAGAACAGAUUUGGUGUGAGCAAGCCGACUGAGUCCGAGACCAUCGUUGCAGAGCAUUCUUACACACCUCCUGGACCCCCAACAAGGCCAUCUGUCUUUAAUAUCUCUGCCAACACAAUGACCUUGAAGUGGGAGGAGCCUUAUCAUGAUGGGGGCAGCAAGGUGACAGGUUACUGGAUUGAGAAGAAGGAGAGAAAUAAUAUUCUCUGGGUAAGAGAGAACAAGAUCCCAUCCUUUGAGUGCUUUUACAAGGUGGACGACCUCGUUGAAGGUCUGGAGUAUCAGUUCCGAGUUUAUGCCAUGAACAGUGCUGGUCUGAGCAAGGCCAGUGAAGCCUCCAAAGGAGCAGUCGCCCAAAACCCUGUUGAUCCACCAAGUAAGCCAGAAGUGACGAAUGUAACCAGGACCACAGUGUCGCUCAAAUGGUUGACUCCACUUAAUGACGGUGGCAGUCCAAUUGUGGGAUACAUAAUUGAACGCAAACCAUACACUUUGAGUGGCGAGGGCCGCUGGCUGAAAUGUAACUACACGAAUGUUAUGGACACUUUCUACACUGUUACCACCCUGGGAGAAGGAGAACCCUACGAGUUCAGAGUCAUUGCCAAGAAUGCAAACCAGGUCUUCAGCACCCCAUCAGAGUCCACCGGCUCUGUGCAGUGCAAAUCUGACUUUGAACCUCCAAAGGCUCAACUGGACAGUAAACUCUUAUCUGAAGUUGUUAUGGUGAGAGCUGGGUCAGAUCUAGUUCUGGAUGCUGCAGUGGGUGGCAGGCCUGACCCCAAAGCUUCCUGGUCCAAGGGCAACAGGGAACUGGAGUUAUGUGAGAAGUACCACCUGCAAUAUACGUCCAACCGGGCAAUGGCCAUCAUCAAGUUCUGUGACAGAGAUGAUACUGGAAAGUAUAUUCUCACUGUUCGGAAUGUGAGUGGAACCAAGACUGCUGAAGUCAAUGUCAAAGUACUUGACACCCCAGGAGUGUGUGAAGGCAGCAUCAAGAUCAGCAGGAUAACUGAGGAAUCAUGCACUCUGACCUGGAACCCUCCUUUAGAGGAUGGUGGUGAUGAGGUAUCUCACUACCUUGUGGAGAGAAGAGACACCAACAGACUUAACUGGGUUUUCAUGCACGCCGAGUGCAAAGAGCUGACCUGCAACAUCACCGGUCUGUUCAAGAAUACAGAAUACUUGUUCAGAGUUCGGGGAAUCAACAAGUAUGGCACUGGAAUACCCCUUCUCUCAGAGCCCAUGGUUGCCAGAAAUACUUUCACUGUGCCAACUCCACCGGGUGCACCUGAGAUCCUGGUGUCUGGAAAGGACUUUGUAACCAUUGAGUGGCUGAAACCCGAGAGCGAUGGCGGAGGUCCGUUGAUCCACUAUCUGGUUGAGAGGCGGGAGAAGAAGAGUGCCCGCUGGGUGAAGGUGAACAGGAGCGGAGAACACCUCGACACGACACUGAAGGUGUCUGGUUUGGCUGAAGGCAACAUAUAUCAGUUCAGGGUGACGGCCGUCAACAAGGCUGGGGAGAGUGAACCCAGUGAAGUUUCUCUGUAUGUUGUCUGCAGACUACCAACAUGCACCCCCUCACCUCCCUCUGUACCUCGUAUCACUGACACCCACGCUGACAGCAUUAACUUAGCUUGGUCCCGCCCUGUGGAGGAUGGAGGAGCUGAUGUGCUGGGCUACUUACUGGAAAUGCAGGAAGCUGGAACAGAGGAAUGGACAAAGGCCCAUGAGAAGACAUUGCGUACUUCAGAACACAUGGUGACUGGACUUUACUCAGGCAAAAAGUAUCGCUUCAGAGUGGCUGGCAUCAACAUCAAUGGUACCGGAGACUUCAGUGAGCACUGUGCUGAGACGGAGCCAGUGGAGAGAAUUGAAACUCCUGACUUUGAGCUCCACGAUGACCUGAAGAAGACCAUCUGCCUGCGUGCCGGCGGUUGUCUGCGCCUCUUUGUAAAUAUUACUGGCCGUCCUGCUCCGACAAUUGCUUGGAGCAAGCCAGGUGUUGACCUCAACAACCGAGGUUUCAUAGAGGUAACCCAUAAGUCAACCACACUCAUCAUUGAUAAGGUCCACCGAUAUGAUGCUGGAAAAUACACGCUUGUGGCUGAAAACUCUGCUGGGAAACAGGAAGUCUCUCUUCUGGUCAAAGUCUAUGACACACCGGGACCAACAGGACCAAUCAAGAUCAAGGAACUGACCAAAGAAUAUGCCACCAUCUCAUGGGAUGUCCCAACUGUGGACGGUGGCGCUCCUGUCAAUAAUUAUAUUGUUGAGAGGCGUGAGGCCUCCAUGAGAGCCUACAAAACUGUUACUUCCAAGUGCAGCAAGACAUGGUUCAAGAUUGAUGGACUGAUGGAGGGCAUGCUGUACUACUUCCGAGUCCUACCUGAAAACAUUUAUGGUGUCGGCGAGCCUUGCGAGACACCGGACGUCAUCCUGGUUUGCGAGGUGCCUCACCCACCGUGCAAACUGGAGGUGAUUGACGUCACCAAAACCACCGUUUCGUUGGGCUGGGAGAAGCCUGAGCAUGAUGGAGGCAGCAGGCUGAUCGGUUACGUCGUUGAGGCCUGCAAGUUCGGUACUGAGAAAUGGAUGAAGGUGGCCUCGCUCAAGCUAACCGACUUUGAGCACACUAUUGAGAAGCUGAAUGAGAAGGAACAGUACUUGUUCAGAAUCAAAGCCAUCAACAGUCGAGGUGCCAGCGAAGCAAAGGAGCUUGUUACACCUGUGACCGUACAAGAACAAAGAGUGAUGCCUGCAGUGGAUUUCACCAAUCUUCCCCAGAAAGCUGUUAAUGUUGUGGCUGGUAAGACCCUGGAGCUUGACCUGCCAAUCAUCGGCAGGCCUCCCCCGUCCUGCUUUUGGUUCUUUGGUGACAAUAGGAUAAAAAUCACAGACCGUGUCAAGAUCCAGAGCACUAGCAAGUUUUCCAAACUAACCAUGUCUGACACAACUAUUGACGACACUGGCAACUACACCCUGGAGGUGAAGAACACUGUUGGUGUUACCACCGAGGUCAUCAAAAUUGUCAUUCUCUCCAAACCUGACGAACCAAAAGGACCAAUCAGAUUUGAUGAGAUUGAUGCCACCACUGUCACCUGUAGCUGGGAUCCUCCAACAAGAGACGGCGGAGCGCCCGUCAGUGGCUACGUGGUGGAGCAACGAGAUGCCCACAGACCAGGAUGGGUGCCAGUUUGUGACUCGGUCAGUCGACCCACUUUCAAAUUUGAGAACCUGAUUGAGGGAGAUGAGUAUGUCUUCCGUGCUGCUGCUGUGAAUCGCUACGGCACUGGAGAACCUUUGCAGUCUGAGAUUGUCACAUGCAGGAGCUUGAAAAAUGUGUCUGGAUCCCCUGGCCGACCGACCAUUCUUGAUGUAUCACGUGACGGCAUGACUGUAGCCUGGAACCCACCAGAAGAAGAUGGUGGGUUGGAGGUUUCUGGAUACAUCAUUGAGCGCAAAGAAGUCAGGUCUGACAGAUGGGUGCGUGCCAACAAGAAUCCCAUCACCAUGACUAGAUACCGCUCAACAGAACUAAUUGAAGGGCUGGAGUACGAGCACAGAAUCAUCGCUAUCAAUGCCCGUGGAAUAAGCAAACCAAGUCUGCCUUCUAAACCAGCUGUGGCCUCAGAUCCCAUUGAUCCACCUGGUUGUCCACAGAACCCUCGGAUCACGGAAACUACCAAGUCAUCUGUAUCACUGGCUUGGAGUCCGCCCGAUGAUGAGGGAGAUGCGAGAGUGGACGGGUACCUAAUUGAGAUGCAAAAGGUGGGCACCAUGGCUUGGCUCAAAUGCAACACCACGCCCUCUCUGAUCUGCGAAUACACACUGACCAACAUGCCACAAGGAGAGGAGUUCAAAUUCCGAAUACUGGCCUGCAAUGUGGGCGGUUCUGGCGAGCCUGCCGAAGUUCCUGGAACUGUCACCAUCACAGAAAUGUUUGAACCUCCUGAUUAUGAACUUGAGCUGAAAUACAAAGAUGUCUACGUGGUCCGUCACGGUGGAGUGGUCCGGCUCUCUCUUCCCAUCAAGGGUAAACCUCACCCUACUUGCUCAUGGUUCAAGGACAGCGGGGCAGUGUCAACCAAGGCCAUGGUCGCUCACACUGAAGACACCAGUGAACUGGUGAUCAAAGGAGCCGAGAGGAGUGACUCUGGUGUGUAUGAGCUCCUUCUGGAAAAUAAAGUUGGCAAGAAGAAGGUCCAAAUCAAGGUCAAUGUCAUCGGCCGUCCAAGUGCUCCAGAAGGACCAUUAACGUUUGAAGAAAUCCAGGCCAACUCUGUUAAGGUAUCCUGGAAGGUGCCCACCGAUAACGGCGGUACAGAGAUCCUCGGUUGUAUCGUUGAAAGAAGAGAGGUUACCAGAAAUGCAUGGUACACGGUGGACAGCAGGGUGACUGAUAAUCAGUUGGUCGUCAGGGGCCUAAACGAAGGAACAGAAUAUCACUUUAAGGUAACUGCUGAGAACUCCUUUGGUAUAGGUCCAUCUCUGAAGUCAGAGCAGCCGCUGUUACCCAAGACUCCACUUUGUCCACCAGAGACUUCCAGCACACCACCGGAGAUCAUGGAUGUCACCCAAACCUCUGUGGCACUGGCCUGGUCCAGACCAAAGGAUGAUGGGGGUUCUUCCAUCACAGGUUAUUUCAUUGAGUACAAGGAGGUGUCCACAGAGCAAUGGUCUCGUCACCCCACCAGGAUUGUCUCCACCAUGUUUACUCAGUCUGGACUCACAGCAGAUGCAAACUAUCACUUCCGCAUUGUUGCCGUCAAUGACAUUGGCGAGAGUGAGGCUGGACCUGUGUCUGAUCCGGUCACAUGCAAAGAUCCAUUCGAUAAGCCAAGCCAGCCAGGUGAAAUUGAUACAACAAAAGUGACUAAUAACUUGAUCACCAUUUGCUGGCAAGCUCCAGAGUGCGAUGGUGGUAAACAAGUCCUGGGUUAUUGGGUGGACUACAGGAAGUCCACUGAAAGUAGCUGGAAGAAAUGCAACAAACAGAGGCUGAAAGAACAGGAGUUCACCAUGGGUGGUCUGGCAGAAGCUACUGAGUAUGAGUUCAGAGUAUUUGCUGAGAAUGAGACCGGAAUAAGCAGACCUCGUCGGACUGCCACUUGCAUCAAGACGAAACUGUGUGUCGAAACGAAACCAAGUCUGAGAAAGGAAAUGGAUGAAGUAACAGAAAAGCUGGGACAGCCUGCUGUAAUGAAGUGCCAGAUAAUUGGCAGACCUGUUCCUGAGAUCAGGUGGUACCACGCGGGGAAGGAGAUUGUGGAGUCCCGCAAAUACGAGAUGAGCUCUGAUGGCCGUAACCACUCCCUUUCCAUCAUGACUGACCAACAAGAGGAUGAGGGAGCGUACACCUGUAAGGCUACCAAUGAUGCCGGAGAAGCAGAAACGACUGGAAUUCUCGUACUGGAAGCUGCGCCAUCCUUCCACUCUGACUACCCAUUGAAGAGCACCUACUAUGCUGGUCUGGGAACAACCCUGCGCAUCCAUGCUAUGUACAUUGGGCGUCCUGUGCCAAAGAUUAUGUGGCUCCAAGAAGCAAAGACACUGGAGAACUCAGAGGACAUCAAUAUUGAGACCACAGAGUAUUAUACGCACCUCGUUAUCAAGAAUGUGCAGCGCAGAAUCCAUGGAGGAAAAUACAGGAUCCGACUGCACAACCACUUUGGCAGGGUUGACACCGUAUUCAGUGUUGAAAUCUAUGACAAACCUGACAUGCCUCAGGGUCCCAUCGUUAUGGAGGCCCUCCUUAAGAACUCUGUCAUCAUCAGCUGGAAGCCUCCCAAGGACGACGGAGGCUGCAUGAUUACCAACUACAUUGUGGAGAAGCGGGAGGACAAGGAAGGAAGCGAGUGGGAAUUGGUGUCAUCGUCUAUUAAUGGCACAUCUUGCCGUGUGCCCAACCUUACCGACAGCGCUGGAUACUUCUUCCGUGUAUAUGCCCAGAAUCGCUACGGCAACAGCGAGCCACUUGAACUCAUCUCACCUAUCCUCAUUAAGAGCCAAUUGGAGAAACCAUCACCGCCUCAGACAAUAGUCGUUUCUGGAAUCACCAAGGACUCCUGUGUAGUUUCCUGGAAGCCUCCAUUCAGUGACGGCGGCUCCAAAAUUAAGAGCUAUUGCCUUGAGAAGAAACAAAAGGAUAAGAAGGAAUGGGGCGAAUGGACACCCGUGAUGACAGAUGAGAUCAAACAGACAGUCUUCUCUGUCAAACAUUUGUCAGAGGGCAUUGAAUAUGUAUUCCGGGUGAAGUGCGAGAACCUUGGAGGACAAAGUGACUACAGUGGGGAAAGCUCUUGCAUUGUUCCCACCACAGCUGUUGACGUUCGAGCUCCUGCCUUUAAGGAGGAGCUGAGGAACAUAAGUGUCAAAUACAAGAGCAAUGCUACACUUGUCUGUAAGAUCACAGGUCAGCCCAAACCAGUGAUCAAAUGGUUCAGACGAGGAAAGGAAAUCCAUUCGGAUGAAAAGAAGAUCAAGAUUCAAGAAUUCAAGGGAGGUUACCACCAACUGGUCGUCACUGAGGCUGAUGAGGAAGACUCUACUGUGUACCAGAUCAGGGCCACCAACCAAGGAGGUUCUAUCUGUGCCACCAUCUCUCUGGAUGUUGAAAUUCCUGCAAAGAUCCACCUUCCCAAGAACCUGAAGGACAAAGAAUCAAUUCCUGCCCUGCGUGGAGAAAUGGUCAAUAUUAAGAUACCUUUUGGUGGCAAACCAGAUCCUGUCAUCACAUGGCAGAAGGGACAAGAUCUUAUCGACAGCAAUGGCCACUACCAGGUCAUUGUCACACGAUCAUUCACUUCUUUGGUGUUCCCCAACGGCGUGGAGAAGAAGGAUGCUGGAUUUUACAUUGUCUGUGCUAAAAACAGAUUUGGAAUUGAUCAGCAGACAGUUGAGCUGGAUGUGGCCGAUGUGCCUGAUCCUCCGCGGGGUAUUAAAGCCAGCGAUGUCUCUCGAGACUCUGUCACACUUAACUGGGUUGCCCCAGCAAAUGAUGGUGGCAGCAAGGUUAUCAGUUACAUUAUUGAAAAGUGCCCCACCACAGCUGAGAGGUGGGAGCGAGUUGCUCAAUCUCGUGACAACCGCUACACUGUUAUCAAUCUUUUUGGAGGAACCAGCUAUCAGUUUAGAGUCAUUGCUGAGAACAAGUUUGGGCAGAGUGCCCCGUCUGAGACCAGCGGACCUGUCAUGACAAAGGAGGACAAAUCCAGAGUUCUUCUCUAUGACAGGGAGGUUGACGACAUGGGAAGUGUUCCCAAAAGCAAAGCCCAUCACUCUGAUGCAAAGAAUCUGCAUAACAAAUUUGCUAUUGCAGAGGAACUGGGAAGAGGUCAGUUUGGUAUUGUCCACCGCUGUGUGAACAUCAGCUCUGAGAAGACCUAUAUGGCCAAAUUUGUCAAAGUCAGAGGUGCUGAUCAGACAAUCGUCAAGAAGGAAAUUGCCACACUGAACCUGGCUAAGCACACAAACUUUCUGCUUCUUCACGAGUCAUUUGAUAGUCCAGAAGAGCUGGUAAUGAUCUAUGACUUCAUCUCAGGCGUCGACAUCUUUGAACGUCUCAGCACAGCAGAUUUUGAGCUCAAUGAGCGAGAAAUUGUCAAUUAUAUUUGGCAGAUCUGCUCCGCUCUUGAGUUCCUGCACAGUCAUAGCUAUGGACAUUUUGAUAUCAGACCUGAGAAUAUUGUGUACACAACAAGAACCAGCUCAAACGUAAAAAUCAUUGAGUUGGGCCAGUCUAUACACCUGACGCCUGGAGACCAAAUCAAGAUCCAGUACACCACUGCGGAGUACGCUGCCCCUGAGAUCCACCAGUGUGAUGUGGUUAGCACUGUGACUGACAUGUGGUCAGUUGGCGUGCUAUCUUUUGUGCUCCUCUGUGGACUAAAUCCAUUCACAGCUGAAACCAACCAGCAGAUGAUCGACAACGUUUCAAACGCAGCCUACAGCUAUGAUGACGAGUCCUUCAAGCAGGUCAGUGUUGAAGCAUUGGAUUUCACAGACCGCUUAAUGACAAAGGAACGUAAACAUCGUAUGACUGCUGCUGAGGCGCUGGUACAUCCAUGGCUGUCCACGCCUGCAGAAAAUCUGAGCACCAGAACCAUCCAGAGCAGCAGACACAAGCGAUACUACCAGACAAUGGUGAAGAAGGAAUGGAGCACUGUGGUGUCUGCAGCUCGCGUGGCCAGUGGCGGCUCAAUUCGGUCCCAGCGUGGCGUGUUAAUGGCCAAGGUGAAGAUUGCUCCAUUUGAACAUGGACCGGUAGCAGGCCAGAUCGGACACUCGGUGUCAGGCGAGGGUGACAGUGUGAAGUUGAUCUGCAAUAUUGACAACUAUGACAGUACCACUGAAGUCACUUGGUAUUGUGGCGUCAGACAACUGGAAGCAAGUGACAAGUACAAAAUCCAAUAUGAGGAUGGCCUGGCUGUGAUCGCAAUCACCAAUGUGACAAGAGUUGAUGAUGGCACGUAUAGAUGCAAAGUUGUCAAUGAGUAUGGUGAGGACAGUGCCUACGCAGAGUUGUUCGUCAAAGGUGUCAGGUCAUACCGUGACUUCUUCACUACCCGUGUGGUCAAGAGAACAAAGCGUCGAAUUGACACUGCCAGAAUGCUUCAGAAGCCCCCAGAGUUCACCUUUCCUCUGGUUAACCAUACUGCAUACAUUGGAGAAGAUGUGCGUUUCAGUGUCACCAUCACAGUUCACCCCGAUCCCCGUGUCACGUGGCACAAAUCUGGACAAAAGCUGAUCCCUGGAGAGGAUGACAAAAAGUAUACCUUCAUCAUUGACAAAGGCCUGUAUCAGCUUAUUAUCCACAGCGUUGAUGAUGACGAUGUUGCCGAAUACAGCGUUGUAGCUCGCAACAGGUACGGCGACGACAACUGUAAGGCCCGUCUUACUGUGAUUCCUCGACCAAAACCAGCAGAUCUCACCCUAAGGCCCAUGUUCAAACGUCUUCUUGCCAACGUUGAGUGCAGGGAGGGCCAGAACAUUCGCUUUGAGAUCCGGGUUUCAGGCCACCCCACACUGAAGUGGGAAAAGGAUGGCACACCCAUAGCCUUUGGACCAUCGAUUGAACUUGUCCACGAAGGCUUGGAUUAUUUCAUUUUUCACGUGAGAGACACAUUACCUGAAGACUCUGGCGUAUACAGAGUAACUGCAACCAAUUCUGCUGGAUCUGCCAGUUGCCAAGCAACACUAAAAGUGGAACGUGUUUCUCAUGUAAAGAGAGAUUAUGAAGGCAGCCAAAAGGAGCAGAAAAGUGUGUCUCAAAAGGAGCAAUUAGACAAAAAGGUGAGGUUGCAUCAGAUUUUGUCUGACACCGUUGUCAUACCAUUACCACCUGCAGCAGUACAGGCUGUCAGGGAAGCAUCGACCAUGUUUAAACCUGCUGUGACGACUAAAAAGAGCGAAAAGACUGAGGCUGAAAUGCAGAAAGAAAAAGAGGAGAGAAAAAAACGGACCGAUGAGAAGAGACUGCGUAUGCCAUACGAUGUGCCCACGCCACGUGUCAUGAACCCAGCAGUGCUCGAAGAGGAUGUCGAAAUCAAACACUUCAAGCCACUCUCGGACAUGAAGUGGUACAAGAAGCUCAGGGAUCAGUAUGAAUUCCCAGAGCCCAUGGAGAAAAUCAAACAGAAGAGGAUGAAACGUAUUCGUCUCUCUAGGUGGGACCAGUUCUAUGAGGUGCCUAUCAGGAUCAAAGACCAGUACAAGCCAAAGUGGCAUAUCCCAUCCAUGACUCAGGAUGAUUUAGAGACAGUGAGGCCGUCAAGGCACUGUGCAGCUUCUCCAGAGAUAGAUGUCUACCACAGGAUUAGGAGAAGGUCACUGGGUGACCUGUCAGAUGAGGAGCUGCUACUGCCUGUUAAUGAGUAUCUGUCCAUGAAGAGAACUGAGGAGGAGAGGCUUCGCCUGGAGGGAGAGUUGGAGCUCGGGUACUCUGCUUCUCCGCCCAGCCUCAGCCCCGUUCGCUUCGCUCUAUCAUCACUGCGCCCUUCAUCACCUGUAAGAGUCUACAGUGAUGAUGAGGAGACUGAAGCCUUGCAAAGAUAUGAUUCGUACCGAAUUCCAUCCAAAUAUGAAGCCGGCCCAAGCUUUGUUGAACUGCGGCAGCGCCAUGACAAAGCCACAUAUAAACCUCCCAGACAGAAGCAAAGAGUGUACGAGGAGAGAGAAGAUCAGGAGUUACUCCGACCUCACAUGACAGCUCAUAGAAUCGCCUCCUACAAGAGUGAACUCAAGCGCAUGGAGUUUGAGGAGAAGACUCGAAAUUUUAAAAAGGAAACAGUCAUCACUGUCACAAAAGCUGUGGAGGAUAUUGAAUCAGAGCAUCUGACAGUUUUGGCUUCUGAAUAUAUUCCUAAACCCAUUAAGAAGCUCCCGACGCCUGAAAUGGAGAGAAAAGCUCCUUCCUCAGAAAAGGUUGUCAAAACAGAGACGGCUUUGCCCAGAGUAGAUUUUCUGUCCAGGUAUGAGGAGAGAAAGCAGACUCUCAGGUCAGAGCGGAGAUCUGUGGAGAGGACAUCGCAGGCUCCUUUCAGCCUCGACCACAUCCCACGCAUUAGCAUCCGAUUGCGAUCUCAUCGUGUUCCCUAUCAUUCGAACACAAACUUCACCCUGAAUGUCCAGGCCAAACCUGAGCCCAAAGUCAGGUGGUUUCACAAUGGAAAAGAGAUUAAACCAAGCAGCAAACACCACAUGAGCAACAUUAGUGGACUUCUGACGCUCCAGAUCAACAACUGUGUGACUGAAGAUGCAGGAACAUAUUCUGUGGUCUGCAGGAACGUCAAAGGGGAGGCUUCAGACAGUGCCACAUUAGAUGUAGCAGCAGAAUAUGCUGCCCUUUCUUACAUCCACCGAGACGAGGAACCGCCCUCCUCCCAUCUUCCAGACAGGACCAAAACGGAGGUGUACCACAUCUCGUCAGCAGCAGUCAAGGAAACAACGGCUGGAACGGUGACAAAAACCAUCGCCGUUGUUGAAAAGGAAAAGGCGAAGCCUAUGGUCCGAGCAAAGAUCCUGACCAAACCACAGUCUCUGAGUGUUGAGGAGGGAGCUCUUGCCAGAUUCUCAUGCGAUGUGGAUGGUGACCCAGAACCUUCCAUAUUGUGGCUUCAUGAGGGAGCAGCUCUGGGUUCCUCUAGCAGUCACCACAUUGUCUCUACGCAGUACAGCUCCUCUUUGGAGAUUUAUUCUGUUCAUCCGUCUGAUGAAGGAAACUAUGCUUUAAUUGUGGAAAAUGCUGGUGGAAAACAAGAAGCCUAUUUUACUCUGAACAUUCACAAGUCUGAGUCCAAGCAGAGAAUCGUGGUCUCUCCGAGAGUCACCUCUCCUGAAGGCAAGUCCCCCGAGCCUGUCAAAACCCCACAAAGAAUCAAGUCUCCCGAACCAAUCAAGACGCCUCUGAGGGUCAAGUCACCAGUCUCACCAAAGUCCGCCACGGCAAAAUCCCCGCCUCCAUCUGUCAGUCAAAUCAAAUCCGCAAAAAGAGUUAUGUCACCAACUGUGGGAAAGAAGUCACCUUCUUCUGUUGACUUGGAGCAGCUCAAAUGUGGAACGCCACCUCACUUCCUGGUGCAACCCCGAUCCCAAAACGUGGAAGAGGGACAAAAUGUGAAAUUCACCUGUGAGAUUGCGGGUGAGCCUUUCCCAGACGUGGAGUGGUUUAAAGACAACUUGACUUUAUCAGGCACAUCCAAUGUGAGAAUGAACUGGACCAACAGUGUGUAUACUCUGGAGAUACGUGAAGCAAUGCUGGCAGACAGCGGCAAAUACACCAUCAAGGCCAAAAACCAGCUUGGCCAGUGCUCUGCCACGUCCUCCCUCAAUGUCAUCACUGGUAUUGAGGAAGCAACACAAACAAUGAUAAGGGUGGAAGAAAAAGCUGAAGCUUUCUCUGCCUCUUCUGUUCACAUGAAGGCAUCGUCUAUGCAGGCCACCACUUUCAGCUCCAUUGAGAGUGUGUCUGAGACUAGCAAUCAAAUAAUACAAAUGUGUGAUCAAUCACAUGUGGAAGCCUCUUCCUCCUCCUCCUCCUCCUCCUCACAGAGGAGCCUCGUUAGUGGGAUGAAAAUAGGCGCACCACCGAAGAUCACAGCUCUUCCAGAGAACAUCAACAUCGCUGUUGGAAAAUCACUGACGGUGACGGGGGCCUUCUUUGGAGACCCCGCCCCGUCUGUGCAGUGGCUGCACUCAGACCAGACGCUUCCCGACGGGGACAAGCGUUACUACGUAAACAACGCAGCUAACGUUUCCACGCUGGUGAUUGCCAUGGUAAAGGAGAACGAUGGUGGAGUGUACACACUACGACUUUCCAACGAACUCGGCUCUGCCUCUGCGACUGUCAACGUUCACAUCCAGUCAAUGUAAAAAAUAAAACUAGAAAAAAAAAGAAUUUAAAAGAAAAUUGUUAAAACUUGGAGGUAUAUGCCCCCGAACCACCCACCCUCAAUUUCCCUCAUUGGUAAUCUUUUGUUUAGUGAAUCAGCAACAAGAAUUGAUAGAUUUAUUUUCUUGUACAUAGGAACUAUUUUUUUUUUGUACCAAACUUGACAUUAAUUGAUUGCCACAGUCAAGUCUCCAAUUGUUAUAAAAUUUGAUUACACUUUUGCAGUCACAUGUACAUAAUGUAUAUAGCCGGAUUUGACGGUUAUGGGGAAUGUAUGUAUUGUUAUUUCUGACAAUAAUAUGAAGUGAAAGAAGGAAACCAAAAUGCGGUUGAACAGGAGAAAGUCCCGUGUGGAACGAAUACCCUGCUAAACGCAGAAACUAAAACUGUGUGCCUCAACGCAACGUUGAUGUUUUAAGAUUGCCUCGGCAGGUAGAGCGUCUCCCUGCUGAAGUUUACUCAACACCAAAAACAAACCUUGUUGUUUUGGAUACGUGUCGCUAUGAUGAUUUCCUGCAAACGUAAGACCCUGAGUGCUGCUUGCAUCACCCUCACGUAAGCAGCACGAUGGACUUGCGUUCUGACCGACUGCAUUGUACUACCAAUUUAUUUGAUGACCAGCUGAGAGUGUGAGUGGCCUGCGCUCUCAUCUUUGACGUAGGAGCGCCGCUUCUGGCACAGGACGGUCCCUUGGACUUUCCAUAUAUGAACAUCUCCUGGCCAGAAAAGAACGUCCCGGCAGACUCUGCUGUGCAGAAGCAGCGCCAUCUCCUGGAGGAUUGCUCAUGAGCGUGUUUGUGUGUACUGUAACCUAUAGUCAGUGUUAACUUCUUAGCCACAGUGAGUCCAUCUGCUGUGGUAAAAUUGUUUUCUUUCAUUCAUCCUCCUUGAGUGUUUUAUUGUUUUUGUUUUAAUAAAGCAUGAUUUCAGCACCAUA